UCCUCUGACUCCCCCCUGCCUGGCCUCCUCACCCAGGCAGACAGAAAUAACCUCCGGGAGACUCCUGGUCCACAUUGAGACAGCAGCCAUAUUUCCUGGUCAGCAGCUGUGGUGUGCUGAUCUGAUCUGGAGUCAGAUUCCUGCUGGACGAGACACAUGAACUCAGGAGAAACCAGCAUCAGUUUCUUUGUUUCUCUGAGCUGAUGAAUCUGCAGCAGCUCCUCCUGAAUCCUUCAGUCUCAACACAAAGUCAAAUGUAAACUAGUUGAACUGUUACGUCUCAGCUGGUUCGGACUUAAAUGUGUAAAUCUGUUGCUAGGAGACAAACGUAGUCGUCCAAUCAAGAGAAAUCAACUAUGUAAACAGGAAGUCACUGAAACAUGACAGGCGCUUCUUCCAAACGUUAGCGACAGGUUUUAGGCUGAGAGCUGCUGACUGAGGAUGUGACAUGAGAUCUGCACAGCGCAGGAGGUGGAGGAGGCGCCGUCAUUCCUGUGAGCGCUGCUCACUUUGACUUGCAGGGUGCCGACCAUCAUGUCAACACAAGCACCAACGUUCACGCAGCCGCUGCAGAGCGUCGUGGCACUAGAGGGUAGUGCCGCGACGUUCGAGGCUCAAGUUAGUGGUUCUCCAGUUCCUGAGGUGAGCUGGUUUCGUGAUGGCCAGGUUCUUUCCGCCGCCGCUCUGCCCGGCGUUCAGAUCUCGUUCAGCGACGGCCGCGCUGUUCUGAGAAUCCCCGCUGUGACUGCCGCACACAGCGGAAGAUUUUCCGUCAGAGCUACCAAUGCCACUGGACAGGCAACAAGCACCGCUGAACUCCUCGUUACAGCCGAGACGGCGCCGCCCAGCUUCCUUCAGAGACUGCAGAGCUCCACAGUGAGACAGGGCAGCCAGGUGAGGCUGGACGUCAGAGUCACAGGAAUCCCAACACCUGUGGUGAAGUUCUACAGAGAGGGAGCUGAGAUCCAGAGCUCAGCCGACUUCAGGAUCCUCCAGGAGGGAGACCUGUACAGUCUGCUGAUCGCCGAGGCUUUCCCAGAGGAUUCUGGGACAUAUUCAGUGACUGCAACAAACAGCAGCGGACGGGCCACCUCCACAGCUGAACUGCUGGUUCAGGGUGAAGAACCCGUUCCAGCAAAGAAAACCAAGACAGUGAUUUCAACUUCUGCAAUCUCACAGACCCGUCAGACCCGAGUGGAAAAGAGGAUGGAGGCCAGUUUCCAGGCCUCCAUGCAGAUGCAGGUGGAGAGCGCUGAGAUGAUUCAGCAGCUGGCUCACAAGACUCCGCCCAGAGUCCCGCCCAAACCCGCAUCCAAGUCUCCGACCUCACUGGUCGCCAAGGUGGCGGGAGGACGCCAACAGUCGCCGUCACCUGUCAGACACGUGAAGGCACCCACGCCAACACCUGUCAGGCCAGUCAAGUCCCCCAUCACCGCACGCAAACAGGAAGCUGCCGGCGUUGAUGUCCUGCCGCCCUGGAAGGUCGCCGGCAUGAUCCAGCAGCAGCGCAUGGAGCAGCAGGUCACCAUCGUCAAAGAGGCCGAGGGCGGGAAAAGAGCUGGGGCGGUGGCCACAGUGAUGGCCGCCGUCGACCUCGCUCGGGUCCGUCUGCCUGUGCAUGUGGAGGGCGGUCGAGCUGAAGAGGCGGAGGCUGUAGAGGCAGCCGCUAUGACUGCCGAUCAGCAAUACCGAGCCAGCCGGACAACGACGAGAGUGCAGGCUGGUCAAAUGAUUCCCACUGCUCAGGGGUUUACAACUGAAUCCACCCUGCUGCUGCCUCAGAUUCAGAGAACAACAGAAAUCUCCACCCAAGUGGACACUGGUUUCACUCCAUCUCCAGUUCCACAUUUCACAGUUUCUAAAGUUUCGGUCCCAAAACACGAGUCUAGCUCUGAGGUUUCCAUCGCCGGCUCAGCAAUCGCUACUCUGCAGAAAGAGUUAUCUUCAUCCGCUGCCACAGCUAGAAAGAUCAUCAGGCCCGUCAAGUCUCCCAGUCCGUCUGGGAGAGUGUCAGCGACCAGACAGACACCAGAGCCCGUCCCACCACCAUUCAAAGACUUUGCUGAGAAAUAUCAGAGUCGUUUUGGUGCUGAGUUACAGACGGGGGUGGUGUACUCGGGGGGCAUGGAGAAAAUGUAUGAGGACUGGGGAGCCCAGGUGGCAGAGGCAGCAGCCGUACCUUCUGCCGGUGCCGGCGUCAUCCCGCCCACACUGGUGUCCAGCUUGAAAAACACGAAUGUGACCGAGGGUGAGUCGGUGACCCUGGAGUGCCAGAUCAGUGGUAACCCGACACCCGUCAUCAUGUGGUUCAGAGAGGACUACAAGAUUGAGAGCUCCAUUGAUUUCCAGAUUAGCUAUGAGAACGGAAUCGCCCAGCUGGUGAUCCGCGAGGCGUUCGCUGAAGACAGCGGGCGCUUCACCUGCACCGCCACAAGUGAGGCGGGAACCGUCAGCACCUCCUGCUACCUUCUCGUCCAAGUGUCUGAGGACAUCGAGAGCAGAGAGACUGAACAUGUUGAAACUGUUGUGAAACUAGUUACCGAAGAAGCCAAAGAGGAGACUAUGUCUCAGGUGAGUGAGACAGACGCUGCUGCCGCAGCUCCCUUCUUCAUCAGGAAGCCGACCGUCCAGAAGCUGGUGGAAGGUGGAAGUGUCGUGUUUGAAUGCCAGGUUGGAGGAAGUCCCAAACCUCACAUCAUCUGGAAGAAGAGCGGCGUACCGCUCACUACUGGAUACAGAUACAAAGUUGCCUACAAGAAGGACACUGGAGAAUGCAAAUUAGAGAUCUCUAUGACCUUCGCUGAUGACGCCGGAGAAUACUCAGUUUUUGCCAAGAACCAGCUUGGAGAGGUCUCAGCCUCCGCCAGCCUGCUGGAGGAAGAGGAAUAUGAAGUCUACAUGAAGAAACAAGAAGCAACCUUUAAGACUGAAGUGACAGCUGUGGUGCAGGAGCCCAGAGUGGGAGACAUUCCCCCAAUGGAGCAAACCACCACCAUCAUCUCAGGACAGGAAUUCCAUCUUUCAGCCAUUGAGCUGAGGAUCAUUCAGGAAAUUGAACUCCGCAUUAUGACAAUUACCUACAAACAGAUAGUGACAGAGGACGGAGAGCUGAUGGUGACCGCCACCCCCGCUGAGGCUGUGCAGCCCUCCUUCGACACUCCUGUCAAAAACUACAGGAUAAUGGAAGGAAUGGGCGUCACUUUCCACUGCAAGGCAGCUGGAAUGCCGCUCCCAAAGAUUGCAUGGUACAAAGAUGGCCAGCGAAUCAGGUCUGGUGACCGUUACCAGAUGGAAGUCCUCCAGGAUGGACGAGCCAGCCUGAGAUUGCCAGUGGUUCAGCCAGAAGAUGAGGGCGUGUACACAGCUUUUGCCACCAACAUGAAAGGAAAUGUCGUCAGCUCCGGGAAGCUCUACGUGGAGCCUUCUGGUGCUGGAGCACCUCAGAGAUACACACCACAGCCAGCAAUGCAGCGGAUCAGGUCAACAUCUCCUCGUUCUCUGAGUCGCUCUCCUGGACGUUCUUCUAGCCGUUCACCAGGACGCUCUCCUGCUCGCCGGCUUGAUGAGACAGAUGAGGCUCAGCUGGAAAGACUCUACAAGCCUGUGUUCGUCCAGAAGCCUGCCUCAUGUAAAUGCUCUGAGGGUCAAACUGCAAGGUUUGACCUGAAGGUCGUUGGCAGACCAAUGCCUGACACAUACUGGUUCCACAACGGACAACAAGUGGUUAGUGACUACACCCAUAAGAUAGUAGUUAAAGAGGACGGUACACAGUCCCUGAUCAUCGUCCCAGCCACUCCACAGGACUCUGGAGAGUGGACAGUCGUCGCUCAGAACAGAGCUGGACGGUCGUCCAUCUCCGUCACUCUCACUGUCGAUGCUAAAGAAACUUUGGUGCGUCCACAGUUCACUGAGAAACUGAGGAACAUCAGUGUAAAACAGGGCACUCUGGUUGAACUGGCUGUCAAAGCCAUUGGAAACCCCCUGCCUGAUAUCGUCUGGCUGAAGAACAGUGACAUUAUCACCCCACACAAGCACCCGAACAUCAGGGUUGAAGGAACCAGAGGAGAGGCCAAAUUCCAGAUUCCCUCAGCAGCUGGCUCAGACAGUGCCUGGUACACUGCUACAGCCAUUAACAAGGCUGGCAGAGACACCACUCGCUGCAGAGUCAAUGUGGAGGUCGACUUUGUUGAACCUGAACCAGAGAGGAAGCUAAUUAUUCCCAAAGGAACCUACAAAGCCAAAGAGAUUGCCCCUCCAGAGGUGGAGCCCCUGCAUCUGCGAUAUGGUCAGGAGCAGUGGGAGGAGGGUGACCUUUACGACAAAGAAAAGCAGCAGAAACCACAGUUCAAGAAGAAGCUGACCUCUGUCCGCAUGAAGCGCUUCGGUCCCGCUCAUUUUGAGUGCAGACUGACGCCUAUCGGUGACCCCACCAUGGUAGUGGAGUGGCUGCAUGAUGGCAAACCUCUGGAAGCUGCUAACAGGUUGCGCAUGGUUAAUGAAUUUGGAUACUGCAGUCUUGAUUAUGAAGCUGCUUACGCCAGAGACAGCGGUGUCAUCACCUGCAGAGCUACAAACAAAUUUGGAGCUGACCAGACCUCAGCUACCCUGGUCGUCAAGGAUGAGAAGGGUCUUGUUGAGGAAUCACAGCUUCCUGAGGGCAGAAAGGGAGCUCACCGAAUUGAUGAGAUCGAACGCCAGGCUCACGAGGGAGGGCCCUAUGGAGUCACUGCUGAAGAGGAAGCUGAGAAAAUGAAACCCGAGAUUGUCCUUCUUCCCGAACCAGCCAGAGUCGUGGAAGGUGACACUGCACGAUUCCGCUGCAGAGUGACCGGUUAUCCAGCACCCAAAGUUAACUGGUACCUCAAUGGACAACUAAUCCGCAAGAGCAAGAGAUACAGACUUCGUUAUGAUGGUAUUUACUACCUGGAGGUCACUGAUAUUAAACCCUAUGAUUCAGGAGAGGUCAGAGUGGUGGCUGACAACAACCUGGGCUCAGCCGAGUACACUGUGAAGCUGGAGAUCCAGCAGAAAGAGGACUUCAGAACCCAUCUGCGCCGCGCCCCAGAGGGAAAGGCACCUGAGGUCACAACUGAACCUGGAAGAACACCAUUUGAGGUUGUAAAGGCUGAGAAACCUGCAGAGGACUCCCAGCUAAAAGAAGUGGUCACGCUGAGGAAGGCUCAGAGAAUUGUCCAUGAGAAAGCUACAGAAGAGUCGGAGGAGCUGAGGGGCAAGUUCAAGCGCAGGACACAAGAAGGCUACUAUGAGUCCAUCACCGCAGUGGAGCUCAAGUCACGCAGGAAGGAUGAGUCCUACGAGGAUCUGCUGAGGAAAACAAAGGAGGAGCUGCUUCACCACGCCAAGGAAAAAGAGGAGGCUGAGAAGAAGAAGAAGGAGGAGGAGCGCCUCAAGGUUACAACUAAAGCUGUAAAACCAGAGAGGGUCAAGCUCUCAGCCAGCAUGGAGGCUCCUAAGAUCCUGGAGCGUAUCACUAGCCAAACAGUCGCACAGGGUGAAGAAGUCAAGUUCAGAGUCAGAGUUGUUGGCAGACCAGAACCUGAGUGCCAGUGGUUCAAGAACGGUGUUCAGCUGGAGAAGUCUGACCGUGUUUACUGGUACUGGCCUGAGGAUCAUGUGUGCGAACUGGUGAUCAGAAAUGUCACAGCAGAGGAUUCUGCUAGUGUCAUGGUUAAAGCUUCAAGCACUGCUGGGGAGACAUCAAGCCAUGCCUUCCUACUGGUGCAAGCCAAGCAAGUCAUCACCUUCACACAGAAACUGGAGGAGAUCAAUGCAAAGGAGAAGGACACCAUGGCUACCUUUGAGUGUGAAACCAAUGAGCCUUUUGUCAAGGUCAAAUGGCUGAAGAACAACACCGAGAUCUUCUCUGGAGAUAAAUACAGAAUGCACUCUGACAGAAAGGUUCACUUCCUGUCUGUACUGAUGAUUGACAUGAGGGAUGAUGCAGAAUAUACCUGCAUGGUUGUAGACGAUGAUGUCAGGACAACUGGCAAGCUCAAUGUUGAAGGAGCCCCACUGGAAAUCCUGAAGCAGCUGGAGAGCACAGAGGUGCCGGAGACGUACUCUGGAGAGUUUGAGUGUGUUAUGUCUCGUGAGGACGCUGAAGGCAGCUGGUUCUUCAAAGAAAAGCUUCUCUCUGCUAGCAGUAAAUACGUCAUAUCCUCCCGUCGUGGAAGACACACUCUGUCUGUAAAAGAUGUCAAGAAGGAGGAUCAGGGAAAAUAUACCUUCGAAUGUGGCGAGUUCAAGACAAGUGCAUCACUGAAAAUGAAAUUGCGCCCGGUGACCUUGUUGCAGCCUCUGACCGACAUGACUGUGUGUGAGGGCGACAUCGCUCAGCUGGAGGUCAAGUUCUCUCAGGAGAAUGUUGAAGGAAACUGGCUGAAGAAUGGGAAGCCAGUCACAGCCUCAAACCGUGUGCACAUUGUUAUUGACAAACAGAUCCACAAACUUCUGAUUGAAGACACCAGCAAGGAUGAUUUUGGAACUUACACCUUUGAGGUUCCUGCUCAGGGGAUCUCAACCUCUGCAAAGCUGGUCAUUCAGACAAUCGGCAUCUUGAUCUCACUUAAGGACAUUAGCGCUGUUGAGGGUACCAAGACUGUCAUGGAGACCAAGAUCUCUGCUCAGGAUGUUAGCUCAGUCAAAUGGUACCACAAUGACAAACAGCUGGCGCCCAGCGACAGAAUUCAGAUGGUGGCAAAGGGAGCCAAGCAGCGUCUGGUCUUCAACAGGACCUACGCCUCAGAUGAAGGACACUACAAACUGGUGGUUGGCCGAGCCGACACCAGCUGCAAACUUACUGUUCAGACUGUCCAGAUUGUGAAACCCAUGAAGGAUAAGGAGUGCUCCGAAUCUGAGAAUGUCACAUUUGAAGUCGAGGUUUCUCACCCCGGCAUUGAUGCCUUCUGGACCUUUAAGAGGCAGCCACUCAAAGCCGGUCCAAAGUACAAGAUGGAGUCCAAGAACAAGAUCCACAAACUGACUGUCAUGAACGCAAUGAAGGAUGAGGAGGGCGAGUACAUGUUUGCUGCUGGUGAGAAGAUGUGCAGUGCUUCACUCACCGUAGCAGGCGGUGCUAUCAAGAAGCCCCUCCGGGAUUUGGUGGUAGCCGACUCCCAGACUGCUGUGAUGGAGUGUGAAGUUGCCAACCCCUCUGCUGAGGGCAAGUGGCUGAAAGAUGGCCAGUCUGUCGACUUCAACGAGAACACACUGAGCGAGGUGGAUGGUGCCGUCAGACGCCUCGUCUUGGUCAUCACCAAGACUACAGACGUUGGAGAGUACACUUAUCAGGUCGCCACCUCCAAGACCUCAGCCACCCUGAAAGUGGAGGCUGUGAAGGUGAAGAAGACCAUGAAGAACCUGAACGUGGUCCAGACUCAGGAUGCCAUCUUCAGCUUGGAGCUGACCCAUGAGGAUGUGAGAGGAGCGCAGUGGAUUAAGAACGGCGUUGAGAUUCUGCCUAGCGAUAAAUACGAGAUCAAUAUUGAAGGCACCAUCCACUCCCUGAAGAUCAAGAACUGCAGCACACAGGACGAGUCUGUUUACUCUUUCAAACUGGGAAAACUGUCUGCAAACGCCAGGCUGAACGUUGAAACUAUCAAGAUCCUGAAGAAGCCAAAGGAUGUGACGUCACUGCUGGGUGCGACUGCAGUAUUUGAGUUGGGCAUCUCCGAGGACGACAUCCCCGUGAAAUGGCUGUUCAACAAGGUGGAGCUGAAGCCAAACGAUCACUACAGGAUGCUCUCUGAGAAGAAGACCCACAAACUGAUCGUCCAGGACGUGGACAACAGCAAACAGGGAGAGUACACUGCUGUGGUGGGACACCUCCAGUGCAGCGCUCGCCUCCACGUCGAGUCCCUGCGCGUCACAAGGCCCCUGAAGAGCGUAACAGUCCCGGAGACAAAGGUGGCCACAUUUGAGUGUGAAGUUUCUCACCUGAAUGUGCCGUCCACCUGGCUGAAAGACGGCGUGGAACUGGAGAUGAGCGAGAAGUUAAGCAUGGUGGUGCAAGGAAAAGUCCACCAGCUGAGGAUCAUGAACUGCAGCAGGGACGACUCUGCAGAGUACACCUUUGUCUGCGGGAGCGACAGAGUCUCUGCAACGUUGACCGUUAACCCCAUCCUCAUAACAACAAUGCUACAGAACGUGAAUGCUCAGGAGAAAGAAGUGGUCACGUUUGAGGUCAAUGUCAACUAUGAGGAAAUUGCAUACAAAUGGCUGAAGAACGGCACAGAGAUCCGAUCCACGGACAGAUGUCAGGCCCGCUGCAAACAGCUCAGUCACACCCUGAGCAUCAGGAAUGUUCACUUUGGAGACAGCGCCGAGUACACGUUCAUGGCCGGCUCCGCAGUCACUACAGCUAAACUCUACGUUGAAUCCCGUGUGGUUGAAUUCACCAAACAGCUGAAAGACCUGAAGAUCACUGAGAAGAAGAGAGCAACAUUUGAAUGUGAAGUUUCUGAACCAAACAUCCAGGUGAUGUGGAUGAAAGACGGUCAGGAGCUGGAGAUGUCCGACAGGUAUAAAAUGACUUCAGAGAAAUUUGUGCACCGUCUGGUGUUGCCAUCAGUUCGUCUGUCUGAUGCUGGUGAAUACACCGCCGUGGCCGGCUCGAGUAUGUCCAAGGGCCACCUGGGUGUCGAGGGACGGGACAUCAAAAUCUCAGAACCCACUAGCAGGGACGUCACUGUUGUUGAGAAACAAAGAGCAACCUUUGAGUUCGAGGUGAGUGAGGAUGAUGUGGAGGGUCGCUGGAUGAGGAACGGAGUUGAGAUCCAGUUUCAGGUGGAGAAGAGGUUCAAUUACGCCACCAUCAGGAAGCUCCACCGCCUCACCAUCUCUGAGACGUACAGGAGCGAUGCAGGAGAGUACACCUUCUUAGCCGGCAAAAACAGGAGCACCAUGAACCUUCAUGUCAGACUGCCGGAGCCUCCUGAGAUCGUCCACCCCAUGGAGCCCCAGGCAGCACUGUCAGGCAGAUCUGUUCGCUUCUCGGUGCAGGUCAGCGGCCUCCCUCAGCCCCAGGUGUCCUGGUACAAAGACUCCCAGGUUCUGUCCACCAGCUACAAGUGCAAGUUCCUCCACGACGGAGAUGAGCACACGCUGCUGCUGCUCGAGGUCUUCCCCGAGGACGCCAGCGUCUACAGCUGCGAAGCCAAGAACGACUACGGAGAGGUGACAAGCUCCGCCCCUCUCACUGUGGAAGUCCCGGAGGUGGCCGAGGUGGCUCGGGUCGCUCCUCCCGUCCUGAAUUCUCCCAUACGGGACAUCCUGGUCACAGAGGGACAGCCUGCACAGUUCCAGUGCACCGUCUCAGGGGAAGAUCUGCAGGUUUCUUGGUUCCUUAAUGACAGAGAGAUCAGACAGUCAGACAUCUUCAGGAUGUCUCAUUAUGGCAACACCUGCCAGCUGGAGAUUUCCAGAGCUCUCCUCGACCACGAAGGAGAAUACUCUUGUGUUGCCACAAACUCUGCAGGCAUGGUCACAUGCGCUGCAACUCUGAAUAUCGAUGUAACCUCACUGGAGAAGGAACCUUCAGUUCAGAUCCAAGAGGAGCAGAAAGCCUUCUCUACCUCAAGCAUCACAGUAGAAGAGGAAACCCAGGAGUCGUACUACACGGGCCUAAAGUUACCAGAUACAACCAGAACACUUGAACUUAAGCCAGAGUCCAAACGCUACUCCAGCACUUUGGAGAAGAAAAAAGAGAAACCAGUUUUCCUCAGUGAACUUUCUCCAGCAGCAGUGACUGUUGGAGAAACUGCUACGUUUACGGUCAAAGUGUCUGGUUUCCCAAAGCCCACCAUUCAGUGGUUCCAUAACGGGCAGACUAUAACAAGUUCAUCUGUGUACACGUUCACUCAUGAGCGUGAUGAGUAUAGUCUGAUCAUUACCAAAGUUCAAAGGGAGUUUGAAGGAGAGUACUCCUGUACUGUCAGUAACAGAUUCGGUCGGUCGACUUGCAUCUCUUAUUUGCAUGUUCAUGUGAAGGAGCCAGAGGAAACAGCUGAACAGAUAACAUUUGUGCCGACUGGCAAACCUCCAGGGUUCAUCAAAACAAUCGAGUCUCUUCAGUUGUCUGAAGGACGCCAGGCUUUCUUCAGGUACAUUGUGACUGGAGAUCCUAUUCCCGAGGUUCACUGGCUCAAAGGCAGCUUCAAAAUUCAGCCCAGCGGGUUCUGUAUCAUUGUGAACAACCCAGACGGAUCAGGCUUUAUUAACAUUAAGAGUGUCAAACAUGAGCAUGCUGGCGUCUACACCUGUAAGGCCUCCAACCAGUAUGGAGAAGCCUCCUGUACUGCAGAGUUGUUGGUGUUUAGAGAGAACAUUCAGGAAGAGUUGGUAAAGAUGACAAAAGGCUUGAAAAUAUCUAUGACGGAACAAACCACAGAAUCCAGAUUACACCAGGAGAGAACUCUGUCUGAUCGGAUGAUUUAUACCAUUAGCACUGAAGACCGGCAGAUUAUUCCAAGUGAAGAGGUGGGAACCCUCAGAGAGGUCGAUAUCUCUGCUGCAACCCUCCAUCGAGAGCAGGUGACCCACCAGGCAGCAGUGCUGCAGUCUCACGAAAUCCAGGAGAGGGUUUCUUUAGCUCCCACUCAUCCACCCCAGGUCUCAGCUGUUCCUGCUAAACAGCUUCACAUGGCGACAUUCUUAUCUUCAGUCCAGGAGAAGCAAAGGAUCACUGAGCAGCACUCUGAACGCAUCCUCAGCCCUGAGAUUGUAGAACUGGCGUUAGCCAAAGAGCAGCCAUCAAAACUUAUGUCAGCCACAUCUGAGGAGGUCCUCCCACUCACCACCGUGAGAGCUGAGGCCUUAACAGACAAGGCUCCAGAGCACAUGAAGGUCUUGACCGAACCCAGGCAGCUUGUCACUGGUCAUCAGGUUGAGUGCAUGCUGCCUAUUCAUGGUGAAACUUCAGGCAUCACCCACAGACCAGAGGAAGAGAGGAGUUUCAUAGUCACCGAGGGGGUAAAGAUUUUAUACUCUGCUCAGUCUACAGGGCAGCUGCCAGUCACAGAGGGACACGCUGAGCCUCUGCCACCUGUAGCUGCAGCCACUAAAGUCUUGGUUGAGAAAGAGCAACAUAAGCCAGUUGUAGCACCAGUGAGAGAAGCUAGAGUGGCUUUAUCAAAGGAGCAGACAUUUGAAAUACACAAACCAGAGCAGGAGAGUAUCACCCCAUGCAAAGAUGUGGUCUAUAAGUUAGCUGUAACUGCUGAAGAGAAAUAUGAGCUCCAAGGUGAACAGGCAGGACAGGUGCCAGGUAUAGCAUCUUCUGUGAGUCUUCAGCCUCAGCGAGAGGGGGAAAGACUCCUGAAUCUUCAAGUGAUCAGUGAUCAGGAUGUUCUACAGUCUGAGGGUCAGUUCAGCAGUGAAAAGCCUUCCACAGAGCAGGCAGAAACCAGGAAGAGCCCAACUUUGUUGCAUUCUGUGACUCAAGAGGAGCAAAGACCUGCAGUCUGCGAGGAGACUUGUGAGUUCUCAAUAAAGACUGAUGCCACAACAGUUCAGCCGAAGAAAGAGUUACCACAAACACAAUACCUUCAGUCCAUUCAACCUUUAACAGUUUUACCAAAGGAAGGCAUACUUACUAUCACUAAACCUGAUCAUCAGGUGGCAUCACAGAAAAAGGAAAAGGCUAGAAAGCAUGCAGCUACAUCAGAAGAGAGAAUGGAGCUCACAGCAGAUUAUCACAAAGAUCUUACUGUGUCGGUGACUGGAGUUCAGUCUCAGCUGCGAACUGAGCCGAGGCCUUCCAGCGUCCUCCCCGUCUCCUCUCAGACCGUGCAGCUGCCGAAGGAGACGCCUUUCACCACUGAUGUCAAACAGCAGCGAGCACUCAUCCAGAAAGAAGAUUAUGGGAACAUCAUGCAUUCUUUGAAUGUUACAGAUAACUGGACUCUAGAGGAAGGUCACACCAUCAGCAUUGAAACUGAGAAGCAAUUCAAGCCUGAGAUCAAAACUGAGCCCAAAAUCACCAAAAAACCUGUUUCUAUCGAGGAGAAGGCAGUUGCCACUGAAAGCUGUACAAUCUUAGAAGCCACUGAGCAAGACUUUGCAGUCGCGAUUCAAGAGGGUCAGUCAGUCCGACAGUCUGUGUUGCUAGAACAAAAGCAGGUCAUUAUGGGAGAGCGGUCAUGUGAGAUACAUAAAUCGGAGGGAUCGACUGUCAGCGUCGUGACCCAGCCUAGAGGAGUUCUGUUUGUUCAUCAGUCUCAGGACGCUCAGACUCUACCUAAGGAACUCAACUUCGUAAUCCAGAUCCCCAAACCAUUUAGUUUAAAUAUACGACAUCAACUCAGAGAUGCUCUUCAGACUGCUGUGGCCAGUGAACAACCCCUGUUAUUAGCCGAUGUUGUAGGACGGUUAGAGGCAGUGGAGGUGCAGGAGAUUAAGGUUCAGACUGAGUCCAGACAGGCCGCAUAUACUUACCUGAUCACAACACCAGGUGCCCCUCUGGAGAUCACACUGUCUUUUGAAGGCAGUUACCCUCAGACAGCUGAUCUCAGGUCUGAACUGCAGGUAGCUCUGCAUGCUAUGGUCUUCCACGACCAGCAAAGUCUUACAUCAGAGCAACCAGGUGCCAUGCAGGUUGAAAAGCCUCAGAAAGCGAUGGUCAGCUCAGAGUCCUCCAAAGAAGUGUUGUCCUCUGUAGUGGACACCUUGAUGGUGGCAGAGAGCACAGUCCAGUUUCCUCCUGCUGUAUCUCAGUCUGCAGCCAUCAAAACUGAAGCCAGGGCUUCCUUUGAAAGCACAGCCAUUCAGAGUCGAUCUGAAAUUCAUGAGUCUGUGCAGGUGAGUAGGAAGACAGUCCGGUCAGAAAGGGAUGCUACCGCUGCUGAAGUGACCAUGACAAUGCCUUUGGAUCAGGUUCCUGUUGAACAAAGUGUGGACAUUUUUGUCCAGAGAGAAAGCAGAGAAGAGUACCUGUCAGAGGCAAUUAUGAUCAGCGAGUCCUCAGACAGUCUGGUAGAUUAUCCUGUUAUUCUUGAUCCUCUGGAGGAUGUUUGCACUGAGGAAAACGGCAAGGCUACUUUUACUGCCACCAUUAAGUCUGUCGCCAGAGUGAACUGGUUUUUCAAUGGGCAACUGGUGAAAUCUGGCAAAGAGUUCAAGUGUUCUAAAGACCACGACACGUACACACUAGUUAUUGAGAAAGUUGUCAAGGAGAAGCAUCAAGGAGAAUAUGUGUGUGAGGCUGAAAAUGAAGCCGGCAAGACUACAACAUCUUCAAGACUCACUGUGGUCUCAAGAGUGAAACCUGUGUUCAGGCACAGACUCGUCCCUGUGGAGAUCAACAUUGGCAAUAUUGCCAAGUUUGAAUGUGAAAUCGAGGACGCUCCUAAUGUGAACUUCAAGUGGUUCAAAGACGGACACCCCAUCAAAGAGGGGGAAAAAUACAGGAUUAUCAGCCGCCUCAGCAUUUCCUCUUUGGAACUUCUGAGCCCAAACAAGGACGAUAGCGGUGAAUACAGCUGCAAAGCAUCAAAUAAGCAUGGCAGCGAUGAAUGCUCCGCCACCCUCAGUGUGACAGAGCAAUACCCUCCCUCCUUUAUAACUAAACCUGACUCUCAGACUGUGUAUGUUGGAAAGAGGGCAAUGAUGCAGUGCGUGAUUUCAGGAUCUGCCCCACUGACUGUUGUCUGGUUCAAAGACAACAUGGCUUUACCCAGUAUGCCAAACAAAUAUGAAACCUCUUGUGAAAAGAAUAAGCACACUCUUGGUAUAACCACGCUUGAGGCAGCAGACAGGGGGCUCUAUGUGUGCAAGGUGUCUAAUAAUGUUGGGACGGCCGAGUGCAGCAUGGACCUGCGUGUUACUGAUAAGCCCAACUUUGUAAAGCCCCUGGGUCCGAUCGCUGCUGUGGUCGGAGCUCCUCUGCACCUGGAGUGUCAGGUGGAUGAGGACACUGGAGUAACUGUAACCUGGACCAGAGAUGGUAGGAGAGUGCACCAGUCUCCGGACUGUAAACUGUCUUUUGAGGAUAAGACAGUCACUCUUGAUAUCCUAAAGACCACACUGAAAGAUUGUGGAAAUUAUGUGUGCACAGUGACAAAUGAAGCUGGGAGUGCAACUUGCUCCACCGCAGUGAAGGUCCAAGAGCCACCAGUCUUUGUAAAGAGGCUGGAAGCCACAACAGUUUGGAAGCAAGGUGGCACUGCUCGACUGCAGUGCACCGUCAAAGGAUCCCCUGAACUUCACACAAGCUGGUUCUUUAAUAACAGUGAGCUGUCUGCUGGUGGCAGAUAUGACUUCAGUCUGAAGGAUGGUGUCACCACUCUUGAGAUAAAGGAUGUCGCGUUGAGUGACAGUGGAAACUACACCUGUGAGGUUCUCAAUGAGUCUGGGUGUGAAAGCUGCAGCACUAAAGCAACAGUGAAAGAACCACCAUCUUUCAGAAAGGAGUUGCUCUCCUUAGAGGCAGUCAGAGGAUCUGUAGCUGUGUUGGAGUGUGAGAUUGCAGGCUCUGCACCGUUCGAUGUUGCCUGGAAAAAGAAUAAGAAACGCCUGUCAUCAGAUAAGAAAUACAGAAUACUGACACAGGGAAGCCUGGCCUCUCUGGAGAUCCAAUCAUUUGAGAGCACUGACAUUGGUGAAUAUGAAUGUGUUGUAUCAAAUGAGGUUGGGUCAGUAACCUCAAAGUCAGUGGCUAAACAAAGAGAGCCACCUAUGUUCUCAAAGAGGAUUGAGAGUGCUACAGCAGUGGUGGGGAAUACAGUGAAGCUACAGGGAACCCUUAAAGGUUCAGCUCCCAUCACUACCAAGUGGAUGAAAGACUCUGAGCUACUCAGAGAUGAUGAUCCAAAUGUGAAAAUGACAUUUGAGAACAACAUCAUUAGCAUCUCCUUCUCUUCUGUUGAGUUAAAGCAUGGCGGCAAGUAUACUUGUCUUGCUGAAAACGAGGCAGGACAGCAGAAAUGUGAAGCUGUCUUAACGAUUCAAGAACCUGCUAGGAUCUUAGAGAAAGCAGCAUCCAUCAGUGUGACUGCAGGAGAUUCGGCCACUUUGGAGUGCAGGAUUUCUGGAAGCCCAGAACUCAAAGUAAAAUGGUUCAAAGACGGCAAGGAGAUGAUCAGCGGCCGAAAAUAUAAAAUGACAGUGAAGGAGAACACUGCCAUCUUAAAGAUCCUCACAGCAGAAAAAGGCGACACUGCAGAGUAUAAGAUGGAGGUGUCCAAUAAAGUCGGAAAAGAUCAGUGCACCUGCUCAGUCAAUGUUAUAGAUCGUGCAGUUCCACCAUCCUUCACCAGAGCGCUAAAGAAAGUGGAUGCACGUAUUGGUAGUAAUGUUACCUUGGACUGCAGAGUUGCUGGAUCUCAGCCACUGGUUAUUUCUUGGUACAAAGACAACAAAGAAAUCCACAGUGAUGACAAAUAUCAGGUUGAUUUCAGUGAGAGUACAGCCUCUGUGACGGUAACUGGCCUGGAGAAAAGCGAUGGUGGAGUUUAUACAUGCCGGGCCUCUAACGAUGCUGGAGAGAAAGAGACGAGUGGUACUUUGUCCAUCAAAGAACCUCCCGUCUUCACUGUGAAACCUGAAUCCCAGGAUGCCUCACCUGGAUCAAAUGUUGUGAUAUUAUCAGCCUUUACAGGCUCAGCUCCUCUGGUUGUUAAAUGGUUCAGAGAGGAGAAAGAGAUUUUCACUGGAGGAAAGUGUUUCAUAAAGAAAGACGCCUCCUCAAGCUCCUUGGAGCUUCAUUCUGUGAAACCCAGUGACUCUGCAAAGUACACAUGCCAAGUUUCCAAUGAGGCUGGGAAGGUGGAUUGCACUGCAACUCUCUUUGUGAAAGAAGCCCCAACAUUCACAAUGAAGCUUGAGCCUUCACUGUUGCUGAAAACUGGACAACCUCUGAAACUGUCUUGCAAAGUACAGGGCACCCCUGUUAUUAGCAUCACAUGGUUUAAAAAUGGAUCUGAACUUGCUUCAGACCACAGACACGUGAUGUCCUUCGACAGCUCCAUAGUGACUCUGGAGGUAGAGAACUGCUCUGUAGAGGACGGUGGAGAUUAUGUUUGUGUGGCGUCCAGCCAGGCCGGCAGAGACCAGAGCAGCAGCUCAGUGGCAGUGAAAGAACCUCCUUUGUUUGUGAGGCCUUUCGAAUCAGCUGAGCUUGUAAAGGGAUCCGAUCUAUUCUUGGAGGGAACCAUUUCAGGUUCCCCUCCAUUUGAAAUAAGUUGCUUACACAAUGAUAAGCUGAUCAGAAGCAACCAAAGGCAUAAGAUCAGUGUCGAAAAUGACACAGUUACUCUUCAGAUCUCAAACUGUGAGAGCGGAGAUGCUGGGAUUUACCAGUGCACUGUUACAAAUGAUGUGGGGGAGACAUCUUGCUCUUGCCAGAUUUCACUGAAAGAACCACCAUCAUUUGUACAGAGACUAGAGGACAUGUCCUGCAUGGUGGGCUCUGAGAUCUCUAUGAAGUGCAUGUUGUCUGGAACACUUCCCAUGACUUUCUCCUGGAUCAAGGAUGAUCAUGAGCUAACAGAGGACGAGCAUGUUAAAAUUUCCUAUGAAACCAAAACUGCUGUGUUGAAUUUGAAAAAUGCUCAGUUAUCACACGGCGGGAAGUAUGUCUGUCAGGCACAGAACAAAGCUGGGACUCACAGAUGUGCCGCUGUGCUCAUUGUGACAGAGCGUAAAGUCCCUCCAAACUUCACCAAGAGGCCCUCUGAGUCCAUGGUGGAUUCUGUGGGUAAGACGGUGAAGAUGGAGAGUCGGGUUUCUGGUUCCCAGCCACUGACUGUCACCUGGUUUAAGGACAACAGCGAAAUCUAUGGCUCUGACAAAUAUGAUGUCAGUUUUCAGAACAACUUGGCCACGCUGAGUGUCAGAGACACUUUGUCCUCUGACAGCGGUGUGUACACCUGCACUGCCACCAACGAGGCCGGACAGGCUUCAUGUCGAGUUUCUCUCAACAUCACAGAAUCUGGCCAGGCUCCCAAAAUCGACAUCCCUCUGGAGCCGGUAACGGUGAACGAGGGCGAGAAGCUGAGCCUGAAAUGCCACGUCAGCGGCUCUCCUCCUCUUACCAUCCAAUGGAUGAAGGACAGGAGGGAACUGAAAUCCAGUGGAAAUACCAGAAUCACAUUUGUUGGUGGACAGGCCUGUCUGGAGGUCAGUCCAGUGUCAAAGACUGAUGCAGGAGAUUACCUCUGCAAAGCCAGCAAUCCUACCGGCAGUGACUUCUGCAAGUCCAGGGUCACUGUGAAAGACAAAGGAGCCACGGUGGCCCCGGGUGAGGCUGCUGCCCCGGCUGCAGCCCCGGCUGUAGGUGCCCCUGUGAAGAGGCUCGACAACCUUUUCUUCAUCGAGGAACCUAAAAAUGUUUCUGUCACUGAGAAGGGCACUGCAACCUUCAUCGCCAAGAUCGGAGGUGACCCAAUCCCCAGUGUGAAGUGGAUGAAGGGCAAAUGGAGGCAGAUCACCCCUGGUGGUCGUAUCUCCAUCGUGCACAAGGGUCAGGAUGCCAAAAUGGAGAUCAAGGAGGUAACCAAAUCUGAUGCCGGUCUCUACAGAUGUGUUGCAACCAACAAACAUGGAGAGAUUGAGUGUGGCGCUGAGAUGGAGGUCACCAAAAAAGAAGACGUGGAAGGAUUUGGAGACAUAAGGACAAAGCUGAAGAAGACUCCUUCAAAGCAGAAGAGUCCCAAGAAAGAAGGAGAGAUCGACAUUGUGGAGUUGCUGAGAGGUCACGACCCCAAAGACUACGAGAGGAUCCUGCGUGAGCACAACAUCCACGACUUCCGUGCCAUCCUGCAGGCCGUCGAGUUCCUGAAGAGGGAGAAGGAGAUGGAGACUGGAAGAGCGGAGGUGGAGCAUGGCGGACGGGUUGAAGAAGAGGACAUGGCCCGACUCAUUCAGCAGCUGGAGGGACGCGUCGGCACGGAGCCCGUCUCUGUGAUAGAGGACAUCAGCGACCAGACGACCCCCGAGAACCAGAGUGUCACCUUUGAGUGUCAGAUCAAGAUCAAUUACCCAGAGAUCACACUCACCUGGUACAAGGGCACACAGAAACUGGACAACAGUGACAAGUAUGAGAUCAGCAGUGUUGGGGACCACCAUUACCUGAAGAUCAAGAACUGCCUGGUCAAAGAUCAGGGCAACUACCGCGUGGUGUGUGGUCCUCACAUCUCCAACGCCAAGCUGACCGUCACAGCCGACCAAAUUCAGUUCACUAAAUGCAUCAGAAGCAUCGAGGUCAAUGAACGCCACUCGGCCACCUUCGAGUGCGAGUUGUCCUUCGACAACGCCACCGUCACAUGGUACAAAGACUCAUGGGAGCUUAAAGAGAGCCCGAAAUAUAACUUCAGGACUGAGGGUCGGCGGCACUUUAUGACCAUCCGCAACGUAACCCCGAAGGAUGAAGGCGUUUACUCGGUCAUCGCUCGUCUGGAGCCGAUGGGAGAAGCUCGAAGCACAGCUGAGCUUUACCUGUCAGGCAAAGAGAUUGGGUUAGGAAAGAUUCCUCAGGACGUCCCAGACACGUCAAUCCACAUCCCAGAAACAGCUUCUCUGGUUGUCAGGGAUUCCUCUGAGUUUUAUCACUAUGAAGAAAGAACAGAAGUGAAAGAAGAGAAAAAACCUGUUGAAGAGAUAGUUGAGAGAACUCAGUUUGAGAGAAGAGAAGAAGUUCCAAAAGUUCCCGAGGUUGACAGGAGACCAGAGGAGAAACCCUCUGAGCCUGCAGCUCCGCCUCCAGCGCCGGUCAAAGUACCUGAAGCAAAGAAGCCGCAGCCCGAAGUAACUGUCGCCGCUCCGCCUCGCAGAGAGGAAGCUCCGGCCGCUCCAGAACCUUCAGUAUACACCAAACCAGCACCUGAACAGGAGAAAGUGACCAGAAAGGUCAUUCCUGAACCUUAUCAACCUGAACCAACAGUGGAGCCUAAAGUGGUUCCACCUGAGCCGAAACUGGCACCUCAGAAACCGCAGGUGCCUGAGCCAAAAGUGCCCAAAAUUAAACCAGAAACUGAAGCACUGAAAGUUAAACCUUCAGAGAAAACACCAGAGGCCCCUAAAACAAGAGUGCCAUCUGUAGCCAAACCAGAGGAAGCCAUAGUUCAGCCAUUUGCUGCCAAGAUUUCUCCAUCAAAGACUGAAGAUAGUUUAACAAAAGCACCUGAACAACCAAAGCCUGAUGAACCUGUAGUUUACCAAACUGCAGCCAAGGUCACUCCACCCAAGGCUGAAGCUGUUCCAUCGAGAGUGCAAGAUGUACCCAGACCAGAGGAACCUAUAAUUCAACCAUCAGCACCCAAGAUUCCUCCACCCAAGGCUGACACCGUUCCAACUAAAGUUGUCUCAGAACCAACAACAUCUCCAUCACAUCUGCUGACUGGUAAACCUGAGCAAGAAGAACCGAGGUAUAUACCUGACACAAAACCAGAAGAACCAAAGAGGGUUCUAGAAAUACCCAAGAAGGUUCCUGAAGAACCAAAGCAGGUUCCAGAGGCACCCAAGAAGGUCCCAGAAGAAACAAAGAAGGUCCCAGAGGCACCCAAGAAGGUUCCAGAAGAACCAAAGAAGGUUCCAGAGGCACCCAAGAAGGUUCCAGAAGAACCAAAGAAGGUUCCAGAGGCACCCAAGAAGGUUCCAGAAGAACCAAAGAAGGUUCCAGAGGCACCCAUGAAGGUUCCAGAAGAACCAAAGAAGGUUCCAGAGGCACCCAAGAAAGUUCCAGAAGAACCAAAGAAGGUUCCAGAGGUACCCAAGAAGGUUCCAGAAGAACCAAAGAAGGUUCCAGAGGCACCCAAGAAAGUUCCAGAAGAACCAAAGAAGGUUCCAGAGGCACCCAAGAAGGUCCCAGAAGAACCAAAGAAGGUUCCAGAGGCACCCAGGAAGGUUCCAGAAGAACCAAAGAAGGUUCCAGAAACACCAAAGAAGGUACCAGUGGAACCAAAAAGGGUUGUGGAGGAAACAAAGAUGGUUCCAGAAACACCUAAACAAAUUCCUCAGGCUAAAAAGCUUCAGCAACAAGAUCCCUUGAAGAUUGAGCUGAAGCAAACAGAAGUGCUUGAAGACAACAAGAAGCCGUCUUCAAAGAUGGGUCAUGGAGAAAUUGGUGGUGAAUUUUGGAGGAUUUCACUACAAGAAGAAGUAGGACACUGGCAAGAAGAAGUCAGGACAUGUGAAAGAAAGUUGGGGUCAAUUGUGAGAGAAGAAAGCAAUUUGAAAAGGGAGAUAAGACAAGAGAUGAUUAUUGGAAAAGAAGAGGAUGAGGAUUCUACAUGGUACAAAGAAGAUCAACAGGUUAAGCCAUUAGAGGACAUUCAACAAGCAUGCACAGAAUGUGAAGCUGAAAAACUGCAGGACACUGAAUCUCAGGAUGAAGAAGCUGUGGAAAAGAGAGAAGAAAUGUCUUUGAGGUUUGUCUCUCCACCUCUAAAGGAGGCCAUUCUGGAAGUCACAUCUCCAGUCACACCUCCAUCUGAAAUGAUUUGUCCCACAAAGAAAGAAACGUCUGGGUUGACAAUCAAAAAAGAUGUAAGGGCUUACAAGAAAACUACCCAAGAAAGAAAAUUCAUGGAAGCAGACAUUCAGCCAAGUUAUGUCGAGCAGAAAGAAGAAGGAAGAAGAACUGAAUCGUUUGUAUCAGUAUACCAAGAAGAAACUGUGUUGGAUGAUCUUGCUAAACCUCAGAUCUCUGAUAAAUCUAAAGAGAUCACCUUCCCAAAGCAGCCUACAGUACCUAAAGAAAUUGCUCAUAUGAAGCAAGCUGAGUCUGUCAAAAUAGAAGAAGCUCUAUCUGAAAGAUCCAUGCCUUGGAGAGAAACUGUUUCACCUCCACCCAGUCAAGACUUACCCAAAAGUCUUCCUGAAACUAUUAUUUCUCAUGCUUUGACUACUGUUCCUCCCAAAAAAGAAGUAGAAACCUUAAGGCAAAAAAUCCCCAAAUCUACCAGAAAAAUGUAUCCCAAAGACAUUGUACCGCUGGAGAAACCAACUGUGUCAGACGAAAUAUUUGAAGAACUAAUUGUCCCAGCAGUAGUGUUCCCUCCAGCACAACUUCCUUCACCUGAUCAAGACUUACCCCAAAAUCUUCCCAAAACUAUACUUCCUCAUACCGUAACAGUUGUUCCCCCCAAACAACAAGUAAUGACCCCUAAAAAGAUUAAGUCUGCAAGGGCAGAAAUUCUGAAAGCUGAAGUGUCCUUUGAAGAGGAACUUGUCCCAGCACCAGUGUCCCCUCCAGCCACAGCACAAAUUCCGUCACCAGAGAAGGUAUUCUGCCUUGCGGAAGACAUUUCCUCUCCAAAACCAGUUGUUCUGCCUCUAAAGAUGACCUCCCCUGCAGAGUUUACUCCUGAAGAUGUGAGUCUACCCAAGAAACCUGUCACUAAAGACAAGGUACCUCUAACUAAACAAUCCCAAGUUCCACUACUGAAGAAACCUCAUCCAUCUGAAGAAGAAGCUCUUCAAUCCAAGACACCUGCUGUUCUGACACAGAAAAUAAUCACCCCCAAGGUGGAUUCUUCUGAAGAAGAAAGAACCAAGACAACGAAACCUCAACCAACAAGAGAAGAUGACAAAAAAGCAAAGAAGGGAACUCAGGAGAUUGAACAACAAACUCUUCAGACAGUGUCUCCUCCAGAGGAGAAGAAACCUUCUGAACCAGCACCAAAGCCUUCACCUCCUCCUGCUCCUGCAGCCAAAGUUGCUCCUCCUGCAGUAUCUCCCCCAGCGGAGACGAAACCUGCACCAGCACCAAAGCCUUCACCUCCUCCUCCUGCAGAGAAAUUUGCUCCUCCUGCAGUGUCCAUUCCAGAGGAGAAGAAACCAUCUGCACCAGCAUCAAAGCCUUCAGCUCCUGUUGCUCCUGCAGCCAAAGUCACUCCUCCUCCAGUGUCUCCUCCAGAGGAAAAGAAACCCUCUCCACCAACAACAAAGCUUCCAGCAGAAAAAGUCGUUCCUCCUGCAGCUCAAGUUGCACCAGUGGAGAAGAUUCCAUCUCCACCUGCCAUUAAGGCUGAACCCUCUCCUGUAUCAGAGAAAAUCUCUCCUCCUGAAGACAAAGAACCAGUUUCCGCACCUGGACCAACCAAAGCACCAACUCUUAAGCAAAAGGGUAAGAUUCCUCUUCAAGAGGCAAAAGCAUCUGAAUCUCCUAAGAUGAAGAGUAAGUUUACAAGGAUACCCAAAGAGAAGGAACCAGAACCAGAGGUCGUUAAGCUGAAGAAGGUUCCAGUGAAAGCUCCAGAACCCGAGACACAAGUCAAAACUCAUAAAGCAGAAGUGACGAGGCAUCAUGAUCCAGAACUAAUGGUUCACGGACUUCAUGACAGAGAAGAUCGAGAGGUAAUAACACUUGGAAGAACUGAGCGGGUCUUUACUGCAGAGGAGGAAACUGCUCAGUUUGGCUACUUUGAGGAGACUGAAAGGGUUACAGUUGUACCAAAAACUGAGAAAGAAGGAUGGACAAGAACCCAGAAGCCACAGAAAGAGGAAGAAUCAGAGGUGCCAAAAGUAGAAAAGAAGAAAAUAACUAAGCUGCCAAAGGCAGAUGAGGGGAAAGAGUCUGUCAAACUAAAGCCCUUUGAAAAACCAGGAAAACCAGAGGAAGAACUGGAAAAGAUCAAGCUGAAAAAGGUGCCAACUAAAGCCAAAGAGCCCAAGAAGGAAGUUAUAACGCAAAAAGCUGAAGUGACAAGACAUUACGAUACAGAACUGACAGUUCAGAAGCUUCGUGAAAGGGAAGAUAGAGAGUUAAUAACAGUUAAAAGAACUGACCGAAUCUUCACUGCAGCUGGAGAGGCACAAGAACUGGGUCAUAUGGAGGAACCUGAAGAGGAAGCAGCAGUAGAUGAAAAAUCGAGAUGGAUAAGAACCCCUAAAACGCAGAAAGAUGAAGAACCUGAGCCAGAUUUAACAAAAAAGAAAAUAAAGAAAUUGCCAAAGGAAGAGGAGGAGCCUGAAGUGGUAACACUUAAACCAUUUGAAAAACCACAGAAAUCCAAUGCAGCUGAACCUCCGAAAACUAAGAAGGAAACUGAGGCAAAGAUGGACAGUGAACGCACUCCAUAUAAGAAAGCUGAGACGCCACAGCGAGAUCAACCAACUGCUGCUAUAAAACACAAAAAAGAUGAAGAUGCUCCCUUGAUGACUCCAGAGGCAACUCCUGAUGUCAGCAAUGAUCAGAAUGAGCUCCCACAGAAGACAAAGGUUAAUCAAGUACCCAAAGACAAGGAACCUACAGCUGCAGAUAAGCUUCGAGGAAAACCUCAAACUAUUUCCACACCAGAUAAAGAGAAAGAGACGGUCAUAUUGAAGCCUUUCACCAAAGCCGGCAAGCCUGAAGAAAAGCCAGAUAAAGCAUCCGAGGACGAGAUAAAGAAACCAGCAGACGUAAAGGUACCAAGCCGAACUCCAAAGGAAGAAACUCCGGGAGAGCAGAAAAAGCAGCAGCUUACACCUAAAAAAGAGGAUAAGAAACCGCAGGAGAAAGACGAGCCAGUUGUUCCACCCAUAACGCCCAGUCCACCAGGCGAGAAAGAAGCAGAGAAAGAGAUUCCACCAAAACAAACGGAUAACUUCAAGAACAGUAUUGAGCUCCAAAAGACCUCUUCACCAACAGUUGUUAAAGAUAAGGUAGAAGAAGAAAAGCCACUGAAACCUGUUGAGCAACUAAAGAAGGUCGAGCUUAAAAAGACACCAUCACCAAAGGUUGAUAAGCCAAAACCAAAGGAGCUGGAGCAAAUCCCCAUUCAGAAGAGGCCAAGUGGUGAAAAAGUCAAACGGAUUCCUAAAACUGAGUCACCAAAAGACUCUAUUGAAGCUGUAACACUCAAGAAGGUGCCAAAGAAGCUGUCACCAGAGGAGGCUCCAGAACCAGAGAAGACCAGUAAAGGACGGAUCCCCCUGGUGAAGGAGGUUUCUCCUGGAGCCGUGCAGAUGAAGAAGGUGCCAACACAGCCUGAGGAGGAGGUGUUUGAAAAGGAGUCAGAAGAAGUGGAAGGAGACGAAGAGGAGGAAGCCUGGGGAUGGGAGCUGGUUCCUCCAGACGACUGGGAAGAUGAAGUUGUUGAUGGGGCGGUGGAGACUCCGGUCGUCCCUGGCGGUAAACGAGAUGGAAAACCAUCAGAGGAGGCACCAAAAGGCAGAGGCAGAGGAUUUGGGGCGAGACAAACCCCAUCACCAGGUGAUGGGGGCAGGGGUCGGGGCCUGAGGCCCGGUGGUAAAGGCCCAUCACCACCAGAGGAACCAUUCGGAGGAUUCAAACUGAAGGCCGUCCCUCUGAAGUUUGUCAAGAAGAUUAAAGACAUCGUGCUGCAGGAGGCCGAGUCCAUCGGCUCAUCAGCUGUGUUUGAAUGUGAGAUCUCUCCAUCCACUGCCAUCACCUCAUGGAUGAAAGAUGGCAGCAACCUGCGUGAGGGCCCAAAGCACAAAUUCACUGCUGAUGGCAAAGACCGCAAGUUGAACAUUAUUGAUGUCCAGCUGUCUGACACCGGUGAAUACACCUGUGUGGCCAAGAAUGCUGGCAAGGAAAUAACAUGCACAGCCAAGCUCAUUGUUGAAGAGCUGCCUGUAAAAUGGCUGAAGGAACUGGAGCCGGAGACGACAUGUAUGAAGGGUCAGCCCAUGUACCUGACCUGUGAGCUGAACAAAGAGAGAGAUGUGGUCUGGAAGCGUAACGGUGCCCUCUUGAAGAAAAAGGCUGGAAAAGUGGCCAUUAAUAUCAUUGGCAUGCAGCACGCUGUGACCAUCCAGAACUCCACUGAUGACGAUGCUGGCGAAUACACCUGCGAGGUAGAAGGACAAGAGGACGUCAAGACUUCAACCAAUGUGAAAGUGAUUGAAAUCAUCAAAGACUGGCUGGUGAAGCCUCUGAGAGACCAGCAUGUAAAACCAAAGGCCAAGGCCACGUUCAAAGGCGAGUUGUUCAAGGACACUCCCAACUGGAAGUGGUACAAAGGAGAAAACGAGCUCACUCCUUCUGAUAAGGUGGAGAUCACCAAGGAUGGAAAGGACGUGACGCUCACCAUCAACAACUGCCAGCCCAGUGACGUCUCAGAUUAUACCAUCCAAGUCGAGGAUCGCAGAUACACUGCAAAACUCACACUUGGAGAACGUGAGGCUGAGAUCCUGAAGCCUCUCACCAGCAUCGAGGUGGUCGAGAAGGAGGAGGCCAACUUUGAGACUGAAAUAUCUGAGGAUGAUGUAGUUGGAGAAUGGAAGCUGAGGGGACAGGUGUUGGUGAGAACACCGAUCUGCGACAUUAAAUCUGAAGGCAGGAAACGUUUCCUCACGUUGAAAAACGUGCAGCUGGAUCAGGCUGGUGAAGUCUCGUAUCAGGCUCUGAACGCCAACACCAGCGCCAUGCUCACCGUCAAAGAGAUCGAAAUGGGCUUUGUUGACCAGCUGAAGGACGUUUCUGUGCCUGAAAAGAAACAGGCUAAGUUUGAAUGCACCAUUACCAAGGAGGUGUCAAAGGUCAUGUGGUUCAGGGGGGUGGAGAUCAUCACUCCAGGCCCUAAAUAUGAAAUCAUUGAUGAUGGAAAGAAACACAUGUUGAUAAUAAACAACUGUGAGUUUGACGAUGAGGCUCAGUACACAAUCGAAGUGUUGGGCCAAAAAUCGAGCGCUCAGCUGCUGGUGGAAGGCAUGAGGCUCAAAUUUACGCAGCAGAUUCAAGACCAAACGGUGAAAGAAGGUAAAACAGCUCUCUUUGAGUUAGAGCUGUCGCAUGAGAACGUGCCAGUGAUUUGGUACCGAAAUGAAGUGAAGCUCCACGUGAGCCGAACGGUGCUCACUCGUGUCGAAGGAAGGAGACACUUUCUAGAAAUGAGGUCGAUGUCUCUAGAUGAUACCUGCCAGAUUAAGGCAGAGGCCAAAGGAAUUUACUCCAUUGCAAAACUGACUGUCAUAGAGGGCGACGCUGUCUUUGUGGUGAAACUGCAGGAUUAUACGGCCACAGAGAAAGACGAGGUGACUCUGGAAUGUGAACUGAGCAAAGAUGUCCCCGUCAUGUGGUAUCACAGUGAGAAGGAGAUCAUCGCUUCCAAGAUGGUGGUCAUGAAAUCUGAGGGCACUCGCAGGUCUCUGGUCCUGAAGAGAGUGGAGCAGAGCGACAGAGGCGUUUAUGUUUGUGACUGUGGAACAGACAAGACGACAGCCAACAUCACUAUUGAAGCUCGUGACAUCAAGGUGGUUCGGCCGAUUUAUGGCGUGGAGCUGUUUAAUGGAGAGACGGCUCGUUUCGUGGUGGAGAUCUCUGAGGACGACGUCCACGGCCAGUGGAAACUGAACGGAGAAGUCCUCAACCCGUCCUCGGAUAUUGACAUCAUCGAGGAGGGAGGCAAACACACACUGAUCCUCUACAACUGUAAAGUGGCCAUGACCGGCGAGGUGUCGUACGCGGCCGCCAACGCCAAAUGUUCAGCUAACCUGAAGGUCAAAGAACUUCCACUGAACUUCCUCACACCGCUGAGUGACGUUCAGGUGUACGAGAAGGACGAGGCGAGGUUCGAGCUCGAGCUGUCGAGACCCCCGAAGAGUUUCCGCUGGCUGAAAGGCUCUCAGGAGCUGCAGGGCGACGACAAGUACGAGAUGAUACAGGAAGGAAACAUGUACGUUCUGGUGAUCCGCUCGGCCGCCUUCGACGACGAGGCCAAGUACAUGUUUGAGGCCGAGGACAAGAGGACGACCGGCAAACUCGUUAUACAAGGUAUUCGUUUGGAGUUUGUCAAACCGAUUAAAGACGUGACAGUGAAGGAGCGCGAAACAGCCGAGUUCAGCGUCGAACUCUCCCACGACAAGAUCCCAGUGGUCUGGUACAAAAACGACGUCCAUCUGCAUCCCAGCAAGGUGGUGCACAUGUCGGACCACGGAAAGGUCCACAUGCUGGCCUUCAAGGAGGUCACCAUCGAUGACACAUCCAUGAUCAAAGUCGAGGCCAUGGACAAGUCCGUGACUGCCAUGCUCACCGUCAUCGAGGGCGACGUGUAUUUCACCACCAAGCUGCAGAACUACACUGCCGUGGAGAAGGAUGAGGUGAAGCUGGUGUGUGAAUUGAGCAAGUCUGUCGCCGAGGUCAAAUGGUUCAAGGACGGGAAGGAGAUCACGCCCUCCAAGAACAUUGCCAUCAGCACCGACGGCAAGAAGCGCAUCCUGACAGUCAGGAAGGCGGAGAAGGCAAACAUCGGAGAGUACGCCUGCGACUGUGGCUCCGAUAAAACUAAAGCCAACCUCAACAUUGAAGAGCGUGACAUCAAAGUUGUUCGUCCGCUGUACAGCGUCGAGGUCACUGAGACAGAAACAGCCAAGUUUGAGACAGAGAUUUCAGAGGAGGACGUCCACGGAAACUGGAAACUGAAGGGAGAAGCUCUGCAUCAGUCUCCUGAUGUUGAGAUUAAGGAGGAAGGAACCCGACACAUGCUAAUCCUCUAUAACGUUCGUAUGGACAUGGCAGGAGGCGUCGACUUCUCAGCGGCCAAUGCAAAAUCCAACGCUCAGCUCAGAGUGAAAGCUCGGUCCAUCGGGCUGCUGCGUCCUCUGAAGGACGUGACAGUGACGGCCGGAGAGACGGCGACCUUCGAGUGUGAGCUGUCGUAUGAGGGCAUCGUGGUGGAGUGGUUCCUGGGAGGACAGAAGAUGGAGGCCAGCGAGCGGGUGAAAACUCGGGUGGCGGGUCGUGACCACGCUCUGACCAUCAGAGACGUGAAGCUGUCGGAGGCCGGCGAGGUCAAACUGACCUCCAAAGACUUCCAGACUCAGGCUCAGCUCAUCGUCAGAGAGUCACCGGUGGAGUUCACAAAGCCUCUGGAGGACCAGACGGUGGAGGAGGAAGCCACGGCAACCCUGGAGUGUGAAGUUUCCAGAGAGAAUGCAGAGGUACGAUGGUUCAGAGAAGGACAGGAGAUCAGAAAGACGAAAAAGUAUGACACGAUCGUCGACGGACGCAAGAGAAAGCUUGUCAUCCAAGACUGCUCUCCGGACGAUGCCAAGAUGUACACGUGUGACGCCAAAGAGUUCAAGACUUCCUGUUUCCUGGAGGUUACACCUCCUCAUGUGGAGUUCACGAAGCCUCUGCAGGACGUAGAGGUCAAAGAGAAAGAAUCUGCCAGGUUUGAAUGUGAAGUGUCCCGUGAGUCUGCCAAGGUUCGUUGGUUCAGGGAUGGCAGCGAGAUCAGGAAAGGAAAGAAGUACGAGAUCAUCGCUAAGGGAGUCCAGAGGAUCCUCGUCGUUCACAAGUCCGUGUUUGACGAUGAGGCCGAGUACGAAUGCGAUGCCAGGACCUCCAAGACCUCCGCACUGCUCACUGUCAUCGAGGAGGCAGCCAGGUUCACCAAGAACCUGUCCAACGUGGAGGGAACGGAGACAGACAGCGUGAAGAUGAUCUGCGAGGUGUCAAAGGCCUCUGCUGAGGUCACAUGGUACAGAGGAGACGAGGAGCUGCCGGAGGGCGGCCGCUAUGAGCAGAUCAUGGAUGGACGCAAGAGGAUCCUGAUCAUCCAGGACCUGAGGAUGGAGGACGGUGGCGAGUACAACUGCAGGCUGAGUCCCAUCAUCAAGACGUCUGCCACGCUCAAACUCAAUGAACUUGCAGCUGAGUUCAUUGCCCGCCCUCAGAACCAGGAAGUGGUGGAAGGCGAGAAGGCUGAGUUCUCUUGCUCCGUCUCCAAGGAAACCUAUGAGGUCAAAUGGUUCAGAGGUGACAAGGAGGUUGAAGCUGGGGACAAGUAUACUAUUGUCAGUGAAGGAAAGAGAAGAGCUCUUAUUGUGAAAAAUUGCAAGCUGAAGGAUGAGGGCAGCUACGUUGCUCACAUUGGCAGCGUUAAGGCCUCAGCUGAUCUGUAUGUGAUUGAAAAACUGAGGAUCAUCACACCAAUUAAAGACACGGAGGUGAAGGAGGGAAGUGAGAUUGUGUUCAACUGUGAGACGAACACGGAGGGAGCGAAGGCCAAGUGGCUAAAGAACGAGGAGACCAUAUUCGAGAGCAGCAAGUACAUGAUGGCACAGAGGGACAAUGUCUUCUCUCUUAGGAUCAGAGAUGCCAGUAAGGCCGACGAGGCCAGCUACACCAUCACCCUGACUAAUCAGAGAGCAGAACAUGCCAAGUGCACUGCCAAGGCCACAGUCGCAGAGGAGAAACUCAAAUUCCUGGAUCCCAUCGAGGACAUCGAGACUCAAGAGAAGAAAACCAUCAGCUUCAUGUGUAAGGUGAACCGACCUGAUGUGACCGUGAGGUGGAUGAAGGCCGGCGAGGAGGUGACACUCAGCAAACGUGUCGUCUAUAGAGUCGACAACCUCAAACACACGCUGACCAUCAAGGACUGCGUGAUGGACGACGAGGGCGAGUACACCGCUGUGGUCGGAGACGACAAGUGCGCAGCCGAGCUGAUUAUCAGCGAGGCGCCCACUGACUUCACCACGCAGCUCAAAGACCAAACCAUCACUGAGUUUGAGGAUGCUGAGUUCACCUGCAAGUUGAGCAAGGAGAAGGCCGCAGUGAAGUGGUACAGGAAUGGACGAGAGAUCAGAGAAGGACCAAGAUAUCACAUGGAAAAAGAAGGCAAGACAUGCAGACUGAUCAUCAAGGUGUGCAGACCUGAUGAUGAAUGUGAAUACGCCUGUGGUGUAGAUGAGAGGAGGACCAGAGCCAGACUGUUUGUUGAAGAGACCCCAGUAGAAAUCGUCAGACCUCCUCAGGACAUGUUUGAACCUCCAGGCUCAGACAUCGUGUUUGAGGUGGAGCUUAACAAAGACAGAGUGGAGGUCAAGUGGAUGAGGAACAACAUGAUCAUCGUCCAAGGAGACAAAUACCAGAUGAUCAGUGAGGGUAAAAUCCACAGGCUUCAGGUCUGUGAGAUCAGACCUCGAGAUCAGGGAGAGUAUAGGAUUGUGGCCAAAGACAAGGAUGCCAGAGCCAAGCUGGAGCUGGCAGCUGUUCCAAAGAUCAAAACUACCGACCAGAAUCUGGUAACAGAUGCUGGUAAGCCCUUCAUCAUGACAGUGCCCUAUGACGCUUACCCUCGCGCUGACGCUGAGUGGUUCUACGAGGGGACCAGUUUGCCCAUCCAGAACAUUGACACCUCUGCCGAUAAGACUGAGUACCGCCUGAAGAGCCCCAGCAAGGAGGACCAGGGACGGUACAAGGUGUUGAUAAAGAACAAGCACGGUCAGGGAGAGGCGUUCAUCAACCUGGAUGUGAUUGACGUGCCCGGACCCGUCAAGAACCUGAGAGUGGUUGACACUGCUGAUGGUGAAGUUAGUUUGGCCUGGGAGGAACCUGAGACUGACGGUGGAAGCAAGAUUGUGGCCUAUGUGGUGGAGAGACGCGAUGUAAAGCGCAAGACCUGGACACUGGCGACAGACCGUGCUGAUAUUCCAGAGUACAGCGUCAGCGGCCUCCAGAAAGAAUCAUUCUACCUGUUCAGAGUCUGCGCACGUAACCGUGUCGGCAGUGGACCCAUUGUCACCACAGAGGAUGCUGUCCAGGCCAAGAACAAGUUUGAUGUUCCUGACGCUCCAGAAAAUGUUGCAGUCGCCUCUGUGAAUAAGUUUGGUGCAACAGUCGCCUGGGAGCCCCCCAAGUUUGAUGGAGGCUCUGAGAUCACCGCCUACGUGAUCGAGCUCCGUGACAGGACCUCCGUGAAGUGGGAGGCAGCCAUGGUCUGUGACGCCAAGGAUCGCUCUGCAGCACUGAAUGAUGUAGUGGAGAACAAGGAGUACAUCUUCAGAGUCCGCGCUGAGAACAAGGCCGGCAUCGGCAGGCCCAGCGCCGCAACCAGCCCCGUCAAAAUAAUGGAUCCCAUUGAGAGGCCAAGCCCACCUCUGAAUCUGAACUACUGCGACCAAAUUAAGACAGCAGUCACGUUGACUUGGGAGACACCGACCAGCAACGGUGGCAGCAUGAUCACUGGCUACAUCAUUGAGAAAUGUGACGAGGGCACCGAAAAGUGGCUCCGCUGCAAUGCCAGACUGUGUCCUGACCUCUCCUACAGAGUGUCUGGUCUGAAACCAGGUCAGAAGUACCUCUACAGAGUUUUUGCUGAGAAUGCCGCCGGUUGCUCUGAUCCAGCUGAGCAAGUCGGACCACUACUUGCUGACGAUCCUCACGUCGGUCCAACCUUGGACCUGAGUGCCUUCCGGAACGGCCUGGAGGUGAUCGUCCCUCAGCCUCUCACCAUCAGAGUCCCCAUCACUGGAUACCCAACCCCUGUCGCCAAGUGGACCUUUGGAGAGAAGGAGCUGACAGCCGCGGAUGAGCGUGUCUCCAUGGUGACAAAGCCCACGUACACUGAGCUGACAAUCAUGCCGAGUGUCCGUCCAGACAAAGGCACCUACACCCUGCAGCUGGAGAACGAUGUUUCGUCUGUCUCUGGAGAGAUCGAAGUCAACGUCAUUGCAUGCCCCAGUGCUCCUAAGGACUUCAAGGUUGCUGAGGUAACCCGACACCAUGUCCACCUGAUGUGGGAGGUUCCGGAGCACGAUGGAGGAAGUCCAGUCACCCACUACCAGAUCGAGAAGAGAGAAGUGUCCCGCAAGACCUGGGCCAAAGUGGCAACUGGUAUCUUAGACCUGGAGCACACAGUCACAGAUGUGAUCGAAGGAAAGGAAUAUCUGUUCAGUGUCAUUGCCUGCAACAAAUGUGGACCGGGAGAGCCGGCAUAUAUCGACGAGCCUGUCAAUGUCUCCUCUCCUGCCACUGUACCCGAUCCUCCUGAGAACCUGAAAUGGCGCGAUAAGAGUGGCAAGAGCAUCUUCUUGUCCUGGGAGACUCCAAGGUACGAUGGCGGUGCCCCGAUCAAAGGUUACGUGGUGGACAAGUGUCAGCGUGGUACGGAUAAGUGGGAACCAUGUGGUGACCCUCUCCCUGAACUGAAAUUCCAGGUGACCGGCCUGAUCGAGGGUCAGUGGUACGCCUAUAGAGUCAGAGCUUUCAACCGGUUGGGUGCUGGCCGACCAUGCCGGGCCACCGAUGAGAUCCAGGCUGUUGACGCCAGAGAUCCUCCAGAGAUCCAGUUGGAUGUGAAGCUGCUGGCUGGUCUGACGGCCAGGGCUGGAACCAAGAUCGAGCUUCCUGCUGAUGUCAAAGGAAAGCCUGAUCCUCGAGUGAAGUGGACAAAAGCCGACCUAGUCCUACGGGCUGAUGACCGCAUCGCCAUUGACACCCAGCCGGGACACUCCAAGCUGAGCAUUGGCAACACCACCAGAGGAGACACCGCCACCUACAUCAUUGAGGCAGUCAACAUCUGUGGACGCGCCACCGCCACCAUCGAUGUCAACAUUCUUGAUAAACCUGGCCCUCCAGCUGCCUUCGACAUUUCCGAGAUCACCAAUGAAUCAUGUGUUAUGGCUUGGAACCCUCCCAGGGAUGACGGCGGUUCGCCCAUUACUAACUACAUUGUAGAGAGUCGGCAGACUGACAAAGAGGAGUGGGUAAAGCUGUCAGCCACGGUGAAACACACAACCUUCAAGGCCUGCAAGCUCAUAGCCCUGAAAGAGUACAUCUUCAGGAUCAGUGCUGAGAACCAGUACGGCAUCGGCGAGCCUGCAGAGCAUGUGCCAAUCAUUGCAAAGUAUUCUUUUGAUCCCCCUGGUGCUCCAACCAGAGUCACUCCAUCAGACAUUGCGAAGGAUGCCGUGACUCUGACAUGGUUCGAGCCAGAUGAGGAUGGCGGCAGUCCAAUAACCGGAUACUGGGUCGAGAAGUUUGAUCCCGAGAGCGACAAGUGGAUCAGAUGCAACAAACUGCCCAUUAAGGACACGACCUUCAGAGUGAAGGGACUCCCCACAAAGAAGAAGUACCGCUUCCGUGUUCUGGCUGAGAACCUGGCUGGACCUGGAAAACCAAGUGCAGAAACUGAUCCCAUCCUAAUCAAAGAUCCUAUUGAUCCUCCAUGGGCUCCUGGUAAACCCGUCAUCAGGGAUAUUGCCAAGACCUCAGCCCUGCUGGCAUGGACCAGACCAGAGCACGACGGCGGUGCUAAGAUUGACGGCUACAUCAUCGAGUUCCAGAAAACAGGCAGUGAGGAAUGGAUCCGCAUUGCAGAGGAUAUUCCUCAGACAGAGCACCAGCUGCAGGGCCUGAUGGAGAAGCAGGAGUACUCGUUCCGUGUCAAGGCCGUCAACAAAGCUGGCGAGAGUGAACCCAGUGAGCCCAGCGACCCCGUGGUCUGCAAGGAGAGGCUUUACCCUCCGUCUGCUCCUCAGUGGCUGGAGGUGGCCAACAUCACCAAGAUUAAUGCUGACCUGAAGUGGCAGGCUCCAAGCAGCGACGGAGGUUCGCCCAUCACCAACUAUGUGGUGGAGAAGAGAGAUGUGAGGCGUAAAGCCUGGCAGGCCGUUGACACCACCGUUAAGGACCUCAAGUACACAGUAACUCCUCUCAACGAAGGAUCGCUGUAUGUGUUCCGUGUUGCUGCCGAGAAUGCCGCGGGAAUGGGAGAAUUCUGUGAGCUGGAGGACGCCGUGCUCGCCAAGGACACAUUCACAACUCCUGGACCCCCUUAUGCUCUAACGGUGGUUGAGGUCACCAAGAGACAUGUGGAGCUGAAAUGGGAACCCCCCAAGAGCCAUGGUGGAAGACCCAUAACCAAGUACGUGAUUGAGAAGAAAGAAAAGCUGGGAACUCGCUGGCUGAAGUGCUGCAAGACUCCAGACAAACAGUCUCAGUUCAAGGUGACAGAUGUGGACGAAGGCACUGAGGUGCAGUUCCAGGUCAGAGCUGAGAAUGAGGCUGGAGUUGGAGACCCAAGCGAACCCACUGAGAUUCUCACCAUCGAGGAUCCAACCAGUGCUCCAUCUCCUCCUCUGGAAGUCACCAUCCCUGACGCCAGCAGGGAGCACAUCAACGUCACCUGGAAGCCUCCAGCCAAAGACGGCGGCUGCCCCAUCACCGGGUACCAUGUGGAGGUGGCCGAGGCCCGUCCUGAGCUGAAGUGGCUCAGGGUCAACAACAGGCCCAUCAAGGAACUCAAGUUCAGGAUUGAUGACGGAAUCAAACCAGAGAAGAAGUACGUCAUCAGGGUCCGUGCCAUUAACUCUGUUGGUGUGAGCGAUCCUUCUGAGAUCUCUGACAAAGUCUUCACCAAGGAUCCCGACUGUGCUCCAACCAUGGAUUUGGAGGCACAGGAUGUGGUUGUGAUUGAGGGUGAGAAGCUGCACCUGAAGAUCCCCUACAGAGCGAUUCCGACACCCAAGAUGGUCUGGCAGAAGGACGCGAUCGAGUGCAAGGCUGAUGACCGCUUAUCCAUGACAGUGGAGAUGAACAGCGCUCACCUGGAGCUGCUCAAGUGCACGCGGGCCGACACCGGCGCCUAUGCCAUCACCCUGGAGAACAGCCUUGGAACCGCCACCGGCACUGUCAACGUCAAAGUCAUUGGACUCCCCGGUCAGUGUAAAGACAUCACCUCCAGUGACAUCACCAAGAACUCCUGCAAGAUCAGCUGGGAAGCCCCAGAGGACGACGGUGGCACCCCGGUUGUCGGUUACACCCUGGAGCGCCGCGAAGCCUCCAAGAAGACCUACAUGCCUGUCAUGUCUGGAGAGAACGUCAUGACCCACAUCGUCAAAGAACUCUACACCAACUGCGAGUACUACUUCAGAGUGAAGGCCAUCAACAAGGUCGGAGCCGGACAAUAUCUAGAGCUACGCAACCCCGUCCUCACAGAGGAAGUCAAACAGAAACCAGACCCACCGAUCCAGGUGGAAGCCCACGAUCCAACUUCCAAGUCCAUCAUGGUCACCUGGAAGGCUCCGGACAAUGAUGGCGGCUGUCCCAUCCAAGGCUAUAUUGUGGAGAAGAUUGAAAAGGAUGGUGACCGCUUUGAGAGGGUCACCCCAAGCCUGGUCCCCGGUUUCUCAUUCAUUGUAACAGACCUGAAGGAGGACAUGGAGUACCAGUUUAGGGUCAGAGCAGAGAAUGCAGCCGGAGUCAGUGAGCCAUCCCGCAGCUCACAGCCCAUCAAGGCUGCAGACCCUGUCGAUAAACCAAAGGUCACCCUCCAUGCUCGUGUGCAGUCUGGUCUUUGCAUUAAGAAGGGUGAAGAAAUCCGCAUUGAUGCCUACAUCUCGGGGUCUCCAUAUCCGAAGGUCACCUGGAUGAGGAAUAACGAGGAUGUCACCAAAGAGCCAGCCAAAACGAUUGUCCCUAUCAUCAAGAAGAAGAGGACGAAAGCCAAGGUUCCUGAACCAGAGGAGGAGUUUGUGACUCCGUUGCGUGAGCGUCUGGGUAUGGAUCAGACCAAGAGGGGUCAGUCUGCUGUGAUGAUCCGUGAUGCCGUCAGGGCCGACCAUGGCAACUUUACCAUCCAGGUGGAGAACACUCAUGGCAUUGCCUCUGCCACCUGCUUUGUCAACGUCCUCGACAAACCUGGCGCUCCUAUUAACUUCAUCUUCGAUGAGAUCAGGGACACCUCGGUCAUCUGUAACUGGGAGCCUCCCGAGGAUGACGGUGGCAGUGAGAUCCUGAACUAUAUCCUGGAGAAGAAGGACAACAAAAACGAUGAGAUCGGCUGGAUCACCAUCACCUCCACCCUAAAGGGCACCAGCUUCCCUGUCACCAAACUCAUCGAAGGGAAGGAAUACAUCUUCAGAGUGACUGCUGAGAACAAGUUCGGCUGCGGGCCAGCUUGUAUCUCCGACCCACUGGUGGCCAAGAACCAGUUUGAUCCUCCCGAUGCUCCCAACACCCCCAGAGUCCAUGAGGUUACAGCGAGCAGUGCCCACAUCUCCUGGCAUGAACCAAAGGAUAACGGCAGCCCAAUCCUGGGCUACUGGAUCGAGAGGAAGGAGGUGAACAGCAAACACUGGACCAGAGUCAACCGCGCCCUCCUCAACUCUCUGGAGGUAAAGAUCACCGGCCUGAUGGAGGGACUCACCUACAUCUUCAGAGUGUGUGCCGAGAACUUGGCCGGGCCUGGGCCCUUCAGCGAGCCAACCGAACGCACCAUUGCCAUGGACGCCAUCUUGCCUCCUGGCCCACCCACACCACGGAUCGUGGACACUGGGAAGGACUCUAUUAUCGUGGCCUGGAAGCCUCCUCUGUACAAUGGUGGAGGAGACAUCCUGGGAUACCAUGUUGAGAAGGUUUUGGUCGGAGAGAAAGAAUGGACUCGUAGCACAGAGUUCAGGUGUAAAGAGCUGACAUACACUGUGACCGGUUUGACCGAAGGAGCAGAUUAUUAUGUCCGUGUCAUCGCAGUCAACGAUGCCGGCCCUGGAGCUCCUGGUGUGACUGAACCUGUCCAGGUCAUAGAGCCUCAAGAAACUCCAAAUGUGGAAUUUGAUUCCUCCGUAAAGAACGGUGUCAUCAUCAAGGCUGGCGAGCCACUGAAGCUUCCCGCCAUAGUGACUGGCAGACCCCAACCUGAAGUCAAAUGGGUCAAAGAUGAAGCAGAAAUCGACAAGGAACGUAUGAUUGUGGAAACAGAGGGAAAGAACAGCACUUUGUUUAUCAAGAAGGCUGUAAGGGCAGAUCACGGAAAGUACCAGAUCUCUGGCACCAACAGCAGUGGCACCAAGACUGCUGAAACCAGAGUGGACGUUAUGGAUGUUCCCGGACCAGUGGUUGACCUGAAGACAGUGAUGGUGACCAAGAAGAACAUCACAAUCACGUGGUCCGACCCCGUGGAUAACGGUGGCAGUGACAUCAUCGGCUACGAGGUGCUGAGAAAGGAUGCCAAAAUGAAACUCUUCCGCCAGCCCAUUGAAACUGCCUCCUGCAAGUGCGACAUCCAAGGUCUUCUGGCCGGCGAGGAGUACGACUUCAGGGUUGUUGCUAGGAACAAGUACGGCGAUGGAGCUCCAGCCGACCUGGGACCCAUCCUUGCCGAAGAUCCCAAAGGUACUCCCUCUGCUCCAGAGAAGCUGCACUACACUGAAAGAACCAAGUCUACCAUCACCCUUGCUUGGCAACCACCUCGCACUGACGGUGGCAGCCCAAUCAGAGGCUACUAUGUUGAGAAGAUGAGGUCUGACAGCAAUGAGUUUGAUGUGGCAAACCGCAAGAUCUUCACAGAGUGUUGCGGAACCAUUGAGAACCUGUCAGAGAACCAAGAGUACCAGUUUCGCGUCAAAGCUGUGAACGAGGUUGGGGAUGGAGAUCCCUCCAAGCCCAUCAAUGCCAAGAUCAUGGAUGAUGAAAUUGCUCCAACCAUCACCAUCCUGAAGUUCUUCAAGAGCAAUGCCAUCAUUGUGAAGAAAGGCUCAGCUAUCGACAUCCCAGCAGAGGUGAAGGGACUUCCUCUGCCAACAUUUCAAUGGAUGAAGGACGAUCUGGUACUUGAGAAGCCUGAUGAAGAGAAGAUGACAAUGGAAACUGAGGAGGUGAACCGGACGACUAUAAACACUAGGAUUGCCAUCCCAGACACCAUCAGACAGGACAAGGGCAACUACAAGUUGGUGGCUGAAAACUGCUACGGCAAAGCUCAGCAUGUUAUCCAUGUCGAGAUCCUUGACCGCCCUCUUCCUCCGAGAAACGUUGUAGUCUCAGACAUCAAGGCAGAAUCAUGCUACCUGACCUGGGAUGCCCCAGAGGACAAUGGAGGCAGUGAGAUCACCAAUUACAUCGUGGAGCGCAGAGACGCCAGCAAGAAGAAGUCCGACUUUGAAGUUCUGACCAUUAACCUCAUCGACAGGAGAUUUGGGGUCUACAAACUGAACCUGAAUGGUACCUACCAGUUCAGGAUCAAAGCUGAGAACAAGUAUGGUGUCAGUGAUGGCUGCGAUUCAGAGAAAGUCCAGCUCAGGGAUCCGUUUGGCCUCCCUGGCCCUCCGCGUAACCCCAAAAUUAUUGCCGCCACAGCAACCACCAUGACCCUGACCUGGGAUCCUCCUCUUGAUAAUGGUGGCUCCACCAUCCAGGGAUACUGGCUGGAGAAGAGGGAGCGUGGCGCUGUGUACUGGGGUCGUGUCAACCGAGCUCCAGUCACUAAACCGGCAGUGAAGGGUCUGCAGUAUACUGUGCUGAGGCUCAUUGAAGGAACUGAGUACCAGUUCAGGAUUGCAGCCUGCAAUGCUGCAGGUGUUGGACCACCCAGCGAAGCCUCUGAGUGCCGCUUCGCUGUGGAUCCCUGCAAUGUUCCCAGCCCACCUGGAUCUCCCGAGGUUAAAGACAAGACCAAGAGCAGCAUCACACUCACCUGGAGCCCCCCGGACAGAGAUGGCGGAAGCCCCAUCAAGGGUUAUAUUAUCGAAGUCCAUGAGGAGGGCUCUCCUGAUUGGAGGAGGGUGAACCCUGCUGAUAAGCUCCACCCAUCCACUGAAAUCACUGUCCCAGACCUGAAGGAGGGCAAGAAGUGCAAGUUCAGGAUCUACGCUGUGAAUACAGCUGGCAACUCGGAGCCCGCCAAGACCGGCGACAUCAUAGUUCAGGACAUCCUGAUUGAGCCAACGGUGACUCUGGACAUCAGUGCUCAUGACCUGCUGAACUGCAGAGCUGGAAGGACCAUCAGGAUUCCUGCCACUAUCACCGGACGACCCAUUCCCAAAGUCACCUGGACCUUUGACGGAACCGCUGAGACCGAGAAGAAGAAUGAACUGCACACACUUCCUGUCGACUCAGAGAUCCACUCGACUGACACAACGUCAGAGGUUGUGAUCUUUGAAUCCAAACUGAACCACAGUGGCCGAUACAUUAUCAACGCAGAGAGUCCCGCUGGACACAAGGUGGUCAAAGUCAGAGUCAACGUGCUUGACCUGCCUGGACCUCCAAGAGACUUUAAAGUCAGCGAUGUGACAAGGGGAACCUGCCGACUUACCUGGAAACCUCCACAGUGCGAUGGAGGAGAAAGAGUGAAGAGCUACUUCAUCGAGAAGAAGACGGUAGACGGCAAAGCCUGGACCAAGGUGAACCCAGCCUGUGCUGCUCAGUCUAUGGUGGUUCCAGACCUCAUCAAUGGCCAGGAGUACCUGUUCCGCAUCAAGGCUGAGAACCGCUUUGGUUUCGGCCCAUACGCUGAGACCAUUGAAGGAACCAAAGCCAGAGAUCCAAUUUAUCCUCCUGAUCCUCCGACAAGGUUGAAGAUCCAGAGCGUGAGGAAGGGCACUGUAACUUUAACCUGGAAGGCUCCAAAGAAUGACGGCGGUUCACCUGUCACUCACUACAGUGUGGAUCUGCUCUGCUGGGAUGCCAGCGGCACCCGGAAGGAGUCCUGGGCAAGGUGUAAUAGGAGAGAUGUGGACACCACGAGGUUCAAGGUUGAGGACCUGACUGAGGGAGAUGAGUACGAGUUCAGAGUGAUGGCUUACAAUGCAGCCGGAGCCAGCCGACCUUCAACCACAGCCGGACCCAUCGUCAUCCAGGACCAGACCUGCACUCCGUCUAUAGAGCUAGAGGAGUUCAUGGAGGUCGAACAGGGCUCCGACAUCGGCAUUGUGGCUAAGAUCCGUGGCUGUCCGUUCCCCAAUCUCACCUGGUACAAGGCUCCGCCCCACAAGCCCGACGACAAGGUGGAGGUUCAGUAUGACGAGCACAUCAACAAGAUCGUAUCGGAUGAUAGCUGCACGCUGCUCAUCCAGCAAGGCAAACGUCCCGAUACCGGCCUCUACACUCUUGUGGCCUCCAAUAGCCUUGGCAAGGCCUCCAAGGAGAUGAGACUCAAUGUGCUUGGCCGGCCUGGUCCUCCCUCUGCUCCCAUCAAGUUUGAGGAGAUCGGAGCUGAGAAGAUCACACUAUCCUGGCUGCCACCCAAGGAUGAUGGUGGGUCCAAAGUCACAAACUAUGUCAUCUGGAGGCGCGUGGCCAACAGGAAGUCCUGGGUCCCUGUGACGAAUGAGCCCAAAGACCGGAUCUGGACCGUGGAGAAUCUGAUGCAAGGACACGAGUAUGUGUUUCGCAUCAUGGCGCAGAAUAAAUAUGGAGUUGGAGAGCCACUGGACAGCGAGCCUGAGGUCGCCCGAAACCUCUUCACUGUCCCUGGUCAGUGUGAGAAGCCGACCAUCAGCAACAUCACUUUGGACUCCAUGACCAUUAACUGGGAGGAGCCUGAGGACGAUGGUGGCACUCCCAUCACCGGCUACUGGCUGGAGAGAAAAGAGACAACAGGGAAACGCUGGGUGCGUGUCAGCCGCGACCCCAUCCGUCCCAUGGGCAUGGGCGAGUCCUUUGUGGUGAGUGGACUCAUUGAGGGCUCCCAGUACCUGUUCAGAGUCAUCGCCAUCAACGCAGCAGGACCUGGUCUUCCCAGUGCUUCUACAGACCCCACCUUCGCUAGAGAUCCCAUUUCACCACCCUCUCCUCCGACACCAAAGGUUUCUGAUUGGACAAAGUCCACAGUGGACCUGGAAUGGAUCCCUCCUUUGAAGGACGGAGGCUCCAAGAUCAUGGGUUACUGGGUGGAGUACAAGGAGGAGGGCACUGAGGCUUGGGUCAAGGCCAAGGAGACUGAAGUCCGUGGCACUCGACUUGUUAUCACUGGUCUGAAGACUGGUGGAAAAUACAAGUUCAGAGUGAUCGCCUUCAAUGCUGCUGGUAAUGGCGAGCCAGGAGAGGUCCCAGAGGUGCUUGAGGUCAACGACAGAACCAUUGCUCCUGAGGUGGAUCUGGAUGCCUCGGUUAAGGAAAGGAUGGUGGUCCACGCCGGCGGCGUGAUCCGUAUCAUCGCCUAUGUGUCUGGCCAGCCAUCCCCAGAGGUCACCUGGAGCAGAGAUGGAGCUGCACUGCCUCCUGAGGCUAAAGUAGAGACAACAGCUAUCAGCUCUGCUCUGGUCAUCAAACCCUGUGUCAGGAGGCACCUCGGCGUUUACACGUUGACUGCCAAGAAUGCUGGAGGAGAGAAGACGAAAAACAUCACCGUGGAAGUUCUAGAUGUCCCUGGGCCCGUUGGCAUCCCCCUUACUGCAGAGAACCUGAGCUGCGACUCCUGCAAGAUCAACUGGUACUUCCCCGAGAACGAUGGGGGUUCUCCCAUCAGUAACUAUGUUAUAGAGAAACGCGAGGCUGAGAGAAAGGCCUGGACCUCAUUAUCCUUCACUGCAAGCAGACAGAAUGCCAUCGCUCAAGGGCUCACCACCGGAAAGGCCUAUUUCUUCAGAGUGGCUGCUGAGAACGCCAUCGGCAUUGGGCCAUUUGUUGAGACUGCAGCUGAAGUUAUCAUCAAGGAACCAAUCAGUGUGCCUGACCGCCCUGAGGAGCUUGAGGUCACCAAGGUCACCAAGGACUUGAUCAGCGUCACCUGGAAGGCGCCCAAGUACGACGGUGGUUCAGAGAUCACCAUGUACAUUCUGGAGGCACGUAUGAUUGGCAAAGACAAGUAUACCAGGCUGACAAAGGAGAAGCUGAUGGAGAGGAAGUACACAUUUGACGGCUUGAGGGAGGGUGACACCUACGAGUUCAGGGUCAUUGCCGUCAACGAGGUUGGUCCAAGCAAGCCGUCAUUCAGCACCAAACCAAUCACCUGCAGGGACGAACUUGAGCCGCCAACUAUUGAGCUGGACUUCCGCGAUAAGAUAAUCAUCCGUGUGGGUGAGAGCUGCCUGCUGCAAGGACGCUACACAGGAAAACCUUCACCAUCCAUUUCAUGGUACCGAGAUGAUGAGGAACUGAAGGCUGACAAACACAUCAUGUUCAAGAACACGCUGACUACCAUGUCGCUCGGACUGAUGAAGGCACAGCGAGAGCAUAGUGGCAGAUAUGUAGUAGUGGUGGAGAACAGUACUGGAUCCAGAAAGGGUGUCUGCAACCUCACAGUUGUCGACCGUCCCACUCCUCCUGUUGGCCCAGUGGUGUUCGACGAGGUGCACAGAGAGUACAUGGUAAUCUCAUGGAAACCCCCUCUGGACAGCGGUGGAGUCGAUGUCUCCAACUACAUCAUUGAGAAGAGAGACACCAACAGAGAUAUGUGGACCACGGUGACAUCUGCCACCACCAAGACCACAUGCAAGAUCCCCAAGCUAACUGAGGGCAGGGAAUACAUCAUGAGAAUCUCUGCUGAGAACAUGUACGGCAUCAGUGACCCUCUGGAGUCUGAGGAAAUGAGAGCCAAAGAUCUCUUCAGAGUCCCUGAGGCACCUGAGAUGCCAACAGUCAGAGAGGUGUACGGCACCAACGCACUCGUGCUGUGGAACCGCCCUCGUGAUGGUGGAAAGCCCAUCACUAACUACAUCCUGGAAAAGAAGGAGCCCUCUGCCAAGAGAUGGUCCAGAGCCACCAGAGAUCCAUUGUACCCUGCCACCCAGUACCGAGUCCAGGACCUGGUGGAAGGCUGCGAGUAUGAGUUCAGGGUGAUGGCUGAGAAUGAGCUUGGAACUGGAGACCCUAGUCCACCCUCUAAACCCAUCCUAGCCAAAGAUCCCAUUGUUCGUCCCAGUCCUCCAGUGACCCCUGAGGCCUAUGAUAAGACCAAGGACUCAGUCAGCCUGAAGUGGAAGUUGCCCCGCCACGAUGGAAAAGGGCGGAUCUUUGGAUACCUCGUUGAGUACCAGAAGCCCGGUGCCGUGGAGUGGAAUCCAGCCAAUGAGACGCCAGAGCAGUGUCCCGACCUCCACUAUGUGGUGACAGGCCUGGCCGAUGGACAGGAAUAUGUCUUCCGGAUCUUCACCGUAAAUGCUGCUGGCAAAUCUGACCCUGCAUACGUCAAAGAGACCAUCAAGGUCCACGACAGACUGGAGGCGCCAGAGUUUCUGUUGGACGCCAACAUGGCACGUGACCACCUGGCAAUGCUUGGUACUGACAUCACCCUGAGUGCCACCAUUAAGGGUGUGCCGACACCCACCGUCAGCUGGAAGAAGAAUGAUGGUGACAUUCCUUCACACGUAACUGUUGCUGUCACCGCCACCGGCAGCAAAGUCUUCAUCCCGAAGUCAGUCCGCACAGACUCUGGCAACUACACCAUCACCGCGGAGAAUGCUGCUGGAAAGAAAUCAGCAACUGUCACCGUGCUUGUGCUGAACAAACCUUCUCCACCCAGAGACCUGGUGGUCUCCGAGGUGACCAGUGAAUCUGCCUACCUGACAUGGAAGGUCCCUGAGGACAAUGGGGGUGCUGUCAUCUCCCAUUAUGUUGUGCAGAAGAAAGAUGUGGCUGCCGAUCAGUGGGUGCCUGUCUCUCCCGCCAAUAAAAAGCUGAGUCUGAUGGCCAUGUACCUUAUGGAAGGAAUCCAGUACCUGUUCAGAGUGGCUGCUGAGAACCAGUUUGGCAGGAGUGACUUUGUGGUGACCAAGACACCCAUCAAGGCUAUCGAUCCUCUCUAUCCCCCUGGCCCACCCAAAAACCUGCACCACACAGACGCAGAUAAGACAGAGGUGUGGUUGGCAUGGGAGUGGCCUGACCGUACUGGUGGAAGUGAAAUCACCGGUUUCAUUGUGGAACACCAGGAAGAUGGCCAAACUGACUGGGUCACCUUCAAGACAGUCAGCAACAACCAUGCUCAUGUCACUGGUUUGGUGGAGGGAAAGACUUACCGCUUCAGGGUGAAGUCUCAGAACGCAAUUGGCAUAAGCCGUCCUGACACUAGCGUCCCUGUCACUUGCCAGGAGAAAACAUUGCCACCAACUAUUGAAGUGGAUGUGAAGCUUAUUGAAGGUCUUGUUGUCAAAGCUGGCAGUAUUGUUGUCCUUCCAGCCAAGAUGACAGGCAUCCCCAUCCCCACCGCCAAAUGGAUGAGUGAUGGCAAGGAGAUCAUAUCUGAGGGCCACUAUCAAAUUGAGUCUGCUGGAUCCUCCACCAUCCUCAGUAUCCCUGAAUGUAAGAGGGGAGACACUGGAGAGUAUAUCCUCACUGUGGCCAAUCCUGCAGGAAGCAAGACUGUGGCUCUGCACGUCACAGUGCUGGACCUUCCAGGUCCACCCAUUGGGCCAGUCAACAUCUUGGAGGUCACCCCUGAUUACAUGAUGAUCCAGUGGAGGGCACCUAAGGAUGAUGGUGGCACACCCAUUACCAACUAUGUGGUGGAAAAGAAGGAUGUGAAGAAACCAUGGGAGCCCUGGUCUGUCGUGAGUUCCAGUGGUACCAGCACCAAGGCCAAAGUGUCCAGGCUGGAGAAGGGUCGUGAGUACAUUGUCCGCGUCCGUGCUGAGAACAAGAUUGGCAUUGGCGCAGGGCUUGAGAGUCCUCCUACUAUUGCCAAGCACAUGUUUAACCCUCCUGGUCCACCAGGCCUGCCAGAGUGCUCUGAUAUCACAGAGAAUGCUGUGACAGUGCAGUGGCCCCUGCCUGACUAUGAUGGAGGCAGCCCCAUUAGUGGUUAUGUGAUUGAACGCAGAGAAAUGACUGGAAAGUGGAUCCGUGUCAACAAAACUCCUGUGCUGGAUCUCAGAUACAGAGUCUCAGGGCUGUUUGAAGGCAACAGCUAUGAGUUCAGAGUAUUUGCAGAGAACGUUGCUGGUGUCAGCGAGCCUUCUCCUACUUCUGACCCCAUUAAGGCUACACGCGCCAUCACCAAACCUGGACCCCCUGGCAAUCCUAAACUGAAGGACUGGAGCAAGUCCUAUGCGGACAUCUGCUGGACCAAGCCUACAAGAGACGGAGGUAGUCCUAUCCUAGGCUAUGUGGUUGAGGCUCAGAAGUCGGGAACCGCCCAGUGGGACAGAAUCAACAAGGAUCUCAUCAAGAUAUGUGCCUACAGAGUGCCAGGCCUCAUUGAAGGAAUGGAGUACAGAUUCCGCAUCAGGGCCACCAACAAGGUUGGAGACAGUGAACCCAGGGAGCUUGCUGAGACUGUCUUGGCAAAGGACAUCCUUGUGCCGCCUGAGGUUGUUGUUGAUGUGUCCUGCCGCGAUGCUUUGACGGUUAGGGCAGGUCAGAUCAUAAGUUUGAUUACCAGGGUGAAGGGCAGACCAGACCCAGAGAUCACAUGGACCAAGGAUGCAAGAGCCUUGUCCAGAGACAAGCGCACUGAGAUUAACAACAACUACCCACUGUGUGAACUGGUCAUCAAUGACGCAGUGAGGUCAGACUAUGGUAAAUAUGCCAUUGUUGCAAAAAACAGUAGUGGACAAGCACAGGCCACCAUUAUUGUCAAUGUCCUGGACACACCAGGAGCUUGCCAGAACCUGAAAGUAGCGUAUGUGACGAAGAACUCCUGCAUGGUGUCUUGGGAGAACCCUGAGGAUAACGGGGGCACUGAGAUCACUCAGUACACUAUUGCGUGCCGUCAGCCCAGCCAGAGAGGGUGGACUGUCGUCUCCAGUGACUGCACCAAGCGUCUGAUGAAGGCUCCUCUCACUGAGGGCUGCGAGUACUUCUUCCGUGUCAGCGCAGAGAACAAGAUUGGUGCUGGUCCACCCACUGAGACCAAGACACCUGUUUUGGCAGUUGAUCCCAUUGAGAAGCCUGGUGACCCAAUUGACUUCCACAUCUCUGAGAUUGGCAAGACCUUCUGCUUCCUGAAGUGGAAGAAGCCAGACUACGAUGGUGGUAGUCGCAACAUCGGUUAUCAUGUUGAGAAGAAGCCAAAGGAGGCUGAAGAGUGGGAGAGGCUUCACAAGGGUGCCAUCAAAGAGACUUAUUUCAUGGCUGACAGGUGCAUUGAAAACCAGAUCUAUCAAUUUAGAGUUCAGACUAAGAAUGAGGGAGGUGAGAGCAACUGGGUAACCACAGCUGAAGUAUUGGUUAAGGAACAGCUUGUAGAGCCUGAACUUAAGAUUAAACUUGAUGGAACACUUAUGGUCAAGGCAGGAGACUCCAUUCCUAUUGAGGCAGUAGUGAAGGGCAAACCCCAGCCAGAUGUCAAAUGGACCAAAGAUGAGAGCACAGAGGAGAUGAAGAAGAGCCCAAGGCUCCAGAUCGAAAGUGGGGCUGACUUCUCAAAGCUGUUACUCACUGGUGCCAGGCGCACAGACAGUGGCAAAUAUGUUGUCACUGCUUCAAACAGUGCAGGAACCUGCUCUGCUCAUGCUAAGGUCAAUGUCCUGGAUAGGCCAGGCCCAAUCAGGGAUCUCAAGGUGUCUGGUAUCACUACUGAUAGGUGCCAUCUUGCCUGGGAAGUUCCAGAGGAUGAUGGUGGCUGUGAAAUCUACAAUUACAUUAUUGAGAAAUGUGAGACCAAGAGAGGAGUCUGGUCUGUCCACUCCAACGCUGUCAUCACCAACAAUGCUAAAGUCACCCGUCUUAUUGAGGGUAAUGAAUAUAUCUUCAGAGUCCGUGCUGAGAAUAAAAUGGGUCCUGGCCCUGCAGUGCAAAGUGAGUCCAUUGUUGCUGGCACCCAGUUCAGGGUACCUGAUGCUCCUGAUGCACCAGAGGUCACCAAGAUCGCCAAGGAGGAGAUGACUGUGCAAUGGUCAGAGCCAGAGAAGGAUGGUGGAAAACCAAUCAUAGGUUAUCUGUUGGAGAAAAGGGAAGAACAUGCUGUUAGGUGGUCUCCUAUCAAUAAGGAUCCAAUCCCUACAACCCGUUUCACAGUAACUGGACUCCUGCCCCUCCAUGACUACCAGUACAGAGUGAAGGCUGUCAAUGAAAUUGGUAUUGGCAGCCCAAGCAAGGCUUCACGUGCCAUCACUGCCAAGGACACAGUUGAGCCUCCUGCACCUCCUACCAACAUGAAGGUCCUGGACAGCACAAAGUCCACUAUCACACUUGGCUGGACCAAACCUGUAUCAGAUGGUGGAGCUCCCCUCAUUGGCUACGUUGUGGAGAUGAGGGCACAGGGAAGUGCCAAGAAAGGAGAUGAUGGUUGGAAGAGGUGCAAUGUGGCCGCUCAGCUGGUAGUGUGCGAGUUCACAGUAACAAGUCUGGAUGAAAAUCUUGUGUAUGAAUUCAGAGUAUCUGCUCAAAAUCAGGUGGGCAUGAGCCUGCCAUGUGACCUGGAGGGUGCUGUGAUCCCCAAGGAGAUUCUAGAGGCACCAGAGAUUGAUUUGGACGCCAACCUUAAGCAAGGACUGACAGUCAGAGCGGGCUGUCCCAUCAGACUGUGUGCCACCAUCAGAGGUAGACCACCUCCUAAAGUCCUCUGGAGGAGGAUGGGCAUUGACAAUGUAGCCAGGAAGGGAAAAGUUGACAUCAUUGACACUAUGACCUUCCUGGUGAUCCCCGAUAGUACCCGUGACGACUCUGGCAAAUAUUGCCUGACUCUAAGGAGUUCUGCUGGAGAGAAGGCUGUGUUUGUGAACGUUAAGGUUCUGGACACUCCUGGACCCGUGAUGAACCUGGAGGCUACUGAUAUAAAGCAGACAACAGCCAUGUUGUCCUGGACUCCUCCAGAGAAUGAUGGUGGCAGCGAAGUCACUCACUAUAUUGUUGAGAAGCGUGAGAUCGACCGCAAGACUUGGGCAACUGUCAAGGCUGAAGUUUUGAAGGAUAAGAUUCCCUUCAAAGUCAGUGGUCUGAUGCCAGGCACCGAGUACUACUUCAGAAUCACAGCUGUCAAUGAGUAUGGCUCUGGAGUUCCCAGAGUGUCACCCACUUCCUACCUGGCCUCUGAUCCUGUCAGCAAGCCCGAUCCAUGUGAGAAGAUUGAGGUUCUGGAUAUCACUAAAAACAGUGCGACGGUUGGCUGGGUGAAACCUGCAAGGGAUGGUGGUGCCAAGAUAGAUGGUUAUGUAAUUGAAUACAUUGAGGUCAAACCACCUCCAGAGCCACCAGCACCUGUGGAGGUUCCAGAGGGAGAGGAAGCUCCUCCACCACCUCCACCACCUCCAGUGGUAGAGGAUGAAGAGGAGGCAGAACCUGAAAAGGAAGUCUGGAAUGCCUACACCACAGUGAAAGGUUUGACAAUCAGCAUCAGUGGCCUGAAGGAGGGCAAGAGGUACAAGUUCCGAGUUGCUGCCAAGAACAUCAUGGGCAUGAGCUCAUUCACUGAGACCAGGCAGCCAAUCGAGAUUAAGGAACAGAUGUUGGAGCCAAAGAUUGUCAUGCCAGAGACAGCAGGUGCCAGAGCUGGAGCCAAGCUCAGAGUAGAAGCACUGGUUUCCGGAAAACCUGCCCCAACCUGCAAAUGGAUGCGUGGUGAGAAUGCAGUGGUCCCGUCCAGCCGUCUUGCUGUGCACCAGUCUGGCAACCUGUGUGUCUUGAUUAUCAAAGACGUGUCCAGGACUGACAGUGGCGAGUACAGCCUGGUAGCUGAAAACAGCUCCGGAAAGGUGGUCGAGGCCUUGAAGAUUGUCAUCAGAGACAUCCCAGGUCCACCGGAGGGCCCUGUGGUGAUCAGUGACAUCGACUCUGAUGCCUGCUCCCUGUCCUGGAAUAAACCACUGGAGGAUGGAGGCAGCAAUAUCACCAACUACGUUGUGGAAAAAUGUGAUGUGAGUAGAGGCGACUGGGUGACGGCUCUCUCUUCCUGCGGGAAGACCGGUUGCAGACUUGGGAAGCUCAUCCCCGGGAAGGAGUAUGUGUUCCGUAUCCGUGCAGAGAAUCGUUUUGGUGUGUCAGACCCUAUUCAGUCUGAGAGGAUGGUGGCAAAGUUCCCCUUCGAUGUUCCUGGAGAGCCUCUCAAUUGCCGCGUCAACAAGACCAAUAAAGACUGUAUGUUUGUGGCCUGGGAUAAGCCCGAGAGUGAUGGUGGCAGUCCCAUCACAGGUUACUAUAUAGAGCGUAAGGAGAGGAAUAGCCUGCUGUGGGUGAAAGCCAAUGACACUGUCGUCCGCACAACUGAAUAUCCCUGUGCUGGCCUUAUUGAGGGCCUGGAAUACACUUUCAGAGUGUCUGCCAUCAACCGUGCUGGUCAGGGCAAACCAAGCAUAAAGACUGACUUUGUCACUGCCAGGACACCUAUUGACACCCCAGGUAAACCUGAGGUCCUGGAUAUAACCAAGAACUCUGUCAGUCUCAUUUGGACUCGCCCAAAGAAUGACGGUGGCAGCAAGAUCAUUGGCUACUAUGUUGAGGCCAUGCGGGUGCCAGGAGAUGUUUGGAUACGCUGCAACACCAGCAGCCAGAAUGUCCCAAGGGAGGAGUAUACAGUGACAGGCUUGGAGAGAGACCUGCAGUAUCAGUUCAGAGUCAUAGCUAAAACUGCUGUCAACAUAAGCAAACCCUCUGAGCCCACUGACCCAAUCCUGGUCUGUGCUGAGAAUGUUCCCCCAAGGGUGGAGCUUAAUGCCAGGAUGCAGAAGGGCCUGAAGGUAAAGGCCCAAACCACAAUCCUCCUGGAGGCUGAAGUGUUCGGUAAACCGAUGCCCAGAGUAACCUGGAGGAGAGGUGAUGAUAGCCUAAAGUCAGGUGAGGGCCAGGUCAUCACCCAGCAGAGGAAUCACUACCAGCUGGAGAUGACGGCAGUUACUAAGGAGCACACAGGAACCUACACCAUCACAGCCGAGAAUGCCAGUGGCACAAAGACCGCUGAAAUCCAGGUCAACGUCCUGGAUGUGCCUGGUGCUCCUGCUAGUGCCAAAUACGUAGAGGUGUGUGCAACGAGCAUCAAAAUGUCUUGGGAGCCUCCUCUGAAGGACGGUGGCGCAGCCAUCAGCAACUACAUUGUGGACAAACGUGAAACCAGCAGAGCCAACUGGGCCCAGGUCUGCGCUAAGAUCAAGGGCAAUGUCCUUGAGUUCAACGUGGAGAAACUGAUUGAGGGUCAUGAGUACCAGUUCCGAAUUCGUGCUGAAAACAUGUGGGGAGUUGGAGACCCACACAUCACCAGCCCUGUCAUUGCCAAGAACCCAUUCACUGUACCUGGCCCUUGUGAGGCCCCACUGGUUACUAACGUGACCAAGGAUCACAUGACUGUGAGCUGGAAAGAGCCUGCAGAUGAUGGAAAGUCCACCAUCCUGGGCUACAUGCUGGAAAAGAAAGAGACCAAGGAGCUGAACUGGACCAAGGUGAACAGGAAGCCCAUGACAGAUAGGACCCUGGAGAUUACAGGUCUCACAGAGGGAGCUGAGUACGAGUUUAGAGUCACUGCCGUCAACAUGGCAGGGCUGGGCAAACCUAGCGAACCCUCUGCUGGUGCCACCGCAAAGAAUCCCCUCACUCCUCCUAGCCCUGUCAUUAACCCAAGUGUGACAGAUACCACUCACUGCACCAUCAGUCUUACCUGGACUGCUCCGGCCAAUGAUGGUGGAAGCCCUAUUAUUGGUUACUUGGUGGAGUGCAAGAGGAUCGGCACUGCAGACUGGAUCCGCUGCAAUGUCCCCAGGAACCUGCAGGAGACCAACUACAUCAUCCAGAACCUCAUUGAUAAGGCAGAGUACCAGUGCCGCAUCACUGCCGUCAAUAAAGUUGGCUUCAGCGAGCCAGCUGAAGUACCUGGCACACAUGUGGCCAAAGACAUAAUUGUUGCUCCCGAGGCAGAGCUGAGUGCUGAGCUGAAGGAGGUCCUGGAGCUGCAAGCUGGUGCCACCAUGAGGCUGCAGGCCACCAUCAAGGGCCGUCCCAUUCCCAAGGUCACCUGGGCAAAGAUGAACACCAACAUCAAGAGCCGCCAGGGCAUUAUCAUCAAAUCCACAAGUACUGACACCCUGGUAAAGGUGGAUAAUGUGAACAGAUAUGAUGCUGGCAAAUACAUCCUGAGCCUGGAUAGCACUGCUGGCAUGAAGAUGUACACCAUUGUAGUCAAAGUUAUUGAUACUCCCGGACCACCAGUCAACCUGAUGGUGAAGGAAACAACUAAAGACAGCGCUUCAAUCUACUGGGAUGCUCCUCUGAUUGACGGUGGCCAUGAGGUUACCCACUACAUUGUUGAGAAACGUGACACUGAGAGGAAGGCCUGGUCCAUUGUCUCCAACAACUGCACCAAGACAGCAUUCAAGGUUGAAGACCUGGAUGCUGGAAGGUCUUACUGCUUCAGAGUGUCAGCAGUUAACAAGCUCGGUGCUGGAGAGUGUUGCGAGACAGCCGAUUCAGUCAGAGCUACUGAGGAGCCUGGGCCUGUUAUGGACUUCAAGACCCUCCUGGUUACCAAGGACUCUUGCACUCUAAGCUGGAAGAAACCCCUUACUGAUGGUGGCAGUCGCAUCAUCUGCUAUGUUCUGGAGGUUCUCAAUGGUGACGACAAGUACAAGGAGCUGAUGAGGUCCAAAAACAUGCAGUACAGCGCGAAAGACCUGGUGGAAGGCAGAGAAUACACUUACAGAGUCAAAGCUGUGAAUGACACAGGAGAGAGCGCUGCCAAAGAGCUGACGGUGGUGGCCAAGGACCAGAUCAUUAUUCCUAGCUGUGACUUGAGGGAGCUGCCCAACAUGUGCUACAUUGCCAAGGAGGGCAGCACUGUCCGUUUAAAGAUCCCAAUCAUCGGCAAACCUACGCCCAAGGUCACCUGGAAGAAGGGAGAGGAUGAGGACUUGACAGACACUGGCCGAGUGUGUGCAGAGUCCUCUGCAGUCAACACCACCCUCCUGAUCAGGGACUGCCAGAGGAGUGAUGCUUCCAAAUACACUAUCACCCUAAGGAACAGUGCUGGAAGCAGGGAGUCCACCAUUUUCAUCAGGGUCGUGGGUAAACCUGGCAUCCCUGUUGGUCCUAUUAAGUUCAAAGAUGUUACUGCCGAUGGUGCUACACUGAAGUGGGGUGCUCCUAAAGAUGACGGCGGCUCAGAGAUCACCAACUACAUCCUGGAAAAGAGGGACUCCAUCACCAACAUGUGGGUGACUGUUUCCUCUGCUGUGGAGACCAACAGUAUGAGGGUAACUGGCCUCCAUGAGGGCACAGAGUACAUCUUCAGGGUCUGUGCUGAGAACAAGUACGGAAUUGGAGAAGGACUUAAGUCUGAGCCCGUUGUUGCUAAACAUCCAUUCAAUGUUCCCGAUGCUCCUCCUCCACCUCAGAUCAUGAGCAUGCGCCACGACUCCACUUACCUGGCUUGGUCUGACCCCAGGAAGACUGGAGGAUCUCCCAUCACAGGAUACCAUGUUGAGUUCAAGGAGAGAAAUAGUAUGUUGUGGAAGAGGGCGAGCCCAGCUGCCUUGAUGAUGAAGGAACACAAGGUAUCUGGGCUGACUGAAGGUCUGGAGUACGAGUUCAGAGUCAUGGCAAUAAAUCUGGCUGGCAUUGGCAGACCAAGCGCUCCCACUGAUCCACAAGUGGCCCUGGAUCCCAUUGACGCUCCUGGUAAACCUGAUGUAAUCAGCAUCACCAGAAGUACUGUGACCCUUCAGUGGACAGAGCCACAGUUUGAUGGUGGCCACAGGCUGACUGGCUACAUCAUUGAAAAGCGUGACUUGCCUUCUAAGAUCUGGGUGAAAGCCAACAAUGUGAAUGUUGUAGAUCCUGCGUUCACUGCAACUGAUCUGCAGGAGGGCUGCAAAUAUGAAUUCAGAAUCAGGGCAAAGAAUGCUGCUGGUGCUCUAAGUCCACCCUCUGAGCAGACAGAUACCAUUCUCUGCACAGAUGAAUAUGCUGCACCAACCAUUAUUAUUGACGCCCAGGUGAAGGAGGGUCUAACUGUCCGAGCAGGGGACACUAUUGUCAUCACUGCCACAAGCAUUUUAGGCAAACCUGCACCAACCUCAUGUUGGUCAAAGGGAGGCAAGUACUUUAAACCCUCAGAUAUUGUUCAAAUUGAGACCACUGCAACUUCCUCCACUCUGUCCAUCAAGUAUGCCGGCAGGAAAGACACUGGGGAAUAUGUCAUCACUGCAAGCAACCCCUUUGGUGUAAAGGAAGAAACUGUCAAGGUCACAGUUUUGGAUGUUCCUGGUGUUCCUGGACCCAUUGAAUGCAGUGGUGUCUCAUCUGAAAGGGUCACGCUUACCUGGACAACUCCUACUGAGGAUGGAGGCUCUCCUAUCAAGUAUUACACUCUUGAGAAGAGAGAGACUAGCCGCCUGCUUUGGACUAUCCUGGAAGAGAAGGUCAUCGACUGCCACUAUAUAGCCAACAAGCUCAUCCAGGGGAAUGAGUACUUCUUCAGAGUCUCUGCUGUUAACCAGUAUGGUGCCAGUGAGCCAUCUCACUCUGAGGCUGUCAAGAUGGUCGAUAGAUUUGGUCCUCCGGGUCCACCAUCUAAACCAGAGGUUGAGAAAGUUGAUGGACAUUCAGCCACUGUGACCUGGAGGAGACCAGCUGAGGAUGGAGGAAGUGACAUCAUAGGUUACUGUGUUGAGAAGAAGGAGAGAAAGGGUAUGAGAUGGUUCAGGGCAUCUAAGAAAUCCGUUGCCGAGCUCAGCUAUGAAGUUACCGGUCUCACAGAGGGCAUCGAGUAUGAGUUCCGUGUUCUUGCUGAGAAUAAAGCCGGCUUUGGAGAACCAAGUGAACCAUCUAUGCCUGUCAGAACAGUAGUUGUUGCCUAUGUGCCUGGACCUCCAGUUAAUCCAAGAGUCACAGACACAACCAAGACCACUGCCACUCUAAACUGGGGAAAACCUCUUGACAAUGGUGGACUUGAAGUUACUGGAUAUGUGAUUGAGCACAAGAAAGAAGGAACAGAGGAAUGGUUGAAGGAUACCCCUUCAUCUCCACUUAGGAUCACAGAGUUUGUUGUUCCCAAUCUGGAAGCUGGUGCAAAAUACCAUUUCAGAAUUAGUGCUGUAAAUGCUAAGGGGGCAGGUGAACCUGCUGAAACUCAGGAAAUGGUUGAGAUUGUCGAGCGAGCAGCUGAACCUGAUUUGGAGCUGGAUGUUGAGCUUAGAAGAACCCUUGUAGUCAGAGCUGGCUGCUCCAUUCGACUCUUUGUUCCAAUCAAGGGACGCCCUGCACCUACAGUCACCUGGACAAAAGAAGGUGGUCCUGUCUCACGUGCAGUCAUUGACAGCACUGAGUCAUUUACAAUGCUGAUCAUUCCUGAGAGUUCAAGGAUUGAUGCCGGCAAAUAUGAACUUAGCCUUGAAAACUCGACUGGAAAGAAGACUGCUGAUAUACAUGUUAGAGUUCUGGAUUCACCUGGACCGCCACUUAAUCUAAAACCAGUUAAGAUUGACAAGGAAAGCAUUACUCUUCAGUGGGAGAUGCCUCUCAUCGAUGGUGGAGCCAAGAUCACAAACUACAUCAUUGAGAAAAGAGAAUCAACACGCAAAGCUUUUGCUACCGCUAUCACAAAAUGCCCAACUACGUCAGUCAAGAUUGAUGAGCUGGGUGAAGGCUGCGAGUACUACUUCAGAGUGUGUGCAGAGAAUGAGUAUGGCAUCGGUGAGGCAGUUGAAACUGCUGAUCCUAUUCGUGCGUCCCAAGCACCAACUCCUCCAGAGAGUAUUAUUCCUACUGAUAUCACAAAGAACUCUGUGAGCUUGGCUUGGACAAAACCCAAACACGAUGGUGGUAGCAGAAUUACAGGAUAUGUCCUUGAAGCCCAGAAGAAGGGAACAGAUCAGUGGGCGCAUGUAACAACAGUCAAGACAAUGGAUUUCACAGUGAAAAAUCUGAAUGAGAAGGAGGAGUACAUUUUCCGUGUAAUGGCUGUCAAUCACUCCGGUAGAAGUGCUCCACGUGACAGCAAACCCAUUGUUGUAAAGGAUUCUACUUCCCUGCCUGAGUUUGACCUCCGUGGCGUAUGCCAGAAGACUGUUAUUGUCAAAGCAGGAGACGACAUCAAGGUUGAAAUCCCAGUGAUGGGACGUCCUAGACCAACUGUCUCGUGGCAGAAGGAUGGCACAGCCCUGAAACUCACGCAGAGAACUAAUGUAGAAACUGCUGCUGCUACUGUUACCCUCAGCAUUAGUGAAUCCAACAGAGCAGACAGUGGUGUAUACACCAUGACAGCAAAAAACAUUGUUGGUUCUGUGACAGACAACAUCAUUGUCAAAGUACAUGAUGUACCUGGGCCACCCAAGGGACCAGUUAAGAUUGUAGAGAUAUCUCGAACCUAUUGCAUCUUUGCAUGGGACACUCCUGAGAAUGAUGGUGGUGUUCCAAUCACUAAUUAUGUGGUUGAGAUCAGAGACACUACUUCCCAAACAUGGACAGAACUUUCUUCAACUAUUAUACGUACCAUGUUCAAAGCCAUUCGAUUAAACACUGGAUCUGAGUACCAGUUCAGAGUAAAGGCUAAGAACAGAUAUGGUGUUGGACCACCAAUCACAUCAGAGGCAGUGGUGGCUGCCUAUCCAUUCAAAGUCCCUGGACCCCCUGGAACCCCUGGUGUCACUGCAUUUACCAAGGACUCAAUAACAAUUGGCUGGAAUGAGCCUGUGUCUGACGGUGGAAACGAAGUAAUUGGCUAUCAUGUUGAAAGGAAAGAAAGAAGCAGCAUCAUGUGGUACAAGAUCAGCAAGGGUAUUGUGAAAGGAAACAUAUUUAAAUCUAGUGGUCUAGAAGAUGGAGUUGCCUAUGAAUUCCGUGUCUCAGCUGAAAACAUGGCUGGAGUUGGUAAACCCAGCAAGGCCUCUGAAGCAAUACUGGCCCUGGACCCUGUAGAUCCACCAGGUCAACCUGUGCCAAUAUUUGUCAACAAGAAUGUCAUCACAAUUCAGUGGACAAAGCCUGAGUACGAUGGUGGCUUCAAAAUCACUGGCUAUGUAGUGGAGAAGAGAGAACUGCCUGCUGGCCGCUGGAUGAGGGCCAACUUCACCAACAUCAUUGAAACGACAUUCACUGUCAGCGGACUAACUCAAGAUACCUCAUAUGAGUUCCGUGUGAUAGCCAGAAACUCUGCGGGUGCAGUGAGUGUGCCCUCUGAACCCUCUGACCCAAUUAUUUGCAAAGAUGACAUUAUUGAGCCACGCAUUAUGGUUGAUGCCAUCUUUAAGGAUGUUGUACUCCUGAAAGCAGGUGAGACCUUCAAACUUGAUGCUGAUAUUGCUGGUCAACCCACCCCAUCUAUGGUUUGGACCAAGGGUGGAAAGGAGGUUGAGAACACAAUGAAACUGGAGGUCAGAUUCACAGAACUGACAACUACUCUGACCAACAAGGAUUCUAUCAGAUCAGAUGGAGGAGAAUUUGUUUUGACUGCAACUAACGUUGGUGGAUUUGCUAAGCACAUCUUUAAGGUUAAAGUGCUUGACAGACCUGGACCACCAGUCGGACCUCUUGAAGUUUCUAAUGUCACAGCUGACAACUGUUUACUUACCUGGGCUCCACCUGCUGAUGAUGGUGGUGCCAAGAUUGAGGGGUAUGUGAUAGAGAAGCGCGAGUCAAGCAGACUGGUUUGGACCAAUGUGGUUUCAGACCUUCAAGUUACACAAUUUAAGGUGACCAAGCUGCUCAAAGGAAAUGAAUACAUCUUUAGAGUUAUGGCAGUGAACAAAUAUGGACUUGGCGAAUCUCUUGAAUCUGAGCCCACUAUUGCAGACAACCCAUAUGUGGUUCCAGAUCCUCCAGAGAAUCCUGAGGUGACAGCUAUAACUAAAGAUUCAAUGGUUAUUAUGUGGCAAGCACCUAAGAGUGAUGGUGGAACUCCUAUCACUAACUACAAUAUUGAAAGGAAAGACAGAAUUGGCCUUCGCUGGGUCAAAUGCAACAAGAGGAAGGUCAAAGAUCUCCAAUUCAAAGUAACAGGCCUUGUUGUUGGACAUGAAUAUGAAUUUAGAAUAACUGCUGAGAAUGCUGCCGGAGUGAGUGCACCAAGUGCCACAAGUCCAUUCUACAAAGCCACUGAUGCACUGUACAACCCUGGGGCUCCAUGCAACCCAAGAAUCUUGGACACAACCAAGUCCUCAAUUACUGUUGCCUGGAACAAACCUGUAUAUGAUGGUGGCUCUGACAUCACUGGCUACAUGGUUGAGACCUGCAUCCCAUCUGAAAAGGAGGAAGAGGAAGAAUGGACCAUUGUGACACCCAAAGAAGGACUCCUUGCCACCUCAUUCACUAUCGUUAACUUAAAGGAGAACCAGGAAUACAAGAUUAGCAUCUCUGCUGUCAAUAGUGAAGGAGUUGGAGAAGCAGCAUUGGUACCUGGAAAUCCCAAGGCAGAGGAUAGGCUCCUCCCACCUGAGAUGGAUCUGGACGCAGAGCUCCGCAAGGUUAUCAGUCUUAGAGCUUGCUGCUCUCUCAGACUUUUUGUGCCUAUCAGAGGCAGACCAGCUCCUCAGGCUAAAUGGACCAAAGGAGAUGGUGAGCCUAUUGAGAGGGCAACCAUUGACAGCACAACAUCAUAUACAUCACUUGUAAUUGAAAACGUCAACAGAUUUGACAGUGGAAAGUAUAAUCUUACAAUUGAAAACAGCUCUGGCUCCAAGACAGUAACAGUCCAAGUCAAAGUGCUUGACACACCAAGUGCCCCACUGAAUCUGAAGAUAACUAGUGUAACAAAGGAAGCUGUCACUCUGACGUGGGAACCACCGAUAAAUGAUGGAGGUGUUAAGAUAAAGAACUAUAUUGUUGAAAAACGUGAGUCCACAAGAAAAGCGUAUGCCACAGUCAGUGCCAACUGUCAUCACACCACUUUCACAGUUGACCAGCUCCUGGAAGGAUGCAACUAUUACUUCAGAGUUUUGGCUGAGAAUGAAUAUGGCAUUGGUCUGCCCAUUGAGACUGGCGAAUCUGUCAAAGUGUCUGAGAAGCCACAGCCACCUGGCAAAAUCACUCUUAAGGAUGUUACAAAGAACAGUGUCACCCUCACCUGGGAGAAGCCAGAGCAUGAUGGUGGCAGCAGAGUGGGCUGUUACGUUGUUGAGAUCCAACCUAAAGGUGUUGAUAAGUGGUCCCAGGCUGUCAUUGUAAAAGAAACUGAAGCCACCAUUAGUGGACUCAAUGCAGGUGAAGAAUACAUGUUCCGUGUAGCUGCAAAAAAUGAGAAGGGAGCAAGUGACCCACGUCAAAUUGGUGUUCCUGUGAUCGUAAAAGAUCUUGUGAUUGCACCUGUUGCCAAAAUGUUGUUUAACACAUUCAGUGUGUUGGCAGGAGAAGACCUGACAGUGGAUGUUCCAUAUGUUGCACGUCCCAAAGCAGCUGUCUCCUGGGUAAAAGAUGCUCAGCCUCUGAAGAGAACUUCCCGAGUGAACUUUGGUGCAACAGAGACAAUGCUGAACCUCAACAUAAAAGAGGCAACUAAAGAUGAUGUUGGACAUUACCGUAUAACUCUUAGCAACACAGCAGGAGAGACAACAGCAGACAUUAGCAUCGUUGUUCUUGACAAACCUGGUCAGCCUGGUGGUCCAGUCAAGGUGGAGGAGGUCACCUCUGAGAGCGUAACCAUCUCCUGGAACCCACCAGAGUAUAAUGGUGGGUGCACAAUCAAACACUAUAUUGUGGAAAAGAGAGACACUUCCACAACUAACUGGAUGGUUGUAUCUCAUAACCUUGCCAGAACCAAAAUCAAGGCAGGCAGGUUGAAGACUGGCUCAGAGUAUCAGUUUAGAAUCACAGCAGAAAACAGAUAUGGAAAAGGCCCAGCUCUUGUUUCAGCAUGUAUUGUGGCUCAAUACCCAUACAAACUCCCAGGACCCCCAGGAACACCAUCCAUUGCAGCCUGCAACAAGGACAGCAUGGUGAUUGCCUGGAAUGAACCAGUAAAUGAUGGUGGUAGCACCAUCUUAGGCUAUCAUCUUGAACGAAAAGAGAGAAACAGCAUCCUGUGGGUAAAGCUUAACAAGUCUCUUAUUACUGACCAAACCUUCAAGACCAGUGGUCUGGAACCAGGAAUGGAGUAUGAAUACAGAGUUUAUGCUGAAAACAUUGUUGGAAUGGGCAAAGCAAGCAAAGUGUCUGAGGGACAGAUUGCUAGAGAUCCCUGUGAUCCCCCUGGCACCCCAGAAGCAACAAAGAUCACCAAGGAUUCUGUGACCAUUGUUUGGACCAAGCCUGAGUACGAUGGUGGUGCAAAGGUUACAGGCUACAUUGUGGAAAAGAAGGAGCUUCCUGAAGGCCGUUGGCUGAAGGCCAACUUUACUAACAUAAUUGAGACAGAAUACGUUGCAACUGGACUUGUGCAGGACAAUCAGUAUGAGUUCCGUGUCAUUGCCAGAAAUGCUGCUGGUGUUUUCAGUCUUCCCUCUUACAGCACCGGUCCUAUCACUGCCAUGGAUGAGAUUGAACCACCACGCAUCAGCAUUGACCCAGAGUACACACAGACUGUUGUAGUUAAUGCUGGAGACAACUUCAAGAUUGAUGGAGAUGUUCAUGGAAAACCAUUGCCCUCUAUCUACUGGAUGAAGGGAGAGCAGGAACUGGGCAAUACUAUUCAUAGAGAGAUUAAGAAUACACUCACCAAAGCCUACAUAUCUGUCAAGGAGGCAAAACUGUCCGACGGCGGCCAAUACACUCUGCUGUUAAGAAAUCCAGGAGGAGAAAAGGCUGUACAGAUUAAUGUAAUUGUUCUCGAUAAACCUGGAGAACCACAGGGACCUCUUGUUGUUACAGGAAUAACCAAAGAACGGUGCUGCCUUGCAUGGAAACCACCACAACAAGAUGGUGGCAGCAAGAUCUCUCACUACGUUGUGGAGCGGAGAGAGACAGGCAGACUAGUUUGGACUGUUGUUGACCCAAAAGUGACAAAUACUUGUUUGAAGGUUACUAAGCUCCUGGAAGGAAAUGAGUACAUCUUCAGAGUUCAUGCUGUCAACAACUUUGGAGGGGGCCCAGCAAUUGAGUCUGCAGCAGUAAUAAUUAAAGAUCCAUAUGUAACCCCUGGAUCACCCAAGAGCUUGGAAGUUUCACAUAUUAAAAAGGAUUCAAUGGUGCUCACCUGGGAGGCUCCUUCUGAAGAUGGAGGCAGUCCUAUCACUGGCUACAUAAUUGAAAAACAUGACAAGGAAGGUGUAAGAUGGAUCAGAUGCAACAGGCAAACAGUCACUGAUGUAACUUUCAAGGUCACUGGCCUCCUGGAAAGCCAUAACUAUGAAUUUAGAGUUGCAGCUGAGAAUUCUGUUGGUGUUGGUGAACCAAGCCCCCCAACCGUACUCUACAAAGCACUUGAUCCAAUCUUCACACCUGGUCCACCACACCAUCCAAGAGUCACUGACACAACUAAAACAUCAGUAUUCUUGUCAUGGGGCAAGCCCGCCUGUGAUGGAGGCUGUGAGAUUCAGGGAUACAUUGUUGAGUGCUGCACUACCACAGUGCCAGCUGAGGCCCCUGCCGAAGCCCCUACAGAAGCAACUGCCACAGAUGCACCUGCUGAGGAAUGGUUAAUGUGCACGCCACCAUCAGGGAUCAAAAAGACCAAGUUUGAAGUUCCAAAUCUGAAGGAAAACCAGGCAUACAAGUUUAGAGUGUGUGCUGUCAACAAAGUUGGAGUUGGGGAGCAUGCUGAUGUCUCUGGAGCUGUUGUUGCACAGGACAGGGCAGAAGAGCCAGACCUUGACAUUGAUGCAGAACUAAGACAGAUUGUGAAUAUCAAAGCUGGAGCAUCACUUAGACUGUUUAUUCCAAUCAAAGGAAGGCCCAGUCCUACCAUCAAGUGGGAUAAAGAUGAAGCUGCACUUAAAGAGACUGCACAGAUCGAGGUGACCAGUAGUUACACAUCACUUGUAAUUGACAAGAUGGACAGAAAUGACAGUGGAAAAUACACAGUAACUGCAGAGAACUCCAGUGGAACCAAAUCAGCUUUUGUUGUUGUUCGUGUUCUAGACACACCUAGUGCUCCUGUUAAUCUGAAAGUGAAGGAAAUAACAAACCAGUCAGUUACACUGGCCUGGGAACCACCUCUGUUAGAUGGUGGGGCCAAGAUCAAAAACUACAUUGUUGAGAAGAGAGAAAGCACACGCAAAACAUAUGCAGCUGUAGUAACAAAUUGUCAUGCUCUUUCAUGGAAGAUUGAGCCACUCCAGGAGGGUUGCAGUUACUACUUCCGAGUGCUUGCUGAGAAUGCACAUGGUGUUGGCCUGCCCGCAGCAACUGUUGACCCUCUUAAGGUCUCAGAGGUGCCCCAGUCUCCAAAGAGCUUGAAUGUCACAGACCAAACUAAAACUAGCAUCUCUUUGGCCUGGGAGAAGCCUGAGUAUGAUGGAGGUAGCAGAGUCAUUCAGUACCUGCUUGAGGUGCAACUGAAGGGCCAGGAUAAGUGGAAUGGUGUUAACACAUUUAAGACAAUGGAGGCUACUGUUUCCAAUCUGAACCCAGGAGCUGAGUAUCUGUUCAGAGUUACAGCAAUGAAUGAUAAGGGAAAGAGUGACCCCAAAGUCCUUGCUGGCCCAGUGAUGACCAAGGACUUAGUCUUUGAGCCCGAUGUUAGACCAGCAUUCAGCAAUUACAGUGUCCAUGUGGGUAAAGACCUGAGCGUUGACAUUCCCAUCUAUGGACGUCCUAAACCAAAGGUAUCAUGGACUAAAGAUGGAGCUCCUUUGAAAUUCACUACCAGAGUUAACAUUCACAACACAUCAACACAUACAACACUGAGCAUUAAGGAGGCAGCGGGGGAUGAUGGUGGCAUGUACAGUAUAAAUGUUGCUAACUCAGCUGGAACGAAGGACACAACUGUUGAAAUAAUUGUUCUUGACAAACCUGGCCCCCCAUCUGGCCCUGUGAGGUUUGAUGAAAUCACAACACAAAGUGUCACUCUUUCAUGGGACCCACCAAAACACAAUGGUGGCUGCCAGAUUUCAAACUAUAUUGUACAGAAGAGAGAUACCACUACAACAACAUGGGAAAAUGUCAGCAUCAAUUGUGCCAGAACCACCAUUAAAGUGCCUAGACUGAAGACUGGUGCAGAGUACCAGUUCAGGAUCAUUGCUCAGAACCGUUAUGGCAAGAGUCAUGGUCUUGAUUCAUCUGCUGUUGUUGCUCAGUAUCCAUACAAAGAGCCAGGCCCGCCAGGCACUCCUUUCAUCGCCUCUCUCUCACGAGACCACCAGAUUGUUGAGUGGCAUGAGCCUGUCUCAGAUGGAGGCAGCGCUGUUCUAGGUUAUCAUCUUGAAAGGAAAGAGAGAAAUAGUAUUCUCUGGGUCAAAAUAAACAAGUCACUUAUUCAUGAGACUAAUUUCAAGAGUCAUCCCUUGGAUGAGGGUGUCGAGUAUGAAUACAGGGUUUACGCAGAAAAUAUUGUCGGCAUUGGCAGAUGCAGUAAAGUUUCAGAGGGCUGUGUUGCCCGUGACCCCUGUGACCCUCCUGGAACACCAGAGGCCAUCCAUGUGACCAAAGAUACCAUUGUGAUUCAAUGGACUAAACCAGAGUAUGAUGGUGGUAGUAAUAUAACUGGCUAUACUGUGGAGAAGCGUGAUCUACCAGAGGGCAGGUGGGUAAGGGCAAACUUCACUAAUGUGAUUGAAACCCAGUUCAUUGUCACUGGUCUUACUGAAAAUGCGCAGUAUGACUUCAGAGUCAUUGCUAAAAAUGCUGUUGGCACUAUCAGCAAACCAUCCUACAACAGUGGCCCAAUCACUGCAAGUGAUAAGAUGGAGGCACCCAAAUUUUCCAUCGACCCUGCAUUCACCAAGACCAUCAUCGUAAAUGCUCGAGAGACCUUCAAGCUGGAUGCUGAUGUCCAUGGCAAGCCGCUGCCGACCAUCAAGUGGUUUAAAGAUGAAAAACCAAUUGAUAAUACACUCAGACUAGAGAUCAAAAAUACAGAAAACCAUGCAAUGAUUGUCAUCAAGGACUCAGUAAGACUCGAUGGUGGAUCAUACACACUCCAGCUGACAAAUGAGGCCGGCAGUGAAACUGUUCCAUUCAAGGUUGUGGUUCUGGAUAGGCCCAGCCCGUGUGAAGGACCCCUGCACACUGCUGGAGUAGCUGAAGAUAGAUGCACACUGGUAUGGCGUGCCCCUCUGCAUGAUGGAGGUAGUCCUAUUAAACACUAUGUCAUCGAGAGAAGAGAGACCAGUCGUCUAGCUUGGACUGUUGUAUCUAACAGCUGUGAAACUACAUGCUACAAAGUUACCAAAUUACUGGAAGGCAAUGAGUAUAUGUUCCGUGUCAUGGCUGUGAACAGUUAUGGUGUCAGUGACCCACUAGAGUCUGGUGGAGUGAUCAUGAAGACUCCAUUUGUUCCCCCUGGUCCACCUCACAUUGAGGACGUAUCCAACAUUGCCCAUGAUGGCAUGACGAUCACGUGGUCAGCCCCUGAGAGUGAUGGUGGCAGUGAGAUUACCAAUUAUCAUAUUGAAAAGAAGGACAGAAAUGGAAUUAAAUGGACCAGAUGUAACAGACAGAAGGUCACUGACCUCUCCUUUAGAGUCACAGGCCUAACCACAGGCCAUGAAUAUGAAUUUAGAGUAGCUGCUGAGAAUGUAGUGGGAGUGGGAGAGCCCAGCCUUCCAAGUUCAUACUUCAAGGCCAGUGAUCCCAAAUACAAACCUGGUGCACCAGCAUAUGUGAAUGUGAUUGACUCAACUAAGACUUCAAUUACAGUGUCAUGGGGUAAGCCUAUGUCUGAUGGCGGCAGUGCUAUUCAAGGAUACAUUGUGGAAGUCUGCAAGGCUGAGGAGGAGGAAUGGACCAUGGUUACUCCAACCACUGGCCUGCGUGUCAACAAAUAUGAAAUAACUAAACUGACUGAGGGUCAGGAGUAUAAGAUUCAAGUGUGUGCCCUGAAUAAAAUGGGGGUUGGUGAACCAGCAGCUCUCUCUGGAACUGCUAAGCCAGAGGAAAGGGUAGACCCUCCAGAGAUCCGUCUGGACUCUGAGCUGAGGAAGGGCAUCAUUGUGAAAGCCGGUGGAUCUGUUAGAAUCCAUAUUCCAUUCAAGGGUCGGCCAACACCUGAGAUUAAGUGGACUAAGGAUGAGGGAGUUCUGACUGAAAAGGUGGUAGUUGAGAAGGCGCUCAACUUCACUCAGCUGUCUAUUGACUCCUGUGACAGGAGUGAUUCAGGAAAAUACGCCCUGAGCCUGACAAACAGCAGUGGCACUGUGUCUGAGGUUGUUGCUGUUAAAGUCUUGGAUACACCAGGGGCCCCACAAAACCUUGUGGUAAAAGAAAUCAAAAAGGACUCCAUCACUCUUGUAUGGGAUGCCCCAUUAAUUGAUGGAGGCUCCAAAAUCAAGAACUAUGUCAUUGACAAACGUGAAUCAACCAGAAAGGCUUAUGCAAAUGUGUCCACAAAAUGUACAAAAACAACAUUCAAAGUUGAGAACCUCAUUGAAGGUGCUAUGUAUUACUUCAGAGUCAUGGCUGAAAAUGAUUAUGGAAUUGGCCAGGCUGUUGAAACAAAGACAGCUUCCAAGGCCUCUGAGGUACCACUGCCAGUUGGAAAGGUCUCCCUUACUGAUGUCACAAAGAACAGUGCUUCACUGGCCUGGGACAAACCUGAGCAUGAUGGAGGCAGUAGAAUUGGUGGCUACCUAAUUGAGAUGCAGCCCAAAGGUACAGACAAGUGGGGAGUUGCGACAAAUACUAAGACAUGUGAGGGCACCGUCACAGGCCUGACAGCUGGAACAGAAUACCUAUUCCGUAUCAUUGCUUACAAUGAGAAAGGAAAAAGUGAACCAAAAGCACUUGCUGCACCUGUUGUUGCCAGUGACAUGACCAUGGAGCCAUGCAUUAAGAUGCAAUUUAACACAUACAGUGUAUUAGCUGGAAAAGAUCUCAAGUUGGAGUUCCCUGUGCUGGGCAGGCCCAAACCCAAAGUAACCUGGACAAAGGAUGGUCAGUCUUUGAAGGUGACAUCUAGAGUCAAUGUGGUAAACACUCCAACUACAACUGGAAUUCAAAUUGGUGAAGCGAGCAAGGAAGAUUUCGGCAAAUACAGUAUUACAGCAACCAAUACUGCCGGAACAAUCACUGAAGAUAUGAGUAUCAUUAUUCUUGACAAGCCAGGUCCACCAAAAGGUCCCCUCAAGGUUGUUGAAGUGAGUAACACAUUUGUACAUCUCUCCUGGGAGCCCCCAGAGUACAUGGGUGGAUGCCAGGUUAAGAACUAUAUAGUGGAGAAGAGAGACACCACCACCACAACAUGGCAGUCAGUCACCACACAGCUUGCUAGAACAGCUUUCAAGGUCACUAAGCUGAAGACUGGGGCUGAAUACCAGUUCAGAAUUAUAGCUGAAAACAGGUAUGGAAAGGGUGCUUCUCUGGACUCCAAGUCCAUUGUAGUGCAAUAUCCAUACAAGCCACCAGGGCCACCAGGAACUCCAUAUGUCAAAUCUGCGACAAAGGAAAUGAUGAUCAUUGAAUGGAAUGAGCCAGUGAAUGAUGGUGGAAGCACAGUUAUUGGUUACCACCUGGAAAGCAAAGAGAGAAGCAGCAUCAUGUGGAACAAACUGAACAAGACUCUCAUCACUGAUACUAUGUUCAAGAUCUGCAAUCUUGAGGAGGGUAUUGGAUAUGAAUUCAGAGUCUAUGCUGAAAAUAUUGUUGGCAUUGGCAGAUGCAGUAAAACAUCUGAGUCCUUUGUUGCGCGUGAUCCAUGUGACCCUCCUGGUGCUCCUGAGGCUAUUUCUAUUUCUAAGAACCUUAUCAAGAUUCAGUGGACCAAGCCUCAGUAUGAUGGUGGCAGCAAAGUGAAUGGUUAUAUUGUGGAACGGAAAGAUCUCGCUUCCGAUGAUAAGCGUUGGGUUAGAGCUAACUUUACUAAUAUAAUUGAGACUGAGUAUAUCGUCACUGGUCUGACAGAGAGUGAGCAAUAUGAAUUCAGAGUUAUUGCGAGAAAUGCAGCUGGAGUGUUCAGUGAACCAUCUGACAGUUCUGGACCUAUCACUGCUACUGAUGAAAUUGAACCACCAAGAGCUUCAAUGGAUCCCAAAUACAAGGAUGUCAUUGUUGUCAAUGCAGGAGAAUCCUUGCUUCUUGAUGCAGACAUCCAUGGAAAACCAAUUCCUGAUGUUGUCUGGUUAAAAGAAGGCAAAGAAAUGGACAAAGCUCUGCGCAUUGAAGUGAAGACUACACAGAAACGUGCAGCCAUUACCAUCAAGGACAUUACCAAGCUUGAUAGUGGCCACUAUGACCUCGUUCUCAAAAAUCUGGGUGGUACUAAAACCUUCCCUAUCACUGUCAAAGUCCUUGAUAAACCAGGUCCACCCACUGGACCCAUGAAGAUGACAGGAAUCAUGUCUGACAGAUGCGUCCUUGCUUGGUCUGAGCCCACUCUGGAUGGUGGGGCUAGUAUCACUCACUAUAUCCUAGAGAAGAGAGAGACUAGCAGAUUGUCCUGGACAGUGGCUGCACCAAACAUAAAGGGUCUGUUCUAUAAACUAAAAAAUUUGCUUCCUGCAAAUGAAUACAUAUUCAGAGUCAGGGCAGUCAACAAAUAUGGUGCAGGUGAGUUCCUUGAGAGUGAACCCAUCAUUGCACGCAAUCCUUACAAGCCACCCAGUGCCCCUGGAACUCCAGAAGCAGGUCAGAUCACAAAGGAUUCUAUGGUUCUGUCAUGGACCGUUCCAGAACAGACUGGUGGAGCUGACAUUGAAGGCUACCACCUUGAAAAACGUGACAAAGAUGGUGUUAGGUGGACAAAAUGCAACAGACAAAAGCUAACUGACACUCACUUCAAGGUCACAGGUCUAUUGACAGACCACUUCUAUGAGUUCCGUGUUGCUGCUGAAAAUGAGGCUGGAAUGGGAGAUCUCAGUGAACUGUCCCUAUUCUACAGAGCAUGUAAUGCCACAACACCACCUGGACCUCCACACCAUCCUAAGGUGACAGACUAUACAAAGUCUUCUGUGUCCCUGUCCUGGGGCAAACCUGCCUUUGAUGGUGGUGCUUAUAUCAAGGGGUACAUAGUUGAAAUGAGAGAGUAUACACCAUUGCCUGAAGUGACGGAGGAGGCAGAAGUAGCACCAGCAGUAGAGACACCAGUUGAAAAAGAAUGGACCAUGUGUACUCCACCCGCUGGCAUUCAAGCCACUAAACUCACUAUCAAGGAAUUGAAGGAGGGUAGAGAGUACCAGUUCCGUGUCUGUGCUAUCAACUCUGAGGGGGUGGGGGAGGCUGCUAAUGUCCACAGCACUGUGGUUACUUCUGACAGGGUCGAAGCACCAGAGAUGGAGUUGGAUGCUGAGCUCAGAAAGGUGGUAUCAGUUCGUGCUGGUGGAACUCUGCGUUUAUUUGUCACCAUCAGAGGCAGACCUGAACCUGCUGUGAAAUGGGAGAAGGUUGAGGGUACUCUCACAGAACGUGCUGGAAUUGACACCACCAGCUCAUACACCAUGCUUGUCAUUGACAAUGUUAACCGCUUUGACAGUGGCAAAUACUCACUAACACUGGAGAAUAGUAGUGGUACAAAAUCUGCAAAUGUAGUAGUAAGAAUUUUGGAUACACCAAGUGCUCCACAAAACUUUGUUGUCAAGGAGCUCAAAAAGGACUCAGUGACCCUUGCCUGGGACACUCCACUCACUGAUGGUGGUUCUAAAAUAACAAACUACAUUGUAGAUAAGAGAGAAUCUGUCAGGAAAGCCUAUACUACUGUCACCAGCAACUGCACAGCCAACUCAUUCAAGAUUGAAGACCUGCCUGAGGGUGGUAUAUUCUACUUUAGAGUCUGUGCUGUUAAUGAAUAUGGGCAAGGACAGAUAGUUGAAACCAAAGAAGUCAAAGUGUCCGAGGUACCUCUGUCUCCAAGCAAGGUUACACUUGUAGAUCUGACAAAGACCAGUGUGUCACUGACAUGGGACAAACCUGCUCAUGAUGGUGGUAGCAAAGUAAUGUGCUACAACGUAGAGUUUAAACCCAAAAGUGGAGAUAAAUGGGGCACAGCAUGUACAGUUAAGGUGCUUGAAGCAACUAUUCCUAAUCUGACUCCUAAUGAGACCUAUUUAUUCAGAGUUGUUGCAAUUAACGAAAAAGGUAAGAGUGAGCCAAAGGAUCUUGGCUUGCCUGUGGUUGCAAAGGAUGUUGAAAUUGAACCAUCUACCAACUUAUUGUUUACCACAUACAGCGUGAAGGCUGGAGAUGACCUCACUCUUGAGGUUCCAAUAAGAGGCAGGCCAAAGCCUGUUGUAUCCUGGAAGAAGGAUGGCCUUCCUUUGAAGCAGACUUCAUCAGUGACCAUCUUAAACACUGCAACCUCAUCUAAAAUUAUCAUCAAAGAGGCCCACAGAGAACAUGUUGGCAAGUACGAGAUCACCCUGGCUAACUCAGCAGGAACUGUCACAGCAGAUAUUGGAGUUAUUGUCCUUGACAAACCAGGUCCACCUAAAGGUAUCAAGGUGGAUGCUGUGACCUCAGACAGCAUCACACUGUCCUGGUCUCCACCAGAUUAUGAUGGUGGCUGCUCCAUCAGUAAUUAUAUUGUGGAGAAGAGAGACACAAACACACAGGAAUGGCAGAUGGUAGGAAGUAAUGUUGCCAGAACAGCUUUCAAGGCUGGCCGCCUAACACAUGGAGCAGAGUACCAAUUCCGCAUCUAUGCAGUCAACCGUUAUGGAAAGAGUACAAGUCUGGAUUCACCUGGAAUCACUGCUCAGUAUAACUUCAGACAACCUGGACCUCCUUCAACACCAAUAGUGAAGUCAGCCACUAAGUCCUACAUGUUGGUGACUUGGAAUGAGCCAGUCAAUGAUGGCGGAAGUCCUGUUUUGGGCUACCAUCUGGAGAGGAAGGAGCGUACUAGCAUUCUUUGGACGAAGAUGAACAGAGGAAUGAUCAAAGAUACAGAAUACAAAGUUAAUGGAAUUGAAGAGGGCAUGAUAUAUGAAUAUCGUGUCUAUGCUGAAAAUAUUGCUGGUAUUGGUAAAUGUAGCAAGGCCUGUGAAGGUGUGGCAGCCAGAGAUCCAUGUGAUCCUCCAGGCACACCUGUGGUCACUGCUGUUACCAGAACAUCUGUCUCCUUGUCUUGGGAUAAACCAGAGUAUGAUGGUGGAGCCAAGGUUUCAGGAUACACCAUUGAGCGCAGAGACCUUCCUGAGGGACGCUGGACUAGGUGCAACUUCACAAAUGUGCCUGAGACCCACUAUGAUGUGACAGGCCUUACUGAAAACAGCCAGUAUGACUUCCGCGUCAUUGCUAAGAAUGCUGCUGGAUUGUUCAGUAUACCAUCUGACAACACUGGCCCCAUCACAGUCACAGAUGAUGUAGAUCCACCACGCAUCAUGAUGGAUGUCAAGUUCAGAGAGACAGUGUUUGUGAAAGCAGGGGAAACUCUGAAGAUUAACGCUGACCUUGCUGGACGUCCUGCCCCUGUUAUUUCCUGGACCAAGGAUGGCAAAGAAAUUGAACUGAGAUCUAGAAUCCAGGUUGCUUCAACAGAUAUCAGCACUUCUGUCAUUGUAAAGGACUGCAUCAGAAGAGAUUCUGGACAGUAUGCCUUGACUCUCCAGAAUAUUGCUGGAACAGUUACCAUGCCAAUAAACUGUGUGAUUCUAGAUAAACCAGGACCCUCAGCAGGACCUCUGCAGAUCACAGGUCUGAAAUCAGAUGAGUGCACUCUGUCAUGGGGUCCUCCUCAUGAGGCUGGUGGUGCUACCAUUACACAUUAUGUUGUUGAGAAGCGUGAGACCAGUCGCUUGGCAUGGACAAUGGUGAAGGGAGAUAUAACAAAAACACACUUCAAAGUCACAGGAUUGCUAAAGGGCAAUGAAUAUAUCUUCAGGGUUUUAGCUGUCAACAAGCAUGGACUUGGUGAGGCUCUGGAGAGUGAAGCUAUAAAGAUUACAGAUCCAUACACAGUCGCCACUGCUCCAGCUGGUGUCGAUGUCACUACCAUAACUGGAGAUUCAAUGACCCUUACCUGGUGCAAGCCUGCAAGUGAUGGAGGCAGUCCUGUUACUGGAUAUGUGAUUGAGCGCCGUGAAAAGACAGGUAUGCGCUGGGUGCGUGUGAACAGAGAUCCAGUCGUUGAAUGUACUGCAGUUGCAACCAAACUGCGCAAGGGUUGUGAGUAUGACUUCAGAGUCUAUGCUGAAAAUGCCGCUGGUUUGAGUCCUCCAAGUGAACAGUCUGCAACAUUCAGAGCACUGGAUCCUUUGGUUGUUCCUUCUCGCCCAACCAAGCCAAAGAUUGUCAGUUCAACUAAGGACAGUGUGUCUAUUGUUUGGAAACCUCCAACAAAUGAUGGUGGAGCCUGCAUCCUUGGAUACAGUGUAGAAUACAGAGAGCACAUCCGUAAACCAGAGCCAGAGAUUGAGGAAGAGGAGGAAGAAUAUUAUGAGGAGGAGGAGGAGGAAGAGGAGAUUCCUGAAUCACCUGAAGAACUAGCAAGAUGGGUGGAGGCUAUUCCUCUUACCAAGAGCUUGGAGUUCACAAUCACUGGUUUAAAGACAGAUGUAGAAUAUGAAUUCUGUGUCAAAGCAAUAAACAAAAUUGGCAGCAGUGCGCGAAGCUUAUGUUCAGAUCCAGGUGCAGCAAUUGACAGAACUGCUGAGCCAUCAUUUGAUGUUGACAUUGAGAUGCGUAAAGUACUUCUUGUCAAGCAUGGCAUGGCAUUUACUCUCAAUGUACCAUUCAAGGGCAAACCUGUGCCAUCAGUGGCAUGGGCCAAGGAGGGCAUUGAUCUAAAGGUCAGAGGAACCAUUGAAUCUACAGAAUGUAGCACUUCACUGACAAUUGAGAAGUCAUCUAGGUUUGACUCUGGAGAGUAUUGUGUUACCAUUGAAUCACCAUUGGGAAAAGCCACUUUGCCUGUGGUUGUGAAAGUGCUCGACUCACCUGGACCCCCUGUUAAUGUAAAAGUUACAACAGUGACCAGGGAUUCUGCAACCCUCACUUGGGAAGCUCCUGAGAAUGACGGUGGUGAUGCAGUGAAGGCCUACCAUGUUGAAAAACGUGAGGCCAGUAAGAAGGCCUGGGUAACCGUGACCAGCAACUGCCACACAAUGACUUACAGGGUGGAAGACUUGCAGGAGGGUGCCACCUAUUACUUCAGAGUUAUUGGAGAAAAUGAGUAUGGAGUGGGUGUCCCUCAAGAAGCCAAGGCUGGAACAAAGAUUACAGAGGUACCAACUCCACCCAUGAAACUUGGAGUUGCAAAUGUAACCAAGGACAGCAUUACAAUUGCCUGGACAAGACCAGAAUAUGAUGGUGGUAGCAGAGUCAGGGGUUACCUUAUUGAUGCCCUGGAGAAGGGACAGACCAAGUGGGUGAAAUGUGCCACUGUGAGGACCAUGACCCACACCAUCAAGAGCUUGAGGGAGGGUGCUGAAUACUUCUUCAGAGUCCGUGCUGAGAACCAUGCUGGACUCAGUGAACCGAAGGAAAUGAUUGUACCUGUUCUUGUCAAGGAAAUACAUGAGGCUCCAGAGUUUGACCUGAAGAACUACCCCAAGAAUACAGUUUAUGUGAGAGCAGGAUCCAACCUAACCUUUGAGAUUCCUCUCACUGGCAGGCCUAUGCCUAAGGUGACUAUGUCGAAGAACAAUGUCGUCAUCAAGGGCUCCAAGAGGCUACUAACAGAAGUUACUCCAGACAGUUUAAUCAUUACCCUAAAUGAGAGUAUUUCAACUGAUGCUGGCAAGUAUGAAGUCACAGCCUCAAAUGUGGGAGGUACAACCAAGAUCUUCAUUAUUUUCGUCGUGCUGGACAGACCUGGACCUCCUAUUGGUCCAGUCACAAUUGGAGAGGUCGGAGAGACCACCGUUUGUCUGAACUGGGCUCCACCAGAGUAUGAUGGUGGCAGUCCUGUUACAAAUUUCAUUGUUCUGAAACGUGAAACUAGCACUCCUACCUGGGCCGAGGUGUCAACUAAUAUUGCCAGAAGCUCAAUCAAGGUGACUAAACUGACCAAGGGAGAGGAGUAUCAAUUCAGAAUCAAGGCUGAGAAUCGCUACGGUGUCAGCGACCACAUUGACAGCAAACCAGUCAUGAUAAAACUUCCAUACACCAUCCCUGGACCUCCAUCCACACCAUGGUUCAGCUUUGUAUCUAGAGAGAGCCUGACAGUCUGCUGGAAUGAACCAGUAAAUGAUGGAGGAAACCCUGUCACUGGAUAUCAUCUUCAGAUGAAGGAGAGGAGCAGCAUCAUCUGGCAGAAGGUCAAUAAGACAGCAAUUUCAGGAAAUCAGUGGCGAGUCACAAACAUCUGUCCUGGCCUCAUCUAUGAAUUCAAGGUGGCAGCAGAAAAUGCCGCUGGUAUUGGAAAGAUGAGCAAGACCUCCGAAGAGGUGCUGGCUAUUGAUGCCUGUGAGCCGCCAGCAAAUGUCCGGAUCACUGAAGUGACAAAGAACUCAGUCAGCCUGGCUUGGCAGAGGCCUCCAUAUGAUGGUGGCAGCAAGAUCACCGGUUACAGUUUGGAGAGGAGGGAUGCACCCAAUGGAAGAUGGGUGAAGGCCAACUUCACUAACAUCAUUGAGCUGGGCUUCACUGUAUCUGGACUGAACCAGGAUGAGUCUUAUGAGUUCAGGGUGUAUGCCAAGAAUGCCAUUGGAUCUGUCAGCAACCCGUCUCUCAUUGCUGGCCCUGUCACUUGUGUUGAUGCAUGUGGUGCACCAGCCAUUGACCUUCCUCCAGAGUAUCUGGAUAUGGUUCAGUACAAGGCUGGAGCUUCAAUUAAGCUUCGAGUCGGAAUCAUUGCCAAGCCUCUGCCAACCAUUGAGUGGCUCAAGGAUGAAAAAGAGCUGGUUGCAUCCUCUACUUUGUCUGUUGAGAGCACAACUGAUUCUUCAGCUGUCCUGAUCAAGGAUGCAGCUCGCCUUCACACAGGCUCAUAUGAGAUCAGGAUCAAGAAUGUUCUUGGCUCUGCCUCUGCAACCAUCAGGAUUGAAAUCCUAGACAAACCUGGGCCCCCAGCUGGAAUAAUUAACUUCAACUCCAUCACAGCUGAAAAGAUUGUCUUUAGCUGGCAGCCUGUGCCUGAGUCUGACCAGGGAGGUGCCAAGGUGACCCACUACAUUGUUGAGAGGCGUGAAACCAGCAGAGUGGUCUGGUCGACCAUUUCAGACAAGCACGAAAAGACGCAUGUCACUGUCAACAAGCUGCUGCGUGGAAAUGAGUAUGUGUUCCGUGUAAUGGCUGUCAAUAAGUAUGGAGUUGGAGAGCCACUGGAGUCUGAGCCGGUCAUCGCGAAGAAUGCUUUUGUAACCCCUGGGCAGCCUCGUACUCCUGAAGUGAACACCAUCACCAAGUCCACCAUGGUGGUAGAAUGGGAUAAACCAGGUGUAGAUGGAGGUAGCGCUGUGACAGGCUACUACUUGGAAAGACGUGACAAGAAGAGCUCACGCUGGAUCAGAGUUUACAAAGAUCCUGUCACUGACAUCAAACAGAGUGUCUACCAUCUCACAGAGGGAAAUGAGUAUCAGUAUCGUGUCUGCGCCAUUAACAAGGCAGGAGAGGGACCAUUCUCUGAUGCAUCAGACCUCUACAAGGCUGCUGACCCUGUUGACCCACCUGAUGAGCCUUGCAAGCUGAAGGUGGUGGACUCCACCAAGACAUCCAUUACCUUGGGCUGGUCCAAGCCAGAAUGGGAUGGAGGCAGUGAGGUCAUCAGUUACAUGGUGGAGAAGCUUAUUGAUGGAGAGCAAGAAUGGGCUAUGAUUACCCACAAGGGAGAGGUCAAGACAACAGAAUACACAGUACAUGACUUAAAACCAGAUGUCAAUUACUUCUUCAGAGUCUCUGCUGUCAAUUGUGCUGGUCGUGGAGAGCCUUUGGAGAUGACUGAGCCUGUGCAGGCUAAGGAUAUCCUGGAGGCAGCCCAGAUUGAUUCAGAUGUGGCUAUGAGAACUCACUACACAGUGAAGGCUGGCAAUGAUGUGGAGCUGUCUGUUCCUCUGAAGGGCAGACCUGCUCCCACUGCUUCCUGGAGCAAGGGAGAAGAAUGCAUCGAUCGCGACCCUAAAUAUGAGUUCCACCACUCAGACACUAAUACAGUCCUUGUUAUGCGUGAGGUAACCCGGCUUGACACUGGAAAGUACACAUUAAAGAUAGAGAAUGGUGUGGGAGAGCCCAAGACGCUGACCCUGUCUGUGAAGGUCCAGGAUACUCCAGCUCAGUGCAGGAAUCUGGUCCUAAAGGGAGUGACCCGUGGAAAGGUCACUCUCUGCUGGGAGCCUCCACUCCUCGAUGGCGGGGCUGAGAUCACAAAUUAUGUUGUUGAGAAGAGGGACUCGUCCAAGAGAUCCUACUCUGCAGUGACAAGCAAAUGCACAGACACAACAUACACCAUUGAAGAUCUCUCCGAGAAGACAUCCUUCUUCUUCCGCGUGUUAGCUGAGAACGAGAAUGGUCUUGGUGAUCCAUGUGAAACACUUGAACCUGUGAAGGCUACAGAGACUCCAGGACCAGUCAAAGAGGUCUCUAUGAAGGAUUCAUCCAAGACUUCUGUCACCCUGCAGUGGCUGAAGCCUGAUUAUGAUGGUGGCAGCAUCAUCUCUGAUUAUGUCAUUGAGAAGAAACUCAAGGAUGAGGAAUGGUCUUUGGGAGGAACUAGCAGACAGUGUGAGUUUGAGGUCAAGAAACUCAAGGAGCACUCAGAUGUGUUCUUCAGAGUUGCUGCUAGGAAUGAGAAGGGGCAGGGCGACUUCACUGAGCUUGGACCUAUCAAAGUCAUUGACUACAUUAUAACACCUGAGGCAAGCCUUGCAGAAUACCCAGAUGGCAGAAUAAGUGUUCGCCUGGGUCACAAUGUGCACAUUGAGCUGCCAUACACAGGUAAACCCAAACCUGCUGUUCUGUGGCUGAAGGACAGCCUACCUCUGAAGGAGAGUGACCAAGUCCGCUUCAAGAAGACAGAAAACAAAGCCACUCUAAUGAUUAAGAAUGUGAAGAAGGAGAAUGAAGGUAAAUACACCCUGACACUUGACAAUAGGGUCAACAGAAGAUCUUUCCACAUCCAUGUCAUUACACUUGGACCACCAUCAAAGCCUAUUGGACCCAUCCGGCUAGAUGAAGUGAGAGCUGAGAGCAUCAUGAUCUCCUGGGAUGAACCUAACGAUGAUGGUGGUGGAGAAAUCAACUGCUACACUAUUGAAAAGAGAGACACCUCCCAGUCUAACUGGAAGAUGGCCUGCUCCAGUGUACAAGAUACUCAGUUCAAGAUUCCCAACCUGAUCAAGGGUAUCCAGUACCAGUUCAGAGUUUGUGCUGAGAACAGAUAUGGUGUCAGUGAGGCUCUGGUCUCACAGAUGGUCAUUGCCAAGCACCAGUUUAGGCCUCCGGGCCCACCAGGUAAACCUGUCGUGUAUAACGUCACUAACGAUGGAAUGACCAUCCAGUGGGAGCAGCCCAUUUAUGAUGGUGGUACCCCUAUCCAGGGCUUCCAUGUGGAGAAGAAGGAAAAGAACAGCAUCAUGUGGCAAAAGGUUAACACUAUGUUAAUAAAAGAAACAGAUUAUAGGAUCUUGGGACUCAUUGAAGGCCUUGAGUACUCCUUCAGAGUCUACGCCCAGAAUGAUGCUGGCUACAGUCGAAUGAGUGAUGAGAGCAAGUCAACCAUGGCUGUCAGUCCUGUUGAUCCUCCUGGCCAGCCUGACUACACAGAUGUGACUAGUGACUCGGUGACACUGAAAUGGGAUGCACCUAAACGUGAUGGUGGUAGCAAGAUUACCAGCUACAACAUCGAGAAACGCCAAGGACAUGGCCGCUGGUUCAAAGCCAACUUGACUGAUGUACAUGACUGCCAAUACACUGUCACCGGGUUGGCAACAAAUGAACGCUACGAGUUCAGAGUGACUGCCAGAAAUGCCAUCGGUGUUGUCAGUCCUCCCUCCAAUUCCUCUGGCUUGAUUGUAGUCAGAAGUGAGAAUGCUGCUCCAAAUAUUGAGUUUGGCCCAGAGUACUUCGAGGGUUUGACGGUCAAGGCAGGAGACAAUAUAAGGCUGAAGGUGACCAUCACUGGACGACCUGUUCCAAAGGUCGUAUGGUACAGAGAUGGCGUGCAGAUAACCAAAAAGCUUAUGGACAUUAUCAAUGUGGCUGGAUCCAGCACUGUGUUUGUCAGGGAUGCUGAUCGCACACACCGUGGCCUCUACACUGUGGAGGCUACCAAUGGAUCUGGAAGUAAAAAGGAGAACAUUCUUGUUCAAGUCCAAGACACGCCUGGGGAGCCAGUAGGACCCAUCACUUUCAGCAAUAUCUCAGAAGGAAAGUGCACCCUGUCUUGGAACCCACCAGAGAACGAUGGCUGCUCAGAGAUUUCACAUUACAUCAUUGAGAAGCGUGAGACAGCCAAGAUCUCCUGGGCUUUGGUGUCUGAUGAAUGUAAGGAGUGCACGUUCAAUGCAACCAAGCUCAUCAAGACCAAUGAGUACCAGUUCAGGGUCUCUGCUGUUAACAAGUUUGGAGUUGGCAGACCUUUGGAAUCCAGCCCCAUCAUUGCACAGAUGCAAUACACUACUCCUGAAGCUCCAGACACUCCUGAUGCAACUGAGGUGACGGGAGAAAGCAUCACCCUGUCCUGGAAUCCUCCAACAUCCGAUGGUGGAAAUGCCAUCAAGUAUUACAUUGUGGAGAAACGGGAAAAGAAGACUGUCCGGUUCUACAAGGUUAUUUCCAAGAAACCCAUUGUUGAAUGUGCUCACAAGGUGCUCCACCUGACAGAGGAUAUGGAGUACGAGUUCCGUGUAAUGGCUGUGAAUGACGCUGGUGUUGGACCUCCUAGCAACAUCUCUUUGCCUAUCAAAGCUGCUGAGCCAAAAGAUAUUCCUUGUGCUCCAUCUGUAAUCCAUGUGUCAGACUCUACCAACUCCUCCAUCAGCCUUGAAUGGACCAGGCCUGCGGACGACGGAGGCAUGGACAUCCUGGGUUACAUUAUUGAGAUGGUGAAGGGAGAUGAGUCCGAAUGGAAGAGAGUCAAUGAGCAGCUUGUCACAGAAACAAAUUACGUGGUAACAGGUCUACAGACAGGAGCUGAGUACAAGUUCCGUGUCGCUGGUGUCAAUCAGGUGGGUAGAGGUGAGGACAAGGAGAUUCUAGAGCCUGCUCAAGCUGUAGACAGGCUAACACCACCACAGGUGGAUAUUGAUGCCACCUUCAAGCAGACACACAUUGUCAAGGCUGGAGGUUCAGUGUGCCUGGGUAUCUACUUUAGAGGAAAGCCAACUCCCACUGCUACCUGGGUGAAGGAGGAAGGAGAACUGGGUGUCAUGUCAGAGAUCUCAACGACAGAUGGCUAUAGUUCUCUAAGUAUUGAAAACUGCUCAAGAAAUGAUACAGGAAAAUACACUAUUAACUUGGAGAACUCCAGUGGCAGCAAGGCCAUUACAUUCAUUGUAAAGGUGAUGGACACUCCUGGACCUCCUCAGGCUGUUGUGAUAAAGGAGGUGUCCAGAGGCACAGUCACACUUGUGUGGGAGUCUCCUCUAAAUGACGGGGGGGCUCGAAUCCAUCACUAUAUUGUUGAGAGACGAGAGGCUAGCCGCCGCACUUGGCAACAGUCUGGUAGCAAGUGCACAAAUCAUAUGCUGAAAAUCCAGGACCUGCUGGAGGGAGUGCCAUACUUCUUCAGAGUCUCAGCUGAGAAUCAGCAUGGAGUUGGUGAGGCAUUUGAGCUGACCGAACCUGUCAUCGCCACCGCAGAGCCAGCAGCUCCAAAGAGACUGGACAUUCUGGAUACCACAGACAGCUCUGUGGUUCUGGGCUGGCUGAAGCCAGAGCAUGAUGGUGGCAGCCGCAUCCAGUGUUAUGUCAUUGAGGCUAAGCCAAAGGGUACUGACAAAUGGCACGUGGUUGGCAACACCACUAACCUCACAUAUGUGGUUGAAAAGCUUAACAAGGGUGAUGAGUAUGACUUCUGUGUGAAGGCCAAGAAUGAAUCAGGCUACAGCAAGCCCCGGGAAACUCUGGCUCCUGUGCUGGUUAAAGAGCCUCACAUUGAACCAGCUGCUGACCUUAGUGAGAUCGCCAACCAGCUGGUCACAAGCAGGUCUGGCAGUUCCUUUACCAUUGAUGUUCCUAUCAGUGGUAGACCUGCUCCAAAGGUUUCCUGGAAACUGGAAGAGAUGAAGCUGAAGAGUACAGACAGAGUGUCCAUCAUUGAAACUAAGGACAGAACCAGCAUCACGGUCAAGGAGGCCAUGAGAGGAGAUGGUGGUAAAUACUACCUAACGCUGGAAAACGUUGCAGGCACCAGGACCUUCACUAUUGAAGUUAAUGUCACAGGUAGACCAAGUCCUCCAACCGGACCCAUCGAAAUCUCAUCCAUCACCUCUGAGUCCUGUGUCAUUGCAUGGCAACCACCAGAGGAUGAUGGUGGCACUGACAUCACCAACUACAUUGUGGAGAAGCGUGAGUCUGGCUCCACCGCCUGGCAACUGAUCAACUCCAGCGUAAAGCACACGUCUCUUCACGUCAGUCACCUGACCAAGUACAUGCAGUACACAUUCAGGGUCUCUGCUGAGAACAGAUUUGGUGUCAGCAAACACACUGAGUCGGAGACUAUCGUUGCAGAGCAUCCUUUCACACCUCCUGGCCCACCAACAAGGCCUACAGUCUGCAACAUCUCUGCCAACUCAAUGACCCUGAAAUGGGAGGAACCUUAUCAUGAUGGUGGAAGCAAGGUGACUGGUUACUGGAUUGAGAAGAAGGAGAGAAAUAAUAUUCUGUGGGUGAGAGAGAACAAGAUCCCUUGCUUUGAGUGCUACAGCAAAAUGGAGGGUCUUGUCGAAGGCUUGGAAUACCAGUUCAGGGUUUAUGCCAUGAACAGCGCUGGGCUGAGUAAAGCCAGUGAGGCCUCCAAGGGAGCAGUUGCUCAAGAUCCAGUUGAUCCACCAAGUAAGCCAGAAGUCACAAAUGUUACAAGAACCACUGUCUCACUGAAAUGGUCAGCCCCAUUGAAUGACGGUGGCAGUCCCAUUGUGGGCUACAUCAUCGAGCGUAAGCCUUACACUCUGACUGGUGAGGGCCGCUGGCUCAAGUGUAACUACACCAAUGUGAUUGACACUUUCUACACUGUUACCGCCUUGGGAGAGGGAGAGCCCUACGAGUUCAGAGUCAUCGCCAAGAAUGCCAACCAGGUCUUCAGUAGACCCUCAGAGUCCACCGGCUCUGUGCAGUGCAAGACUGACUUUGAGCCGCCAAAGGCCCAGCUGGAUAGUAAACUGCUGUCUGAAACUGUGAUGGUCAGAGCCGGUUCAGAUCUGGUACUGGAUGCUGCAGUGGGAGGCAGGCCUGACCCCAAGGCAUCCUGGUCCAAGGGCAACAGGGAGCUAGAGUUGUGUGAGAAGUACCACCUGCAGUACACCCCCACCAAGGCCAUGGCCAUCAUCAAGUUCUGUGACAGAGAUGACACAGGAAAGUACAUCCUCUCGGUCAGGAACGUAAGCGGAACCAAGACUGCUGAGGUCAAUGUCAAAGUGCUUGAUACCCCUGGUGUAUGUGAAGGCAGCAUUGAGAUCAGCAAGAUCACAGAGGAAUCAUGCACACUGAGUUGGAAGCCUCCUCUUGAGGAUGGUGGGGAUGAGAUCUCCCACUACAUUGUGGCAAGGCGUGACACCAACAGACUCAACUGGGUCAUCAUGCACGCAGAGUGCAAGGAGCUGACCUGUGACAUCACCAGGCUGUUUAAGAAUACUGAAUAUCUGUUCAGAGUCUGUGGAGUCAACAAAUACGGACCUGGAGUCUACCUCCAGUCAGACCCGAUGGUUGCCAGAAACACUUUCACUGUGCCCACGCCUCCUGGUGCUCCCGAGAUCCUGGCAUCAGGAAAGGACUUUGCCACCAUUGAAUGGCUGAAGCCAGAGAGUGAUGGUGGUAGCCCGUUGAUCCACUACCUGGUGGAGAGGCGUGAGAGAAAGAGUGCACGCUGGGUGAAGGUGAACAGGGACGGAGCUCACCUGGACACAACGCUGAAGGUGUCUAGUUUGACUGAAGGCAACAUCUACCAGUUCAGAGUGACAGCCAUCAACAAGGCGGGAGAGAGUGAAGCCAGCGAUGUUUCUCUGUAUGUUGUCUGCAGAGUGCCAACAUGCACACCUGCUUCUCCCUCUAUUCCUCGUAUCACUGACACCCACGCUGACAGCAUCAGCCUAGCCUGGUCCCGCCCUGUGGAGGAUGGAGGAGCUGAUGUGAUCGGCUACAUCCUGGAGAUGCAGGAGGCCGGAGCAGAGGAAUGGAAGAAAGCCCAUGAAAAGACGCUGCGUGGUACAGAGUACAUAGUGACCGGUCUCUCUGCAGGGAAGAAGUACUGCUUCAGAGUGGCUGGCAUCAACAUCAAUGGCACAGGAGACUUCAGUGAACCAUGUGCUGAGACUGAGCCAGUGGAGAGAAUUGAAACUCCUGACUUUGAGCUUCAUGAUGACCUGAAAAAGACCAUCUGCCUGCGUGCUGGUGGCUCCCUCCGCCUGUUUGUAAAGGUCACUGGUCGUCCCGUUCCUGCCCUCACUUGGAGUAAGCCUGGUGUUGACCUCCAGAACAGAGGAUUCAUUGAAGUCACAAACAAGUCUACCACACUCAUCAUCGACAAGGUCCACCGCUAUGAUGCUGGCAAAUACACAUUGGUGGCAGAGAACUCUGCUGGGAAACAGGAAGUCAAUAUUCUGGUCAAGGUCUACGAUACUCCUGGACCACCCGGACCAAUAAAGAUCAAAGAGCUGACCAAGGAUUCUAUUACCAUCUCUUGGGAAGCCUCAGCUGUCGAUGGCGGUGCUCCUGUCAACAACUACAUCAUAGAGAGGCGUGAGGCCUCCAUGAGAGCCUACAAGACUGUCACCUCCAAGUGCAAUAAGACAUCCUACAAGAUUGAUGGCCUGAUGGAGGGUAUGCUUUACUACUUCCGGGUGCUCCCUGAGAACAUCUAUGGUAUAGGCGAGCCCUGCGAGACUCCUGAUAUCAUCCUGGUUUGUGAAGUGCCUCUGCCACCACACAAGCUGGAGGUGAUCGAUGUCACCAAGAGCACAGUGAUCCUUGGCUGGGAGAAGCCAGAACAUGAUGGUGGCAGCAGAUUGACAGGCUACAUCAUUGAGGCCUGCAAAUUUGGCACAGACAAAUGGAUGAAGGUGGCCACACUUAAGACCACAGACUUCGAGUUCACCAUGGAGAAGCUGAACGAGGGCGAGCAGUACUUGUUUAGAAUCAGAGCAGUCAACAGCAGAGGAGCCAGUGAGCCCAAAGAGCUUCUGACAGCCGUCACUGUACAGGAGCAAAGAGUAAUGCCUGUGGUGGACUUCUCCAGUAUCCCUCAAAAGGUUGUCAACGUCCUAGCUGGCAAGACUCUAGAACUGGACCUGCCCAUCGUUGGCAGGCCCCCUCCUGUCUGCUCCUGGUAUUUCCAUGAUAACAAGAUAAAAAUCACAGACCGUGUCAAUAUCAAGAGCACCGGCAAGUACUCAAAAUUGACCAUGUCUAACACCACCAUCGACGACACUGGUGACUACACCCUGGAGGUCAAGAACGCUGUUGGUGUUAUCAGAGAGGUCAUCAAGGUCGUCAUCCUCUCUAAACCUGAUGAACCAAAGGGACCCAUUAGGUUUGAUGAAGUUGAUGCCACCACUGUCACCUGCAGCUGGGAUCCUCCAGUCAGAGAUGGUGGAGCUCCUAUUAGUGGCUAUGCAGUGGAGCAGCGCGAUGCCCACAGACCUGGCUGGGUGCCUGUCUGUGACUCUGUUAGCCGAUCAACAUUCAAGUUCGAAAACUUGAUUGAGGGUGAUGAGUAUGUCUUCCGUGUAGCAUCCAUAAAUCGCUUUGGCACAGGUGACUUCUUGCAGUCUGACAUCGUCAUGUGCAGGAGCUUGAAAAAUGUGCCUGGACCACCUGGUCGUCCAACCAUCUUUGAUGUUUCUCGUGACGGCAUGACCGUGGCCUGGAACCCGCCAGAUGAAGACGGCGGCCUUGAGGUUUCUGGAUAUAUAAUUGAGCGCAAAGAAGUCAGGUCUGAUAGAUGGGUGCGUGCCAACAAGAACCCCAUUACCAUGACCAGAUACAGGUCAACAGAGCUGAUUGAGGGCCUGGAGUAUGAGCACAGAAUCACAGCCAUCAAUGCCAGAGGACUAAGCAAACCAAGUCUGGUAUCUAAACCAGCAGUGGCAACAGAUCCCAUUGAUCCACCUGGCUGUCCUCAGAAUCCAAGGAUCAUUGAUACCACCAAAUCCUCUGUCUCACUUGCUUGGAGUCCUCCUGACGAUGAGGGAGAUGCAAGGGUGGACGGUUACCUGAUUGAGAUGCAGAAGGUGGGCACCUUGGCCUGGAUCAAGUGCAACACCACACCAUCUCUAAUCUGUGAGUACACGCUGACCAAGAUGCCACAAGGAGAGGAGUUCAAAUUCCGUGUGAUGGCCUGUAAUGCCGGUGGCUCUGGAGAGCCUGCUGAAGUGCCUGGAACGGUCAUUGUUACUGAGAUGCUUGAAUCUCCUAACUAUGACUUGGAGCUCAAAUACAAAGAUGUGUACGUGGUCCGCCAGGGAGGAGUGGUUAGACUCUCUGUACCCAUCAAGGGUAAACCACAACCAACCUGCAAGUGGCUGAAGGAUGGUGGUGAAGUCUCCGAUAAAGCCAUGAUUGCCUCCAAUGAGGAUGCCAGCGAGCUGGUGAUCAAGGAAGCUGAGAGGAGUGACUCUGGCAUGUACGACCUCCUGCUGGAGAAUAAGGUUGGCAAGAAAAAAGCACAAAUAAAGGUGAAGGUCAUCGGUCGCCCAAGUGCCCCAGAGGGACCCUUAGUCUUUGAGGAGAUCCAGGCCAACUCUGUCAAGGUGUCCUGGAACGCACCCACAGAGGAUGGUGGCUCAGAGAUCUUGGGUUACAUUGUAGAGAGACGUGAGGCAGCCAGAAAUGCGUGGUACACCAUUGACUCUAGAGUGACUGACACUCAAUUGGUUGUUAAAGGACUGAGGGAGGGAACAGAGUACCACUUUAAGGUCACUGCUGAAAACUCCUUUGGUGUCAGCUCUUCUCUGAAGUCGGAGCAGCCACUGGUGCCCAUGACUCCUCUCUGUCCCCCUGAACCUUCAAGCACCCCACCAGAGAUUAUGGAUGUCACGAAGAGCUCUGUGGCAUUGGCAUGGUCCAGACCAAAGGACGACGGUGGAUCUGCCAUCACCGGGUACUUUAUUGAGUACAAGCUGGUGUCCUCUGAAACAUGGUCUCGGCAUGAGACCAAGAUUGGCUCCACCAUGUUUACUCUGCCUGGACUCACCCCUGAUGCAGAGUACCAUUUCCGCAUUGUUGCUGUCAAUAACAUUGGUGAGAGCGAGGCUGGUCCUGUGUCUGACCCAGUCACAUGCAAAGAUCCAUUCGACAAGCCAAGCCAACCAGGCGAGAUUGACACAGUAAACGUGUCAAACAACUUCAUUACCAUCCGCUGGCAAGCUCCAGAGUGUGACGGUGGAAAAGAGGUCCUGGGCUACUGGGUAGAGUACAGGAAGUCCUUCGAGAGUACCUGGAAGAAGUGCAACAAGCAAAGGCAGAAGGAAAAAGAGUUAACCAUGCCUGGACUGGCUGAAGCCACAGAGUAUGAGUUUAGAGUCUUUGCUGAGAAUGAAACAGGAAUGAGUAGACCUCGCAGGACUGCCACAUGCAUAAAGACCAAACUGAGUGUUGAAAGUAAACCAAGCCUGAGAAAGGAAAUGGAUGAAGUAACUGCCAAGCUUGGCCAGCCUGCUGUCAUGAAAUGCCAGAUUAUUGGCAGACCAGUCCCUGACAUUAAGUGGUAUCAUGCUGGAAGGGAGGUUGUUGAGUCUCGCAAGUAUGAGAUGAGCUCAGAUGGCCGCAACAACUCCCUAUCUAUCAUGACCGACCAACAGGAAGAUGAGGGAGAGUACACCUGCAAGGCCAUCAACGAUGCUGGAGAGGCUGAAACCACAGGUGUCCUGGUGUUGGAGGCUGCUCCAUCCUUCCAUCCAGACUACCCACUGAAGGAAACAUACUAUGCCGGCCUGGGGACCACUCUGCGCAUCCAUGCCGUCUACAUCGGCCGUCCUGAGCCCAAGAUCAUGUGGCUGCAUGGAGCAAAGACCCUGGAGAACACAGAGGACAUCAGCAUUGAGACCACUGAGCACUACACACAUCUGAUCAUCAAGAAUGUGAAACGCAGAGUCCAUGGAGGCAAAUACAGGAUCAGACUGCACAACCACUUCGGCAGGGCUGACACGGCAUUCAAUGUUGAGAUUUAUGACAAACCUGACAUGCCCCAGGGUCCGAUUGUGCUGGAUGCCCUCCUGAAGAACUCUGUAAUCAUCAGCUGGAAAGCUCCUAAGGAUGAUGGAGGCUGCAUGAUAACCAACUACAUUGUGGAGAAGCGUGAAGACAAGGACGGCACUGAGUGGGAACUGGUGUCAUCAUCCAUCAAUGGCACAUCUUGCCGUGUGCCCAACCUCAUUGACAGCGCCGGAUACUUCUUCCGUGUCUGUGCUCAGAAUCGCUAUGGCAACAGCGAACCACUGGAGCUCACAUCACCAAUACUUAUCAAGAGCCAACUGGAGAAACCAUCACCACCUCUGUCACCACUUGUUUCUGGAAUCACCAAGGACUCUUGUGUGGUUUCCUGGAAGCCUCCACUUAGCGAUGGUGGCUCCAAGAUCAAGAGCUAUUGCCUUGAGCAGAAGCACAAGAAAGACAAGAAGGAAUGGAGUGAUUGGACUCCAGUGACCACAGACGAGAUCAAACAGACUGUCUUCUCAGUGAAGCGUCUCACCGAGGGCAUUGAGUACAUCUUCCGACUGAAGUGUGAGAAUCUUGGAGGACAGAGUGACUACAGUGAGGAAACUGCUCCCAUUGUUCCAGCCAUAGCCACUGAGAUCCGUGCUCCUGCCUUCAAGGAAGAGCUGAGGAACAUGAGUGUCAAGUACAAGAGCAACGCAACACUUGUCUGCAAGAUCACAGGACAGCCCAAGCCAGUGAUUAAAUGGUUCCGACGAGGAAAGGAAAUUCAGUCUGAUGGAAAGAAGAUCAAGAUCCAGGAGUUCAAGGGAGGUUACCACCAGCUGGUCAUCACCGAGGCUGAUGAUGAAGAUUCAACUGUGUACCAGAUCAGGGCUACCAACCAGGGAGGCUCCAUUUGUGCUACGGUCUCACUGGAUGUUGAAAUCCCUGCCAAGAUCCACCUGCCGAAGAACCUGAAGGACAAGGAAGCCAUCCCUGCCCUGCGUGGAGAAGUGGUCAAUAUCAAGAUUCCUUUCGGUGGCAAACCAGAUCCUGUCAUCACAUGGCAGAAGGGACAAGAUCUCAUUGACAGUAAUGGCCACUACCAGGUCAUCGUCACCAGAUCUUUCACUUCUUUGGUAUUCCCCAAUGGAGUGGAGAAGAAGGAUGCUGGUUUCUAUAUUGUCUGUGCAAAGAACAGAUUUGGUAUUGACCAGCAGACAGUUGAGCUUGAUGUAGCUGACGUGCCUGAUCCUCCACGUGGUGUCAAAGCAAGCGAUAUCUCUAGAGACUCAGUCACACUGAACUGGGUGGCCCCAGCAAAUGAUGGUGGCAGCAGGGUCAUCAGCUACAUCAUUGAAAAGUGCCCCACCACUGCUGAAAGGUGGCAGCGUGUUGCCCAGUCUCGUGACACACACUACACCGUUAUCAAUUUGUUUGGAGGAACUGGCUAUCAGUUCAGAGUCAUCGCUGAGAACAAGUUUGGACAGAGUGCUCCAUCUGAGACCAGCGGACCUGUAAUGACCAAGGAGGACAAAUCAAGAGUUCUGCUGUAUGACAGGGAGGUUGACGAUACUGGACAUGUACGGAGGGGCAAGGCUCCACACUCUGAAACCAAGAAUCUGCAUAACAAAUAUGCCAUUGCAGAGGAGUUGAGUAGAGGUCAGUUCGGCAUAGUCCACCGCUGUGUUGAAACCAGCUCUGAGAAGACAUACAUGGCUAAGUUUGUCAAAGUGAGAGGCGCUGAUCAAGCAAUAGUUAAGAAGGAAAUUGCAACACUGAAUCUGGCCAAACACACCAACUUCCUUCUCCUCCAAGAGUCUUUCGACAGUCCUGAGGAGCUGGUGAUGAUCUAUGACUUCAUUUCUGGCGCUGACAUCUUUGAGCGCCUCAACACAGCUGAGUUUGAGCUUAAUGAGCGUGAGAUUGUCAACUACAUCAGGCAGAUCUGCUCAGCUCUUGAGUUCCUGCAUGGUGAGAGCUAUGGACACUUUGAUAUCAGACCUGAGAACAUUGUGUACACAACUAGAACCAGUUCUAAUGUUAAGAUUAUUGAGCUGGGCCAGUCUAGACAUCUAACUCCUGGAGAACAAAUCAAGAUCCAGUAUACCACUGCAGAGUAUGCUGCCCCUGAAAUCCACCAGUGUGACAUGGUUAGCAGUGUCACUGAUAUGUGGGCAGUUGGUGUCCUUGCCUAUGUCCUCCUCAGUGGACUUAAUCCAUUCACAGCAGAAACCAACCAACAAAUGAUUGACAACAUCUCCAAUGCAGCCUACACCUAUGAUGAUGAGUCCUUCAAGCAGGUCAGUGUUGAAUCACUGGACUUUACAGACCGCCUAAUGACAAAGGAACGUAAGCACCGUAUGACUGCCGCCGAGGCUCUGGCUCAUCCUUGGCUGAGCAAGCCUGAGGAGGAAAUUAGCGCUAGAGUGAUCCCAACUGGCAGGCAUAAGAGAUACUACCAGACAAUGGCGAAGAAAGAGUGGAACACUGUCGUGUCAGCAGCCCGUGUGGCCAGCGGCGGCUCCAUCAGGUCCCAGCGUGGAGUCUUUGUCGCCAAGGUGAAGAUUGCUCCAUUUGAAAAUGGUCCUGUUGGAGGACAGAUUGGCCAUGCUGUGGUGAACGAGGGCGACAAUGUGAAAUUCAUCUGCAACAUUGAAAACUAUGAUAGCUCUACAGAAGUGACAUGGUACUGUGGUGUCAGGCAACUUGAAGCUGGUGACAAGUAUGAAAUUGAAUAUGAUGAUGGCCUGGCUAUAAUCACUAUCAACAAGGUCACAAGAGCAGAUGACGGCACUUACAGAUGCAAGAUUGUAAAUGAGUAUGGUGAGGACAGUGCCUAUGCAGAGCUGUUUAUCAACAGUGUGAGAUCUUACCGUGACUUCUUCACCACCCGUGUGGUCAAGAAAACAAAGCGCAGAGUUGACACUGCCAGAAUGCUUCAGAAGCCACCAGAGUUCACACUUCCUCUGGUCAACCGAACAGCCUACAUAGGUGAGGAUACGCGCUUUGGUGUAACAAUCACUGUUCACCCCGAGCCUCGUGUAAUUUGGCACAAAUCUGGACAGAAGCUCAUCCCAGGACAAGAUGACAGGAAAUACACGUUCAUUAGUGACAAGGGCCUGUACCAGCUGAUAAUCCGCAACCUGGAAGAAGAGGAUGAUGCUGAAUACAGUGUUGUGGCCCGCAACAGGUACGGUGAUGACAGCUGUAAGGCUCGUCUUACUGUUGUUCCCCGACCUAAACCAGCAGAUCUUACCUUGAGGCCCAUGUUCAAACGCCUACUCGCAAAUGUUGAGUGCAGGGAGGGCCAGAAUGUGCGAUUUGAGAUCAGAGUAUCUGGCCAUCCCACACUGAAGUGGGAGAAGGAUGGCACGCCUUUAGCCUUUGGACCAUCUAUUGAGGUUGUCCAUGAAGGUCUGGAUUACUUCAUCCUUCAUGUAAGAGACACUCUCCCUGAGGACUCUGGUGUGUACAGAGUUACUGCAACAAACUCUGCUGGAUCUGCCAGUUGCCAGGCCACACUAAAGGUAGAGCGUGUCACUCACGUGAAGAAGGAAUAUGAGACCAGUGAAAAGGAGAAGGGAAAAUUAUCAGGAAAGGAGGAAUUAGACAAAAAGGUGAGGCUGUCUCAGAUUUUGUCUGGCACUGUUAUUGCACCUCUACCACCUGUAGCCGUACAAGCUGUCAGGGAGGCAGCCACCAUGUUCAAACCUGCUGUGACAACUAAGAAGGGUGAGAAGACUGAAGCUGAGAUACAGAAAGAAAAAGAAGAGAGGAAGAAGCGGGCAGAUGAGAAGAGGCUGCGUAUGCCCUAUGUCGUCCCCACACCUCGUGUCAUUAAUCCAGCCGUUCUUGAGGAGGAUGUGGAAAUUAAACAUUUCCAGCCACUCUCUGACAUGAAAUGGUAUAAGACGCUGCGCGAUCAGUAUGAGUUCCCUGAGCCUAUGGAUAAAAUCAAGCAGAAAAGAAUGAAGCGCAUUCGUCUCUCCAGGUGGGAACAGUUCUAUGAGGUGCCUAUCAGGAUCAAGGAUCACUAUAAGCCUAAGUGGCGCAUCUCAUCCAUGACUCAGGAUGACUUGGAGACUGUGAGGCCUGCAAGGCAUCGCACACCUUCUCCUGAGAUGGAGGCCUACCACAGGAUCAGGAGAAGGUCCCUGGGUGACCUGUCAGAUGAGGAGCUGCUGCUGCCUGUGAAUGAGUACCUGUCAAUGAAGAGAACUGAGGAGGAGAGGCUUCGUCUGGAGGAAGAGCUGGAGCUUGGCUACUCUGCUUCUCCACCUAGUCUCAGCCCAGUUCGCUUUGAACUGUCUGCCCUGCGUCCCUCAUCUCCUAGAAGAGCCUACAGUGAUGAUGAAGAGGGAAAAGAAAUUCAUAGAUAUGAUUCCUACAAAAUUCCAUCCAAAUAUGAGGCUGGCCCCAGUUUUGUUGACCUCCGUCAACGUCAUGACAAAGCUACUUACAAAGCUCCAAGACAGAAGCAGAGGGUGUAUGAAGAGAGAGAAGAUCAGGAGCUGUUGCGCCCACACAAAACUGCUGAAAGAAUCUCCUCCUACAAGAGUCAACUCAAACGCAUUGAGUUUGAAGAGAAAACUCGAACCUCAAAAAAGGAAACAACUGUCACUGUUACAAAGGUCUCUGAGGGCGUUGAAUCUGAGCACCUAACAGGUUUUACAUCAGAAUAUAUUCCAAAACCAAUCAAGAAGCCCACAAUGCCUGAAUCCGAGAGAUCUACUCCAGGAAAAGUUGCCAAGGCAGAAGUGACGCUCCCAAAAGUUGACUUUGCAUCCAGGUAUGAGGAAAGAAAGCAGGCCAUCAGAUCAGAGAGAAGAUCAGUGGAAAGGACAGUUGAAGUGGUGACACAGGCUCAAUUCAGCCUUGACCACACCCCACGUAUUACCAUCAGGAUGCGAUCUCAUCGCGUACCCUAUGGCUCUAACACAAGUUUCAGCUUGAAUGUCCAGGCCAAACCUGAGCCUGAAGUCAAGUGGUUCCACAAUGGAAAAGAGAUUAAUCAGAGUAGAAAAUAUCACAUAACCAAUAUCAGUGGGGUUCUGACUCUCCAGAUCAUUAACUGUGUGACUGAAGAUGCCGGCACUUACCGUGUCGUCUGCAGGAACACCAAAGGAGAGACUUCCGACUAUGCUACGUUGGAUGUAGCAGGAGCAGAAUAUGCUGCCUUCUCUUCAUUCCGCAAAGAUGAAGAGCCUCCUUCCUCCCAUCUACCAGAGAUGACCAGGACAGAGGUGUAUCAUGUCUCCUCUAAAGCAACAAUGAAGGAAACUGAUGCUAAAACUGAGAAAACAUCCACCACUGUUGUUGAAAAGCCAAGGGAGAAACCUAGAUUUCCUGCCAAGAUCCUGACCAAGCCACAGUCCCUGACUGUUGAUGAGGGAGGUUCUGUAAGAUUUGAAUGUGAUGUGGAUGGUGAGCCAGCACCUUCUGUCACCUGGCUGCAUGAAGGAGCAGUUGUCGGCUCCUCUGCCCGUCACCACAUAGUCUCUAGUCAGUACAACUCAACCUUUGAGAUCUCUGCUGUUGAGAUGUCAGAUGAAGGCAGCUACACUGUGUUGGUUGAAAAUGCUGGAGGCAAACAAGAGGCCUAUUUCACUUUGACCAUCCGCAAGUCUGAGACAAAGGAGGGAGUAGUCGCCCCUCCCAGAGUCACUUCUCCUGAGGCUAAGUCCCCGCUUGCCAAGUCCCCUGAACCAGUCAAAUCUCCCCAGAGAGUCAAAUCCCCUGAGCCAAUCAAAUCACCUCAAAGAGUCAAGUCUCCAGUCUCACCGAAAUCCCCAACACCAAAAUCCCCAACGCCAAAGUCACCUACUCCCAAAUCCCCAACCCCAUCUGAGAAGGAACGAGUGACUUCUCCAAUCAAGUCACCAAAGAGAGUGAUGUCACCAAUUCAAGGCUCCAAAACAAAAGCUGAAAUCUCUGAGGAAGUCAUGAAAAAGGAAAUGGUCCACAAGGAGGUCCAGUCGUCUGUGAAAGAGGUCAAGUCCUCUCACAGCCAGAUGUCCAUUACAGAGGGGCAGUCUCUAACUCUAAGGGCUAGCAUCCCUGGGGCCUCUGGCAUCAGGUGGAUCUUAAACGGGGUCGAACUGGUGAACUCGGAGCAGUACAGAUACGGAGUGUCUGGAAACGAGCAGACCCUGACCAUACAGUCGGUCAGUCAGCGAGAGCAGGGGGUCAUCACAUGUCAGGCUCACACAGAGCGAGGCAUAGUCCAGUGUCAGUUUGACACCAUGGUCACAACCAAGCGCCCAGGUACACCGUACUUCCUGGUGCAGCCCAGGUCUCAGAAUGUGAACGAGGGACAAAAUGUCAAAUUCACAUGUGAAAUCGCAGGAGAGCCUUCCCCUGAAGUGGAGUGGUUAAAAGACAACGUGAUUAUAUCUGUCACAUCAAACAUUAGACUGAGCCGCUCUAAGAAUGUGUACACUCUGGAGAUAUGUGAAGCCACCAUUGAAGACAGUGGGAAAUACACAAUAAAAGCCAAAAAUCAGCUUGGACAGUGCUCUGCAACAUCUUCCCUCAAUGUUCUCACUCUUGUUGAAGAACCAGCAAAAAUGAUAGUUGUGGAGCAAAGAGCUUCUACUGAUGCUGCUGCCAGCAUGCAGAAAAUGUUAUCUGCCUCGUCUCUUCGUAUGGAGGCAGCUUCCUUGCAGGCCAGCAGUUACAGCAGCAGUUCCCGUUCUGCUACUACAGAGUAUUCGUUUGAGAGCACGUCUGCAACUAGCAUGUCUGCCAUGAUGGCUCAGUCAAUGGUUUCCAUGAGCUCCAGCAGCCAAAUGAUGGAAAUGUCUGCUCACUCGCAUGCCGAGGUCUCCUCCUCAUUGAGGGCCCUCACGACAGGGGUCAAAAGAGGCGUUCCACCAAAGAUAGAAGCUCUUCCAGAUAACGUCAGUGCUGAGGCGGGGAAGUCCCUCACUGUGGCGGGGGUGUUCUCCGGAGAUCCUGUGCCUUCCAUCCAGUGGGUCCGCUCUGGUCGGACCCUCCCCAACGGGGAUGAGCGGUAUCAUGUGGAGAACACUGCUGACCACUGCACUCUCAUGAUCUCUGCAGUGAAAGAGGGCGAUGCCGGAGCGUACACCCUCCGACUGUCCAACGAGUUUGGCUCUGACACUGCCACUGUCAAUGUUCACAUUCGGUCCAUGUAAAAAGAAAAAAAUAAUAAUUUAUUUCCCCUGUUUCCCUCAUCCAGAACCUUUUUAUUUAGUGAAUUAGCAACAUUAAUACUUGAUAAAGAUCUGGAUUUCUGUUCUUGUAAAUAUGAACUAUUUUUGUACCAAACUUGACAUUAAUUUAUGCCAAACUAGACUAAAGUCUAAAGUUGUUAUAAAAUGUGCCAUAUUGGACAAUUAUGACUUAGGAUUUUUGAACCACUUUUCUGUGACAUGUACAUAAUGUAUAUAGCCGAAUUUAACGGUUAUGGGAAAUGUAUGCAUUGUUAUUUAUGACAAUAAUAACAGAAGAACAAAAGUUUUUACAGGAGAAAGUUUCACCUGAAACGAAUACCCUGUCAAACUUCGAAACUAAACUCUGUGCCUCAACGAUAAGUUGAAGUCUUUAAGAUUGCCUCAACAGGUAGAGAGGCUCCCUGUUGAUGUUAUGAACCACAAACAGAAAGACAAAGUUAUUGUUUUGGACACGCGUCCAUGCGUGAGAUAUUACAGUUUCCUAUGAGUUGUACCAUGAGUGUAAGACCCUGAGUGCUGUUUGCAUUACCCUCAUGUAAGCAGCAUGAACCGGCCUUGUGCUCAGACUGACUGUGUCAUACCACCAUGAUUUGAUGACCUGCUCAGAGUGCGAGCGGCCUGCACUCUCAGCGUAUAGAUCAUUUUAAUUAAGAGCGCUGUUUCUGACACAGGACGGCCGGACUGGCUUCUUAAAGCUUAACAUCUCCUGGCCAUAAACAAACAGGAAGUCAAUGCCGGCUCUGCUGUGCAGAAGCAGCGCCAUCUCUUGGAGGAUAGAUAGCUGAUGUGUUUGUGUUUUUGAGUGUGAGUGCUCGUAGCUUUAGUCGUUUCACCUUGUCAGUAGUCAGGGUCUCCUUCUUUCACCACAGUGACUCCAUCUCCUGUGAGAGGAAAGACAAGCAGACGUGUUACCCUGCACUUUGAGUUAAGUGAUCUGUCGAUGUAGAACUAUAUUUGAUCCUCCUCGAGUUUUAUGCAUUACUGAUUUAAUAAAGCAUGAUUUCAGCACUACAUGA